AGUCUAAAACCGUGAUGCUUGUGUGAUGAUCAGCUUUCAAAGUGACCCACAUAGGCCAUCUUUGAUUUUGUACAUAUGUUAUCAUGGUGACCUUUGCAUUUGUCUGAUAUUUAGAUUAGCCUUAUUCUCAACUUUACAGAGGCAUAGCGCUCCUGUUUAACCCUCUGCUUGCCAAGGGUGCUCCCGCCUUCUGUAUCUCAAUGGAUAUUAAAGGCAUUCGCUGGAUCAUGAACACGAGUCCCAUACAUAAAAUGUGAUUUGUUUGUGGUGGAAAAACAUCCACGUUAGUGGGGUUUGUCUAAUCUGUGAAUUAAAACGAAUUGCAAAACUCAGUCUAAAAAAUAAAUUGAGCUUUGACAUGUUUUACAAUUUGAUUUUGCUGAAAUUUAGUUGUGUGUGUUUUCUUUUUUUAAACCCCUAUGUUUCUAAGUUGUACUUAACCUAAAGCAAUAUCAUGAUUGUGUUUAUAAGGUGUCUUCCGCUACUCAUUCUGUUGUGCAAUCACACAAUUUCUUUAAAAACAAAAACUACUAUUGGGUUACAUUACUUUGUACCGUAGGUAUGCUGGUAACUUUCUGCUCCCCUCUCCCCUCCUUGUGAAUUCUACCAGUGAUUGAGUAAUACCGUGUGCAUAUGACAACCAUUUAUUCAAAAUGCCAAUGUGUCUGUUUUGUGUGCCUAUAACGGUCCAUAAGCCAGUCCCAUGUGUGGGCACACUCUGUUCUUUAAUUUACUUCCUGUUUCUAAGGGUCACCGCGUUUGCACUGUCACUGUUUUUGAAUUGAUUUUGCUCAGUCACUGGAUUAUCUAACGACUAACCAGAGGAAAUGCUUUAAAAUUCCUCACAAACCCUGUCACUGUCAGCUGAUGUCAUUUAUUUACUAUUGCAGUGCCUGUUUGUGUAAUAUGAUUGUUAUAUUGCACUUUUAAUGUUUAGUAUCAUGACUGCAGAAUUAAAACUAGUGGGUUCAAAGCACCUACACUAUAACAAUAUAUAUAUUGUUUUUGUAAUAUUUGAUGGCAAAUUCCUUGUAAUACAAGCACUACUUGCAAAUCAUUUCUAAGAAUACUAUGCUAAAUAUAGUCAGAUCCCACUUCAGAGCCACAACUGUGUAUAAAGCCCUAAUGCUUAGAGAAAACUUUUAUUCAACGUGCCUGUGUGCCCAACAGACUUUGCUCUAGAAUUCCUUCCUUAUUUAGCCGUCAGUGAUUUUUCUCACAUGAGGGGACUAAGUAAAUAGAAUUGUGGUUGUUCUGCUGUAAGGGUCAAGAAGAAUUGGGGUGUGUGUGUGUGUGUGUGUUUGAUUCCUGGAUACUAAGCAUUUAAUUUUCAACAUGUCUAUUGCAUGGAAUGUAUUAUAGCAAUAACAUAAAAUAAAGACUGUGAAUGAAUAUAAAGGCUGUAGCUUUUAUUUAACAGGUUUUAUUGCACAUAACCAUUCCAAUAAUAACCAAAAUUGAAUAAACCUUAAAAUAAUGUUAAAACCAAGCUUAAAGGGACACUACAGACACCCAGACCAGUGUCCCAGGUCCCUUUAAAAGGAUAUUCUAUUGCCAGGAAUACAAAGCUCCCUCUGCCUCCCCCCUCCCUCGUGUUCCCGCACCUUUACUUACCUGAUACCAGCACCGAUGUUCCUUGGAGCUGGGUCACGGCUCCGCUUCCUCAGACGUCACUCAACGAGGGGUUGCUAAUGCACAUGUACAGCGAGUGCAUUAGGCCCCCCCAAAGUAAAAGCAUUGAAUCAAUACUUUCCAAUUGGGAGGACGUCCAGUGUCAGUUAGCGGACCAGAAGCACCUCUAGUGGCUGUCUGGUAGAUACAGCCGCAUCAAUUCUCCUCUGCCCGCUGUAUAGUGCCAGUAAGUGACUUUGUUUUCCUGGCACUAUAGUUUUCCCUUUAAACCAAUACAAUCUGUACUGCGGGCCAGAUUAUUAUCAUUGCGCCACUGUCCAACCCCAAAAUUGGAGGCAACCUUACACCAUGAUUUCAAUGCCUAGACAGACUAUUGGGAGGGUGGAUGCUUGUCUUGGCAAGCUGAGGGAAAAGUGAUGCCUUGUAUAUAACUGCAGUGCUGCACGUUCUUUAUGUGCCACUUUUACCGUGAAAUUCCAGGAAAAACCACCCCAUACCUGUCCUACAUUUUAACCCACUAUGACCAGCAACGGGCCAUUACAGAGCUUGUUAUAAUGACAGCACUUUUACAAUUCUAGUAGCGUGGGAUGUACCAACCACUUGCACGCCCAAAAAUCAUGUGUGCGUGACUUCUGCUGUUUAAAUGGCUUGAUAAAGUGGACAAGAUGGCAGCUUUGGGAUGGAUUGGAUAGUCUGUCAUUUGCUGACACAUUCUCAUUGUACAACCUGUCUUUUUACAUGUUACAUUGUUAGUAAGAAUCUUUGACACAGAAUGGUCUAACCCCAUUGCGACGAGGUUUUACUCUGCACUUUUUAUUCUAACAGUCCUGACUUGUUCCCUCGCCCUGUGAGAUUGAGCAAUGUGUUUUCUGCAAUAUCGAACCCACAGAGAGGGUAAAAAAAGCAUAUGAUAGGUGAUAUUUAAAUAGGUUUGAAUUACUUGCCUUCCAUAUGAAAUCACCUGAAACAUCAUGUGAGAUGUUGACAAACAGCUGAUAUACAACGCAAUCCCUGCUGUAUAGAAUUACACUUUGACAUCGUGAGCCUGCUUUGCCAGAGGUCUGUGGUGUGUGUUUUUUUUUAUUUAUUUUUUUAACCCGGAUGUUUUCUGCAUUUGACUUUCUUCGAUGGACAUAGUUGGGGACUGAUUUUUUUUUUUUUCAAAUAUCUGAAACCAAAGCUGAUCCACAACAUGUUCUCUUGCAGUCAUGUUUUCCAGGGUUUUAUUAUGUUUAGGAAAAUGUUGAGAUCUUGUUUGGACGAACUAAACCUUCUCAGGCACAUGGGCAUCUUAAAAUGGGCCAUUGUUUGAAAAAAAUCGUUGCUGAGGAGAAUAUAGUUGCCGGAACUUCUCUGUGGAACAUCCCUUUAUGUUUGUUUGUUUCCCAUUCUGAUCUACACAAGUAGCUUUCACGAUCACGUCAGCCAUUGAUUGACAUCUAACUUACAUGGAAGAAAGUAUGAGACAGAUUGUACAUUUAUUCUUAAUGCAAAGUAGUCGCUAUUUUGUUUUUACAUUUUGCCCAUGUUCCCAUGGCAUUUUACUGGCAUAUACCCAUAUGUACCCAGACCAUCAUGUGAUAUUAUAUGCUUACCUCUUCCUCUUUUAUUCUUUGCUUCAGUAAAUGUUUCAAUAUAAUUCAUUGGGGUGAUUAAAAUUGUCCUAGCUUAAUAUGGAGGCUAAAAGAUUUCUCUUCUUUUGGGGUGGGGAAGGGGGCUAAUGCAUCUUGGCUUGACCGUUCAUUCUCCCAUCUAAAUGGAAGUCAAUGACUGACAAUAAAGCUUGGCCUUAUGAUUGUUUAUUUUUAUUUUGUUAAAGUUUUUUUUUUUUUUUUUAAACCAAUACAAAAUCUCACAUUCUCAUUUGUUUGUAAUCGGGAAAUCUUACGAUAGCGAAUGGAGACUGCAUUCCAUUCACUCACACUGGUGUCCCUCUGAUAUAUUUGGGUGAAUGAAAAUGCUGGUCUACAGAUGCGAGGGGGGGGGAGGGGGGGUGCGCACAAUAACUUGUGGAGUUUAUCAUGUAGGAGACUCAGACCUCAGAAGAGCUUUCAUAUAGAAUAUGAUUGUGUUGUCUAUAUAACAUAUUAAGAAAUUGUGAUCAGUCUCCUCUAAAUUUCAUUAUUUUAUUUAUAUUUUUUUCAUGCUUUUGUGUGUCCCACACCCCCUUUUUAUGACUAAAGACUGCAUGGAAAAUGUGGCCUACAGUGUGAUACAUUGUUAAUAAUGUGGUAAUUACAUUAAAAACAAGUUUUGGCAAGAUGUCAGUUUGACGUAUUUUGAGGAACUGACAAUUUCAUCUGUUUUACAAAAACUAGUCUGGAUAAAUAGCAUUUAUAGCGCCCAUCAUAAUAAAAAAAAAAAAUUAAUAUAUAUAUAUAUAUAUAUAUAUAAUCUCCUAUUAGACAUUUUAAAGAGCGUUGUGUUAUGUAAUUGUCGUUUGUAUAACCAUAAUUCCCCUCUUUCUGUUUGCGUACUCUUUGUUUAUUUUGUCAAACCCUUCCUAAGUGGUUUGGCAGAAAUCUAGGGAACUGCAUUCAGAUAAUCGUAUCAACAUAACCACUACACUGAUCUAUUUUGAGUACAAAGUGAUUUUGCUAAAAUACCCAUGUAACGGAUCACCUGGCACCCCGACUGGGUACUUCCGUUGAAGGAUGCUCCUAGCGCUUCCUGAGGGCUCCAAGCACUCCAGCCGACACCAUAACCACCGUAGACUCCUUCAGAGAGCAAGACAGGAACAAGCUCUUACAAGAGCUCAGUGAUUAUAGCAAGGGCAUAUGCAGAGCAUAGCAAUCCCUUGUAGCAGAUUCCCCCAAUAAGAGACAGGACUCAGAUUGAGGGUGAAGUAGAACUGACUGUACUGGCACAUGCAGCCUCUUUUAUUCACAUUCUACAAACAUAGUAUUGCCCACAGGGUUUUGAAAUACAACCAAUCAAUACGUACAAUACACUCAGACACUCCCACACAAAAUCCUCCCCUCUGCCUGUGAUAUAAUUACUGAACACAAUGGUCUAACUUAAUUAUCACAGGCAGGAAAAUACAGUUUUACACAAUAUGCAUAACUCUAAAAGUAUACAUUACAUUCACAUAAAACUUUUUCAGAAUUUGCAUACUCCAAAUACAAACAUACGUCAAAAUCAUACAAAUUGGUCCAGUGGGUCAAAAGUUAGUUGAAAGUCCCUUUGUGACCACCUGCAAGCAUGGCUUGGGUGUGGUAAGCCAAUUACCUCCAGCAUACAGAAAAUGUCUUUAUUCACAACAACAGUAAAAAUACAUGAUUCCUAUUAUACUUAACAGAACCCCCACAUUCAACCUAUCUGCACGCAGAGGAAGAGAGAGCGACAGAGACAAAUGGCAGACCUGAGGCUGGAGGAGCUGGAGGGCAAACACAAAACAGCCCAGACGGAUGACACCUACAGAGCCCUCCUGGAAACUAGGAGAACUCUUAAAGACCUCCUAACACAAAAGCUACAACACACGAUUCUUAAAUCUGGCCGCUUCUUUUAUGAAUAUUCGAAUAAAUGCGGUCGGCUCCUUGCUAGAACACUCCAGAAACAACGGCGCAUGAGCCAUAUCGCCAAAAUUAAACCCAAAGAAAGACCGGCAACCCAACUACCGGACAAAAUCACGGAAGAAUUCCAUAAAUACUACGCAGACCUGUACGUCUUAUCUACAACAGCAUGUGGAGAAGACCCUGAGCGACACGAAAGCACCCAUCACUCUCACAGUUAGAGGCACCCAUCACUCUCACAAAAUUACAGGCAGCCCUAAAGUCCUCCAAAUUGAACAAAGCCCCAGGCCCGGAUGGCCUACCGGUCCGCUACCUUAAGGAGUUCGGAGAUGUGCUCUUGUCACAAUUUCUGAAGGGCAUAAACUCUGUAUGAGACGGAGGCGUGUUCCCCAGAGACUCCCUAAUGGCGACUGUGGCAGUAAUACCGAAGGAGGGGAGGGACCCCACGAACUGCGUGAGCUAUAGACCAAUAUCCCUCCUGAAUGCAGACUUGAAGCUGUUCACCAAGGUCCUGGCCACACGUCUGAGGGGGAUCCUCCUGGAACUGGUGGACCCGGACCAGGUGGGCUUCAUCCCGGGGAGGGAGGCGAGGGACAAUACCACCAGAGCAUUGAAUCUCAUUCAUGUGGUGAAGAAACGGAAACAGCAGACCCUUCUCCUCUCCACUGAUGCGGAGAAGGCGUUUGACCGCGUGGACUGGCAGUACAUGACGGCCACCUUGGAGAGGAUGGGGUUCGGCCCCUACCUAAUGGCAUGGAUUACAUCGCUAUACACACAUCCGAGUGCCAGGAUACGGAUCAACGGGGCUCUAUCGCCACCGUUCCAGAUUCGAAACGGGACGAGGCGGGGUGCCCGCUCUCCCCCCUCCUGUUUGCCUUCUCCCUGGGGGCGGUCAGACGAGACGGGGGUGUCUCGGGGUUUGCCCUGAAGGGCACGACCCAUAAGAUAGCAGCCUAUGCCGAUGACAUGCUAUUUUUCAUCAGCAACCCAUUGGUGUCCCUCCCGAACCUGUUACAAGCCUUCAAGGAAUAUGGACAAAUAUCGAAUCUGAAGCUAAACACCGAUAAAUCAGACGCAAUGCUCAUCUCAGCCGAGCCCGGGGCGGCUUCCCACUUACGCACGCAGUUCUCUUUCUCCUGGUGCACGACCAAGCUGAAAUAUCUAGGUAUCUGGUUACCGACGGAUCUAUCCCAACUAUAUACCCUUAAUUUCGCCCCGCUCCUGAGGACCUACCACAGGGCAGCACACUUGCUAAGCAUCGUGGAAUGGCACAUAUCACACUCGCCCAAGCACUGGAUACUCAUGGAGAGAGCACAGAUGGAGGGGGCGAUCCCAGCGAUGGUGUGGAGGUAUGGACCAACAAGGGACACGCCGGCUCUCAACCACCCACUCAUCGGAGCCACACUGAAGACAUGGGGUAUGAUACGGACGAAGCUCUCGCUUACCAUGCUCCCGGGACCAAUGACACCAGUGACGUACAACCCGGAGGUGGCUGGCGGACUCGGCCCAAGGACGUGGCCGCCUUUUGGGGGCGCGGACCGGACCCAUAUGCAUCAAUGGUGCGAUGCAGCCACAUUUAAACAGAUGUCUGAUAGGUACUGAUAUUUCCAAAUCAAGACCUUCUACAAUGCCCAAACUGGAAAACACCUUUUCCAUAGACCCCUCACCAGCUUUGAAGAGCUUUGCAGAGCAGGCUCGCACGUCCCUCACGGGAUCUCGGUUCUGUACACAAUCCUCAGGUCUUCGGUCCCGCUGGAACCCGCGAAACACGCGGCCCGAUGGGAGGGAGAGACGGGAACUGAGCUCAGUGGACACACAAAUAUACAUCCUGACGCACCAAAGCUCCAUAUGCUCAAAACUGCAGGAGCUAAACUACAAACUGCUCAUAGGAUGGUACUGUACCCCGGUGCGGCUACACCGCAUGCCUCCCGAGGUGCUGGAGAUGUGGAGGGGGACGGACCUGCACAUCUGGUGGUCCUGCAGCAAGAUAGCACCGUUUUGGCGAAAAAUUUACGAAACAAUCCGGGAGGUGCUGGACACCGACCUCCUGUUCCAACUGCUCCCAAUGCUGCUCCACCAUACCCCGAUGCCUCUCUCACAAUACAAGAAGUCUCUAACAAAACACCUUCUCAAUGUGGCGGAACUCCUGAUUCCUAGCAGAUGGAAGUCGACGCAGGUACCCACCCUCAGGCAGUGGAUGGAUAAGGUGGAGGAACUUCACGAGAUGGAAAGACUAACGGCAGCCCUGCGAGACAACAUGGAAAAAUACCAACAGUGCUGGACUUCCUGGAUUCUCUACAUGGCCAGGCGGUAGGUGGACCGCGUGGGGCCUUGGGCCGGGGCUUGCUGGGGCGGGACGGGGGACCUGGCCUGGGUGGAGGGGUGUGGUGCCACCAAGACCCGACAACUAUCAGACUACACACACAAAUACAGCUGAUCAGACUUAGGGGAGGAGACCGGGAGCUUGCAUGAGGCCUAAAAUACGAGCAACACGACACCAGGGCACCCCCAGAACAAACUACACCUAACCGACUGCCCCGCAUGGCCACCUCACACACGGACGCCCUGGACCACGAAACAUGGCCUGAACCACAGACGCAGAUACCCGAACCCCAAACACCCAAUAGGAGGGGAGGCGAUGGGAGGAGGGGGGCGCAGGUUUGGCAAAUGGACGGUACACCGGGGGCCCACAUUACCCACAGAGGAGCCAGCUGCCACCACGGAGGUGGUGAUCAGCACCCUCUGAGAACCCGAACACCAUAGCCUACAUACUUAGGCACCCGCCCCAAAACAGUGGGGCAAAACCAUAUGACAAAGGGACCUGGGGGGACGAGUGGGAUACGGACCAGGACUACUGACACAAAAGGGGUAUGAAAGAAUAACGGCAGGAAACAGACCUGCCCGGGACGCUACGAACACCCCUUCAGCGCCCAGUGAAAACCUAUCCAGCCCAGACAAUGAGCCGGGAGUACUAGGCGGCUAUCUACUCUAGACACCUUAUAACAACAUAAGCGACAGCAGGUGCCCUUACACAAUGAUCUAACGAGCAUAUUCCGCACGUCCUAGGACACAACACACUGACUAGACACACCGAAUGUAAGACUACACAACCUAGUGGGGUGUACCAACGACUGUACUGACCCAGACGCUACCAGUAGGCUGAAACACUGACCCUACGAUUCACACAAUGGGGUAACCUCGAUAGCCUAACGAAGGCAAGAGACAGAGGAAGUAAGGCAAGGGUACCCCUCAAUGGUGGGAGGGAUCUCGGCUCACUGAGAAUGACGUUUGAGAAGAACGGCCAACUCUCACACUCGCUACCUGAUUUCGCCACAAUUAGACUCACAGAGUGCCAUAUUAGCAUACAAACAUACGUGGAGACAGCGUGUACUAUUGUAUAAUAAUGCCUGUAUGUUACUGUGCUUCUACUGUUAUGUUAUGAAAAAGCAAUAAAGCAACAUAAAAAAAAUAAAAUAAAAAAAAUUCCAGUGUCAAAAGGCAUUUUGUUACAACCUGCUUUAAAACUCCUGACUGCCUAAAUCAGGGAUAGGCAAUCUUUGGCACGCCAGAUGUUGUGGACUACAUCCCCCAUAAUGCUGUUACACCCAUAAUGCUGGUAAAGCAUCAUGGGAGGUGUAGACCAAAACAUCUGUGCCGAAGGUUGCCUAUGCUUGGCCUAAAUAGUGAUCUUAGAACUAUAGUGUCAGGGAUACACGUUUGUGUUCCUGACACUAUAUUGCCCCUUUUACCGAUUUGAGAGAACAACACUAUUACAAGAUGUAACCUGAAUUCGCACAGUUUAUUAUCCAUUUAAACUGUCUAUUAACUUCCAUCUUUGCAAUAAAGAAUCUGCAUUUAAAAAUUGCAGCUUUAAGGUAUGGACUGGGAUUCAGAAGAUACCUAAUUGGAUUCCUUCCACCUUUUUACUACAUAUUAAUUUCCUAUUACAAUGUUACCAUUUUUACUUGUAGUUUACUACUGUAAUAUCUGUAGUUGCAGUUAUCUGUAGUAAUUAAUAAUCUGGUUGAUAGGAUUUAAUUGGCAACCGGUACGGUGUGGGGGGGAAACCGGUGAGUAAAACCACCUAAUUUGUUCAGAGGGGGGCAGAUACCUAAACAGACGAAUACUGACAGACAUAUACAGACACACACACUUAUCCUUACAUUUUUAAAUAUAAUCCACCCAGCCUCCCUACCUUUUGAGAGAGCUGAGUGGAUCUUUGCCUGGGGUCCAGUGGGACUGCUGUAUCUUUUUGCUUACGAGAAAGUAGUAAUCCACCUGCAGCUCCUCUUUGCUACAUCUAGUGAUGCCGAGGCUGGAAUGACUACAUUUUCUUGUACUCGACAUCAAUAAAUGGCACGAGGGAGCAGAGAGGAGAUCCAGGAAGAUCACAGCUUUCUCGCGCGCCAUCUUUUCCUAUCACCAUGAUACGCCCUGGGGCAGUUGGCUAGCCGGGCAGCUCCAAUGCUCCCUUAGCCGACCGCAUCCAUGCCUCCGAGAAAGUGCAGCCGACUACUAUGCUUCCCAAGCUGGCCGCCCACUAAAGGGCAGACAAAUCCCAGGCGCCUGGGAUUUGUCGAGCCCUGCAUCAAAGCAUAGUCUUGCUAAAUAUCUAGUAAGUACAUCUUCCAAUUACUUGGGACCAGCAAGUCCUCUUUAAGAAGUCAAGUAACUUAUGCAACAUUAAAAGAACACUAUAGUGUCAGGAAUUCAAACCUGUAUUCCUAAGACUAUAGUGUUAAACUAACACUAUAGGCCCCCCUCAGAUCAUGUUGAAACUUAACUUUUCUUAAUUUCCCCUAUGGCUGAGACCUCAAUCUUGAUCUCAGCCAAUCUAAUGCUUUUCCUUUGGGAGGCUAUUGCACAUAUUUGGCAAAUUCCCACACUUUGCCAGUCUGCAUGUCCUCAUAGAGAUACAUUGGAUCAAUAAUAUACAUGGCUUCACAGUAUCCACUCGGUUUAGACAAAUGCCCACAUCCUGCAAAGUCCAGGAACAAAGGGAAAAUAAAACGUAAUUAAGUUAUAAAUUGCCGUAAAUCACACUGUUCGAGGCUUUCUGCUGCUGGAAUCGUUAUUCUUCAUUAGUACAAGCUACACGCGAACAGCCAUGUUUUGUCAUGUCCUACAUGCACUAGUCUUCCAUCAAUUUAAUAAUUAUGUGUGGGCAGUUUACUUUUUUUUUUUUUUUUUGUGUAAUUUGUUUAGUUGUUUUUAUGUUCAUUCAGAUUAAUGGUCUAAAAGUAGUGUGGGAGGGCGACAUUCUAACUUUCGAUAAGCCUGUUAUUUGCUCUUUUAUGUCUUUGUAUCGAAUACGCUGUGAAGUUAAUGGUCAAACAGUGUUGUGAACCUGGAACAUUGGCACCUUUUCACCCCCUUUCAUUUAGUUUGGCAAUACCACAUGCCGAUAUAUUUUUUAGAUAAUCAUUCAAACUGAUGUGAUUGCAUUCUGCUUGCUGCAUGUUCUGUACCUGUUUCAGUUUAUGGUCCCUCACUUGCAUAGGGGGUAAAUACGCUUUUCUUUUAUUUUUCUUCGAAAAACAUUUUGAAUGAUGAUGUGAGUGGUGGAAUUAUGAGCCACACAGCAGUUAAUACAUGAUUAUAUAAAAGUUAGAUGUUUAGAAGUUAUGUAUGAAGCUUCCCAUGGUCUUACUUUGUGGUUAUUUGGUGAACUGGUGUGUUUGCUAGUACAGAUUCUAUGUUUAGAGUUUGGGCAGACGUUUUUCGUGUGGGAUCGCAAGAGACAAAACAUUUGGGGACGGUGGGUAAUACAACAAUGUUAUCACAAGAUAAUAGAAUAAUGUUGGAAAUGUUUGUAUGGUAACAUUUUAAGUGAUUUAAAAAAAAAAAAAGUGUAAAAUCAUCAGACAUGUACAGUUGGAAACCUGAGAAUUUUUUGUUGUUGUAGUUAAAGUGCUGGGAAUGUUUGACCAUCUAUCUUGGGUUUAUUCACAAAGUGUCAGGAUUACUAGUUGAUCCAGCAUGCAGAAAUAGUAUCACACCAAAGACUAAGGGUAACGUCUCGCCGGACCUAAUGUACUGCAGAAUAGUCAAACCUCUUGCCGAGGUUAGGGAAACCGAAUGAGACACGAUGAGGGAAAGCCAAAAGUCAAGGAUACCAAAAAUCAGUAAAGUCCAAAACGAAGCCAAAGUCAAAUACCAGAAAUAAUAUGAUCAGAAACACUCUCUCGGAUAACAAGCAAAGGGAAACCACGACAGGGCACUGACAAAAAAAAGGUAAUUUGGGUUUAAAUAACCCUUCUUGGUCUGUAAUUGGCUGUCUCUGACGGCGUGUCUGCUAUGUUUGAGUAUGCGAAUGCAGACUCUUUUUUUUAAAUUUAUUUAUUUUUUUUUUAACUAUAGCUUGGCUGGAGAAUUUUAACAAAUUUGCUCUUUUUGUCUAAAUUUUACAGUUCGGUUUUCACAUCCUUGCAGUUCAGUUUAGUGAUUUAACAAUUUGAGAUGAAAUAACAUGUAGCCUGCAUGCUUUCUUGCUUUUACCUGUCUGUAGAAAGUCCUGCAGACAGUGUCAGCUUUCUGCAAUGCGCUAAUCCUUUCUUUUCUUUUUUGAAUUUUUUUUUUUUUUGAGUUCAGCCUUUUGAUGCUUUAGACGUAUUGCUAAUUAUUUAAAUAGUUAAUGUAUAUUUGAAGGCAGUCAGUUUUAAAACAACAAAUUUAUACUCCUGUUAUAUUUAUAGUUUAGUAAAUAUUUAAUGUUGCACUUAUUGAAUUUUUACCCAUCUGUUUAUUCCCCCCUCCCCCCCCCAUACUAGUAUGUACAUGUCUCUGUGUGAGUUAUGUGUAUAUGUAUUUAAUGUUAAACCUUAAUUCCAGUGCUACGUGGGAAUGCCAGCGAUGGCUCUGCCCCAAUCACCCUCCUUGGCUGACAUAAAAAAAUCCUAUGGGAAAGCAUUGUAUUGGCUGAGAGUGUCAAUUCUGAUCUCCUCAUAGGGAUGCAUUGAAUCUAUGCAUCUCUAUAGGGAAAGUGCAGUGUCUCUAUGCAGAGUUCUGCACCUCUAGGGGCUGUCUGUCUGCCAAUGAAAGUGUACCUAGGCAGCAAUGUAAACACUGCCUUUUCUCAAAGUGUGUGUGUGUGUGUGUGUGUGUGUGUGUGUUUGUAUAUUUAUAUUAUUUUUUUUUAUUUUUAUUUUACCACAGUAAUCUGUGGUUGCCAUUGCCCAUUAUAGCUAUCCGUGUUUUUCGUUAAAAUGAGAAUUCAAAGUGAAUAUUCAGAUUUUAAGGCCAAUAUAUCAGUCAGAUAUGCUUACAGUUCAACUACUUAAACUUUCACUUUGAAUUGUCAUGUUGGUGAAUAACUCUGUGUAUACUUAUGUAUAACUACUGAGACCUUUUUUUCAUUAUUCGUUUUGUUUAGUCAUUUGCACCUACUUCUGUGUGGAUAGCUGGAUGAUGUGGAUCAUUUUUGCUAUACUGAAAUAAUCCUUGUUAGAAUGUAAAGACUUUGUAUCCUCAAUCCCACUGUAACACUGGACACCUCUCGUCCGGCAAAUCUAGAUGAAGAUGCUGCUAAACGUUCUACUGUACACAAUAAAUCAGCCAUGGAAUGCAAAAUUAACACCGAUUUCAAAGAGGGCUCCAAAUCGCUUUAGGGGAUGUGGCGACUAGGCUGUUCACCUUCCCUCUGUAUGUGUAGUACUAGCUGGGUACCAGGAUACCCCUGUGGAUAUGACUGUUUCUUUCCGAUUACUUUGUUUAAUAUGUUAACCCGUAACUCAGGGACAUAAUUUAGUGUUUUGUGUAUUCUUGGUUGAAUGUGUUUGUUCUGUUGCCCUGGUUUUGCCUGUAUGAGGGACUUAUUUGUAUGUUAAUAGCCCAUUUGACUAUGGUUCUUCUACCCAUUCCUUCUGAGCUUACCACUUCCAUCUUUAGAGUGUGAUCUCUUGGUAAAGCUCAGCACUGUUUGUUAUCUAGCACUGAGCUUUACAUGUUAAACAGACACGUAGUUCCCAGACGUGCUGAAGGGCAUAUUGGCCCACACUGUAUUCUGCUUCAUGUAUGCUUGUUAAAACUAAUCUUAUUGGCUUAUUUUAUUGUUCAUAAGGGAUGUUUACACCUUAAACAGGAUUUCUUUCAAUGGAAAAUCCUGCAGGAAGAAAAGCUUGUGUUUUAUUUAUUUAUUUAUUUAUAUAUAUAUAUAUAUAUAUAUAUAUAUAUAUAUAUAUUUAUUUAUUUGCACGCAUUCACUCUAAUAAGUUUUGUACCUGCUUCUGGCAACUUUCUAUUGUUGCAUUGCUGACUAACUGUGGACAGCAUCUCUUGUUUCAGCACCGACACUUAUUGAAAAUUGUAUAUUUUCAGGGCUGUUGGUUAGCAAGGUGCUUCUUAUUAUAAGCAAUUAUAUUUAAAGAACACUUACUCUAAUCCUAAGACAUAUGAUAAACCUCCCAUAAAGCUACACCAUUCCAUUUGACAAGUUCCUGUUUCCCUUUAUUUUUUUAAAUGAUGUAUAAAAUAUUUGCAAAAUCUGGUUUUACAAUUUCUUGUAUACCCCCAUAUAUAUAUAUGGAUCAGCAAUAUUAGCAGAUAUAUUAGUACUUUACAUUUUAAACUAGGUAUUCUAGGGCAUGGGAUGUUUCUAGUUUUCAGCUGUUGGAUCAUAAUGGGACAAAUAUCAAUUUGUUUAAAGCAUAUGAUUGUCUGUUUUAGCUUUUGGAGAGAUCCUUUUUAAUGCAGAGAAUUUUAUUUCAAAAUGCAAUAUGGAGACCAUAUUUGGGUUAUUUUACAAAAGUGAGAAAUCAAAGUGAAUUUCAAAUUGAAGGCCAAAAGAGGUGAUUGGAAAAUAAAUCUCUGUCCGUUAUUCUUUCAAUUCGGCUAUACUGUCCUUGAAGGAAUGCUAUGUGCAUUCAAAUGUAGAAGUAAAUUCCUCCGAUGCAUGGCCUAUACACCCAAACUGCUUCAUUAAAGGGACACUGUUCAUUGAAGUGGUUUGGCUGCAGGGUACCUAGUGCAAUGUUUACAUUGCAGCUCAAAGUCUGACUUCAGUGGUCACUGGGUGGGUGCUUUCUUGAUUGAAACAAACCUUUUGGUCUGGUAUUUGACACUGCACAGAUUUUUUUUUUUUUCCCAUAGGAAAGCAUUGAUUCUGUGCUUUCCUAUUGGGAGGUCUAAUACGCGCAUGGCAUUUGCCGCGCAUGCACAUUAGCACCUGCUCCUUGCAGUACGUCAGAGGGGGCAGAGUGCAAACCCAGCACCGAGGGACAUCGGUGCUGGCUUCAGUUAAGGAACUAAAAAGUUUGUAACCCUUUUAUUUACAUGCGGGACCACAUGGGAGGGGGGAGGCACAGGGAGCGAUGGUGCCAGGUAUCCAGCUUUGUAUUCCUGACACUAUAGUAUCCCUUUAAGCUAAAGUCGUGUCUUUUUCAAUUUGAGAUUUAAUGUGAAUUCUCACAUUCGGGAAUAACCCUGGAUGUGUUGCUGUGUCUUGCAUACUCUGCAUGUAAAGUGUAGUCAGGAUUACAGUUACAGCAUUGACAAUGCACAAUAAAACCCCAUAAUGCCUUUUACCUGAUGGUAUAGAAUUUGCAUUUCUGGAGAGUAACAUGUUCUGAUGGCACAGCUGUAUUUCUCUUUGCCACGUGCAGUUAUUCUGAAUUAGAUUCCCAAUGAUGGGUCAGCCUGGCUGCUGAUUUAGCACCAUGGGAAAUGUAUUGUACUUGAAGUUUGCAUUUACUUAGAGUAAUUAUCGCUCAUGUACAGUAGUGUGUUUGUGUGCGUGGUACUUUUUAUACUAGAAACCUAAUCGUUGUAAACCUGUUCUGCAUGAAUCUGCUUUUUCAUGGCGUUGUGUGUUCUUUUCUAGGUAUAUUCGACUCUAUGGACGGAAGUUCAGUAAAGAAGACCAUGUGCUUUUUGUCAAGCUGUUGUACGAGAUGGUGACUAUCCCAAAACUGGAAAUCAGUAUGAUGCAUGGAUUUGCACGUUUGCUAAUAAACCUAUUAAAGUAAGUGAGAGACCAUUCCUUUUAUCACCUUUCACUACACAGACUGAAAGGCAGGCCUGAGGCGAAUAACAUUCAUAUUCAAAUGUAGCAAAAUCUGUUUCAGUAGAGCAGCAAAUUGCUAUAUUUUCAUAUGUGUCAUACUUCGCCCUAAAGAUCCCAGCUGUGUCCUGAGUAGGGGCUGCAUCGUGUAGUUUUCAAUUCAGCUCCUGUUACGCUGAUGGCACCCAUGAUACAGAUUUAAUUAACGGAGCUGCUGUUGGUAGCUCAGCUAAUGUUAGACACCCGACAGAAGAAUGAGGCUCCUGAUAGGUGGAGCCUGGUCUUGGUCUCUGCACAGCUCUCUGCUGGCUGGCUGGGGAAGUGCAGCUGAAAUAGGGACAUGUAAGUGCAUCAUUAUUUAUUUUUUAAUUUUUAAUACACUUUUAAUCUCUACCGGCAAUUAGCACUUUAGCAACUACACAUACCAAGUGUUGAUCGUUCUAAAUGCGCUAAUCAUUGAGCUGCAUUGGGGAGCUGUGAUUGGAGAGACAUCCAAAGUCUGGGUGGGGUUAGAAAAGGAGAAAUACAUUGGCAAGCUGUUUUUAGAUCUAUCCCUAAUGAAAACCUGUAUAGGUAUUAGAAGUAAAUUAAAAAUGUCAAGGAAUGUGAUUGCUCAAAUAAACUUGGAGAUUUAGUUUUUUUUUCUAACAAAUCUCAAGAAAGCAGAAUUGUUGGCUGAACUUUGCUGAAAAGGCAAACGACUUCUUGCUACAACUUUACCUUGGGGAAUUUGCUUCUAAAUAACAGAUGAUACAAGCUGUAGGAUCAGCUAGGCUUUUUUUCCUUCUCGCCUUCCAUUUCAAAGAUGUGCCUAUUUAGUUGUGUACUCUAAGAUGAAGGCUAUAGUUAUAUGUAACUCCCACAUCUCUGAGAAGUAAUAUGAAAAUGCAUUUUGCAAUCCCUUUGUAGAAAAUGUUUAUGCAUAUUUUUUUUCCCCCUCCCCUCCCCUCAUAUGCCAUGUCUUGAUAGUUGUGGUUUAAUCUCCUUAAAGAAAACGUAUCGUAUAUUUUUUAGUGCAUUUCUUAGCCUGUCUGUCUCUGUAAUCAUUUCUCUCCUUCUACCUUAUGAUCUACUUGCUGCAUUUAAAUCCUUUCUAGAUGGUAGUGAGUUUAUGUAAUAGAAAAUGGGAUAUACUUGUACCUGAAGUUAACACUUCACCCUACACCAAUUCUAGGAAGAAAGAGCUUCUUUCGAGAGAGGAUUUGCAGUUACCCUGGAGGCCACUCUAUGACAUAUUGGAGAGAAUAUUGUACUCUAAAACAGAACACCUUGGCCUCAAUUGGUUUCCCAGGUAAGUGAAAUCCGUUCUUCUGGUUUGUAAUUCCGAUUGGGCUAUUCAAUGUCUCUAGAGCAUAUAAAGUGAAACUUGAAUUUAUUUAUUUUUUUUUAAUUUGUUUUCCUGGGAGCAAAAAAACUUUGUAACUUUCUAAGCUAGUGAUAAUACCACACUGCGCUCUCUGUUAUUACCUACUUUCAAAUGUCAAACUUAUUUUGCCCUAAAAAUAUUGUCAUGGAGGCUCUGUGGAUCUAUUUCUAGCCUCCGUUGUAUACCGAGCAGCUUGGUAGGCAGAAUGAUCUGAGGCUAUCGAUUAAUGUUCAGACCUUUUUCUGAUAACUCGCCUCAGAAAAGCAGGGUAAAAAAAGUCCUUUUAGGAGUAAGAAAUAUAUAUUUCAAAUUGAUAUUUUCAGGAUUUGAAAACCAGACCGAGAAUUAAUUUUAAAAAAUUGUUUUCACUUUUGGCGUUGGAGAAUUUUAUUUCAAAUUGUUCUUAACUUGCGCAGCAUGACUAAUAUUUUUUUUUUUUUCUUUGCUUUCCAAAAGAUUGGAAAGGGACUUUUUAUUUUUUUUAAGGAUUAAGUAAAUUUGUGUGAAGAAGGCUUUACCUGGGUUGGCGUUCUAGCACUGUACUAGCUUUCUAAAAAGCCGCAUAUGUGGUUGCUGUGGUAACCUCAUAGCCAAUGCCACUAGCCCUAGCUAGGUUGUGCAUGGGUGGAGGUGUCCGCUACAUAGGAGUUUUAACCUGGUUGGGGAAGCGUCCUCAAGCAGGAAAAAAUGAGACUACUGGUGGAUACUACAGAAGAUUAACACCCACAAAGCAAAGGACAUGAUGGCACUGGAUCGAAUGUGACAAGAAUAUGCAUGCUGCCCCUUUAAACAGUUUUAAAUUGCUGCUUCAAUCGUAAUUCAGGAGAAACGGUGGCUUCUUGCACCAUAGCCGGUACAGACGUACACAUUGCUUUGCUUGGAGGGUCCCUUAAAGAACAAAUACAGCUUGUCUGGUGAAUCAUAUUGAUGGACCACUGACGUGCAGAAGCAUUUAUAUUCCUUUCGUAUGAAUUUCCUAAAUUUUAGAUACCACUCAAUUCCACUUUACCUUUUUAGACUUCAGUUGGCCCCAUGCAGUGUUCCUGAAGUUAAUUUAACUUCCUCACUAGAGAAGUCUCACAUAAAGUAAGGCAAACCUUGACAGAAAUGUAUUGCUCUGUUUUCCCUAACUACAGAGCUCAAGGCACAUGACGGCGCAGCCUAUUUAAUGAUCGCCGCUGCUGUGCACUUAGAUUAAUAAAAAUGACAUUGAUUAAUCUGUAAAGAGAUGUUCCAUGCAGCCGCUAUAGCUGUAAACCUGCACAAUGCGGCGCAAAAUAAAAAUAGCACUGAAACCUCCCACUGGCUCUUGCUGGUACUUUAGUUCACAUCUGUUAACCCCUUGCAUUCAUGCAAGUUGUCAGGAGCAAUCGCAAUACACAGUAUAUCUUGGGAUUCCAGCAGUUUAUUCCAUCUGCUUCUGCUUAAAGGGAUACUAUAGUUGCCAGAACAAUGUCCGCUCAUUGUAGUUGUUCUGGGGAGUAUAGACCGUGUUUGCAUGAAAAUGCCUGCAGGGACUGUUUUUAGAGAAAAGGCAGGAUGUACAUUACAGAUGGCUACUUGAGGAACUUCCUGCUGCAGUGUCUCCACGCUCUGCCUGGAUACUUUGAACUUUCUUUAUAGAGAUGUAUUGAUUUAAUGCAUCUCUAUGAGGAGGUGCUGAUUUGGCUUGGCCAGUGUUUGGUCCGGCACCCACUCCGCCUCCUUGACGAUCUCAGCCAGUCCAGUGCUUUCCCUAUGGGCUGAGAUGAUCAAUUCUGAUGUCCACCAAAGAGGCAAGUUGGGGUCAGGGCCAGAAAAAGGUAAGUUUUGACAUUUUCUAAUGGGGGGGGGGGAGGGGAGGCAGGUGGUUAAAUAGUCAUUAACAGUACUAGGGUCAGGCAUACGUUUGUGUUCCUGACCCUAUAGUGUAAAAUGGCUCGACAGACCUGGGUGACAUGUCUCAACAUGAACGCUUGUGAAAGUGUUGCGUUUGUAAGACUAUAGAGUCUAAACCUAUCAAAUGUAGUGUCAACAGUGGGUAUAUGGGAUGUGACCAUGUUGCACACAAAUACUAUUCCGCUCUUUUCUGGAAUGGAAAAAAAGUCUUGUUUUAAGAGCUGCUUCUGCACUUUUCAAAGUUAUCUCUACAGGGUGCAACAUUAGACCGAGCCUGGCAAACCCCAUACGUAUGUCGAAUAGCCAAAAUGGUCAAGGCACUCGAGGAUGACUGAAUAGCGGUUUUAAGUGGUCAAAAUGUUGCUGCUUGCAAUAUGCACUGAUUAUUUUUUUUAUUUUUUAUUAAAACUGCUAAUUAGUCAUUGGUGAUCUUGUAAUUGUCUGAGUCCAUGAAUGAAGAAAGGAACUUCCUAUUUGAAAUGACAUCUCCUGAGAUUCCGUUGCUUUAGUUGUAUAUUUAUAUUUUUUUCCUCUCUAGAUAAAUGACAUGCAUGUAACCAGGCUCAUUGUUGAAACAGACAUCACAGCCUUCAUCACUUUUAGACCAUUUGAAACUUCAAGGUUUUUUUUUUUUUUUUUUUUAUUAUGCACUCUGCAUAGAUUAAAGUGGAACUGUUCCUUUCCAGAAUUUCUGAUAUUCUGUUGACUUAUCCCUUGUAUUUUACAUGUAUGUAAGGUGUGAAGUUAAUUUAUGUAGAACUUUUCCCAUGGGUUAACCUCUGUCCUGGAACUGAGCGCAUACAUCUUUGCUCCCUGUCAGUCAUUGUUAUAAACUGUGCCCUUUCUACCUGGUAGUAGCAUAGAGAGAGAGAGUACUACAAAUAAUGCAUUUGUUUCUUUACAUGAUUUGCAUUGUGUACACUGACUGUGCCUGGAAUGCACUGAAUGUUGAUGUGAUUUUGCUAAAGCUUUUAACACUUUAAAACAAAAAUAGAACCUCACAGGAAAAAAUUAGCAUAAGUAUUUUGUUCAGUUAUGUAAUUUCCAGAGAAGGAAUUACUGGAUAGAGACGUUGCAAACAACUUUAUAGGAACACUAUAGUGCCAGGAAUACAAGCCUGUGGUACUGAUACCAUAGUGCUGAAAUGCAGCACUACAGUCCCUGCCCCCCUUCCCUCUAGACAUUAAAGAUGAGUUUACUUCACGUUUGCUCCAGAGAUUAUCCAUUUUAAAAGCAGUGGGAGGCUUACACGUGCGCAGCAAAACAUUGGCUGAGCCGAUCAGCAUCUCUACGCCUCCAUGCAGAGCUUGGAAAACAUGGAUACAGGAAGUGCCUCUAGUGGCCGCCUGAGUGACUGCCACUAGAGGUGUAACUAGCCAGCAAUGUAGUGUUUUAUAAAAUGUAAACAUGUCAACACAAUGGGGGGGAAAUGGUAACCUAAAGGCCUUGUGACAUAAUCACAUUGAAAAUGGACAUUCAAUGCCACUACAGUGUAUAUGUGGCUUCUGGCACGAUUACAAAGAUUAAGGAAGAGGAGUUUCAGGGAACCACUAAAUGCAAUAUGAAACUUGCCUCUGAUCCGAGAUGUGUCAAAGUAGUGCAAAAUCCAGGUUUCAUGUUUUAAAGGACAGUUUGAACUUGGAAUGCAAAGCAAUAGUAAGAGGCAGAUUUGAGCCAGUGUCUAGCGAGACAGACAUGGAUGGACAUCAGGGCAGCCCUAUGUAUGAAUGUAAAAUCCACUGAGCUAUAAAGAUCCAGGGAUUGAUGUAACCAUUAUGUGCAGUAAUGACUGGCUGUUAUACCAUAUAAAUAAAUUCUUCUUUAUUUUUUUUUUUUUCUCUGAUCUUUUGUCCUGCCUUUAGAGACCAACCGUGAUGGGAAUUUCAUUAUAACAAUCACAAUUGUAUCCAGUUAAAUAACUUUAUUUGUGCAUUUUUAUACGGCCGCUCUGUUUAGCGUAAUGUCCUAGAUUUAUCUAGAUGGACUCCAUGUUUACUCCCAGCUCUUCAUGCUUUCAUGUCUUGGGUAACCUGACAUUUUUGUUUUCUCAUAUCAUGAUUUGUAUUUUUUUGUUGUUUUUGUUUCCAUUUCCAUAUUCAGUUCAAGUCAUCAAGGCUUGUCCUCCACUAAAACAGUUUUGCUUAAUGUUUUACAUAGGUGGUAAGGAGAUCUUUGUUUUAUUUUUGGCUGAUUUUCUGCAUGUGUAAUCAUAUUAAUAGGAUUGCCACUGGUACCCGUUGGCUUACAGGUGGUUUACACAGAGUGCAAUACGAUAGAAGAGAUGUAUAGGAGAUUCACCAGGGAUGCCAGUUUAAGGAAGGUUCUUGACCACUUUCUUCUCCCCCUCCCACCCUCCUCCCCAUCAGGGACCAAACCAGAACAUGGCUUUAUGUUGGCCACCCAUGUAUUUAAUUGUGAAAUUGGCCUAUACUUUCUACUUAUUGUGGGCUGUUGUCUGGGUUUUGAUGAACAUGAUUUGCCUGUUAGUGACCAUUUGGGACCCACUAAAAAACAGACCCAUAUUUGGUUUGGACAUUGGGUCUAGGGUUAAUAUUCUGAUUUUAAGAGGGAUAGCAUCAGCCUAAUUAUAUGCUUCCCCUGGGGGUGUACCCACCGCUCACCUGGUGAAUCUCCAUAUCCUGCCUCGUUAUACCAGAUUGUCACAUUAUUGAAACCAUUUAGGACCAUACUGUUCACAGCACCCUUAACUUUUAAUAAUUGCGGUUAAUCCACUUUAAUUACACUUUAAGUAGAGAUUCAAUGUUCCAAGGUAAAUGGCAAAUUUCUAUUGUUCCCUAUUUUUCCUUAUCACGGUCAUCCAAUAUUUGAUUUACCUUUCCUGCUGAAUUGACUAAAGAGCCAGCUGGCCAUAUACCCAACAUGUAGAAUCUAUACCUCACAUAAGUGCAUCUUUCUGAAUUCUAAUGCUUUAUCCAGGUAUAAAAUUCUCAAACUCUUAAUGCAUAUUUGCAGUUCUGUUGCAAAAUUGUAUUUAUUUUGCUAGGUUAUGAGGAAGUUGUUUAAUUCUGAUCUAUGUUUUUUGUUUUGUGUCUGUGUACCACUUUCAAGUUACUGUAGUAUUACCAUAUGAUUUAAUUUUUCUUUUGGUUUUUUGGGGGGGGAGGUUUUUUUUUUUUUUGUUUUUUUACUAAGACCCAGUGAAAAUGUUUGAAGUCUUCCUAUUUCAAACAACUCCAUUUGUAUAACUUGAUUUGCUAUCUUUGUCCCUCAAUGAACAUACCAAAGUAGACUUAACACUCUGGCAGUGCUCCCUAAAAUCUCAGACACUGCAUUUACUCCACAGUUACUCAAAGAAAGGGAGGGGGGGAUUCGCGUAAGUAAAAGCUACCUUCACCUACACCCCGUGGCCUCAGAGCAGCAUGCCAUUAACAAACAGUUUAGCACCAAUCCACUUUACAUGGCAACUUCUGCAGAUGGGCGCCACUAAUAGGCUAAAAGAAUUAGCUGGUACACUCCGCCAAUCCCCAUUCAUAAAACUCAGUGAGAAAAGUAUGCUAUGCGUUACUUCAUAGCUUUAUAUACAACUGUGGAAAAAUGUAUGCCAGUUCUGGUUUCUGAGACUUCAUAAUUAGCCACCAGAUUCAACUAUAGUCACCAAAAGACCUUUAGCUUUAUGAAGCAGUUUUUGUGUGUAGAUCAUACCCCUGUAGUCUCACUGCUCAAUUCUCUGCCAUUUAAGGAGUUAAAGGGAUACUGUAGGCACCCUGACCACCUUCGCUCAUUAAAGUGAUCUGGGUGCAAUUCCCCAUGUCCCUUAACCCUGCAAUACUAAUUAUUGCAGUUUUUGAGAAACUGCAAUAAUUACCUUGCAGGGUUAACUCCUCCUCUAGUGGCUGUCUACCAGACAGCCACUAGAGGGACUUCUGGAACUGAAACACUUUUGGUCCAGCGUCAGAUUUUCCCCAUAGAAAAGCAUGAAUUAAUUAAUGCUUUCCUAUGGGGGAAAUCCUAAUGCGAGCGUGGCCUUGGGCGGAGCUCGACCCAGCGCUGAGGGACAUUGGUCCUGGCUUCAGGUGAGUAACUGAAGAAGUUCUAACCCCUUCAGGUGCGUGGGAGAAACGGCACAAGAGACGAUGAUCCACUCUUAGUGUGUGUAACUGUAAAAUGUAUAUGUACUGUGUGUAUAUGUAAUGGACAUGGCUAUAAUUUUAUGUUAGAAGUAAGCCAAUACCUUCUUUUUGUUUCAUUCUCCAUUGCUUAUGUGAAAAUUGUGAUGUGAUAUGUUAUUUAUAUAUAUAUAUAUUUAUUUUUCAAGUUUAAUUUUGUGGCAUUCCUCAGACAUAAUACAGCAUGGGGAACUAUUCCUUAUAUAAUAAGAUUAUUCAGCUGUGAACUGUAUUCCUUUUGGUGCUAAUGGACACAAUAAAUCAAGAUUGACCAGCAAACUGCUCUUACAGUUGACAAAGCAUUGUGGGAGAUGUAGUUUAACAGCUGGGGUCUGCCUUUUGACAAUAUUUGCUUCUAAAGUCUGCUGUUAGACUUGCCAGUAUUAACGUUACACAUUACACUUACAGUUUGAACAGAACUGCAUCUGAAUAUAUUUUAUUUUCGCAUGAAGCCUUAAAGAUUUCUGUGUUAAAUGUAAUCCUGGUGAGAGGAGUGUUUACGUCACAAAUGCAGCUUGAGUGCGUGUCUGCUUUCUGCUGCGUGAGAGCCUAACUGUGUGCAUAAAGUGCCUAGGUGUCGCUUAGAACCCUGCAAUUAAUGUUAUAGCCUGGCUGUAGAAAAAUAACAUUUAAAUAAAUAAAAAAAUGAAUGUACCAAACAUGGCAUUUGGGAGCUUUUUAAAUGCAAUUUUCAAAACUUCAAAGUGGGCACAAAAUGUAUUAAUGGUGAUCCCCACUGGUGUGAAGCUAUUCAGUUUAGUCUGCUUGCAGGAUCAUGUAGAGUAGAUACACUAUGUGGGUUCCUAAACAAAUGCAAGUUUGUGCUUAAAAAAACAAAAAACCCACAGCUAUUCCUUUUACCUUGUCAUUUAAUAUUAAUGUAAAUGCAUGUUUUUUUGUUUUGUUUUUUUAAUAUAAAGUAUGUACAUGAAAUGAUGGGACGCAUUUAUUCCUUCAAUAAGAGAUGAUGGGAACCAUUAGAUUUUUGAUGUUUUUACGUCAAUGAUUAGGGAAUAAACUAAUUGGUGCUAUCUGAGGUAAAACGUUCCAGAGCCAUGAAAGUAAAAAUCGUAGUGUUUAUAGGUUUCACAUGUAAAUUCAUUCUGUGUGUAAGCCCCUUUGUGUAAAUUUUCUUUAAGUUGACACAUUACUGUCCUAUUAAACUUGUAUUCUGCCUGUGAAGUUGGGUAUCAAUGGCUGACUGGCUUUCCAAGUUCAUGGGACAGCUGGAGAGCGGUGGACUUUCAUUCAUACUUUGUGAAAUCUCAAAGACUGGACCAUUUUUAAAAAAAAAUUUUUUUAAUAGAAUAGUAUAUAUUUCUUUCCUACUUUAAAUAGAAAUUAUUUAUCCAUUUUUACUAAAAUGGUGUGUGUGUGUAUAACAUAGCCUUUAAUAUUCCGUCAACCAAUACUUAGUGGGCAGUCUGUGGGUUACUGUAAGCUGCAUGCUCACAAUUAAUUGCGGUUCUAGAACACGAUCGUUAUAAACAUUGGAUGUUGGAUUUACUCAAUUUAUUUAUUUAUUUUCCUCCUUUUUACAGUGCUGUGGAGGGGGUCCUGAAGACUUUAGUGAAAGCCUGUCGACCGUAAGUUUUUAUUUAUGUAAAAAUUAAAUAUUACACGCACUGAUUCUUGCAAUAAGGUCGUGGAGGCCAUUUGUGAUUAACUUCAUUUUAUUCUAAACUUUUUGCUAGCCAAAAUUCUAGUAGGUGUAUUUCUUUUUUAGUCUCGCUAUGCCCUGACAUAGCCGUAAAAAAAUGAAAUCUUGCCGGCUGCAGUGGAUACUGGUUUGUCCAUUCCCACCAGAGUAGAUAUUCCAUUUGGUAUGCUCAAACAGUUAUUUGUCGGAAAUUCAAAGUGAAUUUCAAAUUUUAGGGCAAAAUCAUAAAAAGCGGACAGCUGAUUUGAAGAUUUUUUUUUUUACAAUUUGAAUAAUUUGGGCUAAUAUAUGAAAUUUAAAUUUUCUCAGUGUUCCAUACAUUGGGAAUAAUCCGGUCUAUCUAUUGCAGUCAGGAAUUCCUCAAGUGGAAGUAUUAAGAAACAUAAAAACUAGUAAAAAAUACAAUUCAAAAUCUAUCGCUUUAGUUUUUAUUAAUCCCCAACUGCACAUUCUGAAAUGUAAUUUUGGAUUGAUUUAUUUUAUUUAUUUUUUUUUAUACAAGUCGAUGAAGCACUUUGUGUCAGAUCAGGGUAAAAAAAAAAAAAAAAUCAAACCCAAAUUUCAAUCGAGACUUCAGUAUUAACCCUUUAAAAACGGUGUGCUAACCUGUUACUUUAAUCUAUAAUUUUAUAUUAAAUGAAUCGGCAAAAUUACUGACUAAAGUGCGCAUUACUGAGAAUUUGUGAAUUACAGAAUUAAGGCUAAAACAAGUUCUAAAAUUAACACUGCUUGCUGAAGAAAUGCCAAACAUACCAUUGCUUCGAUACAAGGGAACAAACUGCAUAGUUUUAGAGAAAAAUACAAAGGUUCCUUUUAUCUAUUUUACUUUUCUGCCAAAGCACUUUUUCUGUUAUUAUUGUAAAACAAUCUUUGUAUUAAAGGGGCACUAGAGUCGCCAAAAGAUGUUUUAGCUUAAUGAAGCAGUUUUGGCUUAUAGAUCAUGCCCCCGCAGUCUCACUGCUCAAUCCUCUGUCAUUUAGGAGUUAAACCACGGUGUUUAUGCAGCCCUAGUCACACUUGCAGCAUGAGUAGUCUAUGCAAUGCAGGUUAUCUGGGCAAUUGCUACCUCUUGAGCUAGCCAAACCAGGACGUACAGGGAAGGUGGGUGUAACCAGGUUAAUUCAGAAGUGUCCAUUUCUAUUGUAAUCUGCACUCUUCCAAAAUGGGGGUCUUUUGGUGACUAUAGUUGAAUCUGGUGUCCCUUUAAUGCUUUUCUGGUUGCAUGAAAGACGACUAACACAUGUCUUGUGUCCCUUUCAAAGUUAUUUUCCAGAUAAUGCAACAGCAGAGAUGUUGGAAGAAUGGCGGCCUUUAAUGUGCCCUUUUGAUGUAACCAUGCAGAAGGCCAUUAGUUAUCUUGAAUUGUUCUUGCCUACCUCACUACCUCCAGACCUACAUUGUAAAGGUUUUAGGUGAGUUGCAUAGCUAAGGUAUACCAUAUAAAUCCAGGUUCCAUUCUCAGUCUGUCGGUGUCUGAAGGACAUCAUUCAAAUGUUUUGGGUAUUUAUGUACUGAAUGUGUAAUUUAGCAUUAAUUGAUGUGAACGGUUUGACCCAACAUAGCUUCCUAAAUUUGUUGCUUAUUUGUUUUAACCCGUAAAAAUCCGUAGGGUGUCUGCAAAACUUUUUGUUUUGUGGGUAUUUUUUUUUUUUUUUAAAAGCACUCAAAAUUUCUCAUCAAGAAAUGCACGUAACUCCGUAUUUUAUUUUCCUCUUGUUCCUCACCAUUCACAGUUACACUUUGAACCUCUUUUCCACAAUGUGCAACACUGUCUAUUGCUGCUAGUCGACCCGUAUUAGCAGUGAAAGGAGCAUUUUACAUCCCAUACUAAGCCUGCUAAGAAACUAGGCAUGACUGUGUGGUAGAUAAGCCGUUUAAAUAUAGCAUUUGGAACAGGCUGCCUCACUGUUCGUGCUGAUUAUUAAAUUUAAAGCUACAGCAUCCCGUAAAAAAAGAAGUAAAAUAAAGCUACUCACUGGAGCCUUAUAAGUGAAGAGGUUCCCCUCUGUCUACCCCCCACUUUGCUAGUGAAGAAUUUAAACUCUGUUGCUCACCUAAUUUCUAGCGAUGGGACUCCUUUGCUGCAGCCUCCAGCUCCUCCUUUGGUUAUGUCCACCUCCAAGCUGACCUCACACACGAUAACCUCCAAUCCAUUUAUUUUCCUAGAGAAGAAAUGGAUUUGAAAUGCAUAUAUGCAGCCGACACCCCCUCCUUCAAUUAAAUACUACUAUCGCCAGCAUAUGAUUCCCAAAAGGUGGAACGCCUUACAGACUAUCUAACUAAGCACUUUGUAUAAAAGCAAUCCAACAAUGGCUAGAUCUCCGCUCAUGGGCUGGAACUCUCUUUACCUUUUUUUUUGGUCUGUGAAUAUUGUAUGUUCUACCUGAAUUGUACAGCGCUACAUAAUGUCUGCACUUUAAAAUGACUGUAAUAAAUAAAUAAAAUAGUGGCUGUCAGGAAGACCGCUUUUAGCGGUGGAUUUCUCAUGCAAUGCAAACAUUGCAGUUUCAAAACAAAAUACUGCACCCACACUACUUCGUUGAGAUCAAGUGCUCUGGCUGACUCUCGUGUUUGAUGUCUGUAGGUGACUUAAGGAGGUAAACAGAAAUUCUGUAACACUGUCAGUUUUAUACUGUUUAAUUAUGUAGCUACUAGAUUGACCUUAAACAGAGCUGACUGGUCCACUUCAAGUUAAUGUCAUACAAAGAGGAACAAAUACCAUAACCACUACAGUGCUCUAUUCUGUCUCCUGUUUUUCUUUUUGUGCUUAUUUUUAUGGAUUUGAUGUUUUCUAAUUUUAUUCCUUUUCAGGCUUUGGUUUGAUGAAUUACUGGCUCUGUGGGUUUCCGUACAGAAUCUUCCUCAGUGGGAAGGGGUACGUAUUAAAGGAUCAUUUGUAUAGUCAACUUUCAUGAUUAUGUUAAGUGACACACUGUAAGAGUUUUUUUUUUUUUUCUGCACCCCUAGGCAAUAACUACUGAUUCUGAAAUCAUUUUGUAUUCUAUGUAGCAAUUUGGAAGACAAUGGUUUAGCCCAGGACUUACUGUUUCUGCUACCCGGCUUUCUACGAAUAAUUCAAAAGUGAAACGUCCAAAUAGCCAAAUUGGGAAAAAUUUCUUCAUGUCCGCUAUACUUCCAUUUCAGCUAAUUUGGUUGUAAAGUUUGCACUGAAUUCCUGACUAGUUGCACUGUAGUGAGAAUAACUCUGUAUGAGAAGGACUCUGUUCUCAUUUAAAACCCUUCCGGCUGUAACGUUACUAAGGGUAUUUCUAAAACUGCUGAUUUCUCUUGCAAAAAGGCAAUUUCAUUAAAUAAUGGGGCACACAGAUACCUCUUAAGGCAUUUAAGCUUACAGAAGUGUUUUAGGGCUCUGCAGUGUAUCUUUAACCUACAGAUUAAAUUCUUAAAAAUAUCAUAGGUCAAAUUUUUCUUUUAUCCACUUUGGUUUUUACUUUGUUUUUAUUUUGUUUUAAAUUUACAGAUCUAGCAUUUUGUCUGUUUUGUUUUUAUGCAGCAUCUGGUCAGUCUCUUUGCACGAUUGGCAAAUGACAAUAUUGGGUACAUCGAUUGGGAUCCCUAUGUACCAAAGGUAAAUCGCUUUUUUUCCCUCGACAUUUUGUAAAUUGAAAUCCAUAGGAUUACAUUUACAGGUAGCUGUAUAAAACCUUGUUACGAUGUUCUUUGUGCCUUGUUUUACCAAGUCUACCUGGAAAAGAAAAGCGUUGCUUUUGCAUUCUCAUAUCCCUACGCUUAUUUAAAUAACUGGAUGUUUUUAGUAUUACUCCAAAGUAACGCUUUUCUUUUGUCUUUGUUUUUUAAUUGUAUGUAUUGGAGCUUUGUAUUAUAGUCUUUGCUGUCGCGCAGGAGUUAUUUCAGUGUAAUUGUAUUUUUCUUAUGAAAGGCUCUCUCAUUUAUUAUGAUUUAUAUGUUUGGUGUGGAGAACCUUUUAUUUUCAGUUUUUGUAAUUUCGUUUCAAUGUUUGCUUAUGUUGCAAACCAUUUUCCGGUGAAACCCAAAAUUGGCAGUGGCGUUUGAAAAUACCAGCAAUGAUACACAAUACAUUGCAGAAAGUGCUGAUUUGGAACAAUUCUCUGCUCUAGUCAUUGUUUGGCUUUGUCGGCCUAAAUUGUGUUUUCAUGCAAGCUCUAUUUUCUUAUUUCCUAGGUGCUCUGAUAUCAAAUCUAGUGGGUUGUUUUAUUUUUUUAUUUUAUUUUUUUUAAAGUGUCUUAAACCAGAGUUAUCAGUAUACCCCACACAUUAGAACCUAACAUUUGUUAGUUUUAUGUUAACUUAAUAUUUUAUUUUUAACUUCAGAUCUUCACCAGGAUCCUGCGAAACCUUAAUCUUCCUGUGGGAAGCAGCCAGGUAUUGCUCCCGAGGCAGCUCACCAAUGCCUAUGACAUUGGUCAUGUGGUAGUAUGGAUCACAGCAAUGAUGGUGAGUCACAGCCAUUGGUACCUUUUGGCAUUGCCUUGUUCUUUCCCCUCUGCUAGCAGGGGGUUAUAUAUGUUUGUUUCUCCGAAUGUGCAGAAUGCUUAAUCCAUGCAUAGUUGCUGUGGGCCCUUAUCAUGCGCAGGCUUACUGGAUGUUAAACCAUGUGAUUACUUAACAGAAUUCCAGAGAACCCUCACACUGGUGGUUUAUAGGAAGGCAGUAACUGAUGUCGCACUGUGGUCAGCAUGCUGGCAAUGAGGUCCGCGUCAUGGCCGGGGUCACCCUGCUUAAAGGACCACUAUAGUGCCAGAAAAAUAUACCAGUGUGGACAGAUAGGAUUAGGAAACCGCGCCCUAGACAGUGUGAUACAAAUAAAUUGUAUACGUACACAAGGGUAUAUGCAAUGGUCUAUGUCCAAUUGACCUCAAAGUAAAAGAACAUAGAAGAAACAAUAGUGCAAUAUCAUAAAUAUAACAAGCGGAUUGUGUAGGUACUUUUUAAAGUGGUUUCACUCACAUUUCCUAGAGCUAUCCCAGAGCUCAGCUGUUAAUGCGUGUGGACGGUACAAUCCCUGUCUCAGGAUAUAUACUGCAGAGUGCGUCUUAGCAGUUCCGAGCAGGAUACAGGUAAUAUGUGGGGAAAUAGAAAUACAAUAGUAACGUACUCUCAUUUGCUAGAGCACAACUUGCUCUAGUCAGUAUGGCAUAGGUGGUAUCAUCCCCACCAGGGAAUAUGAAGGUAACCAGGAAUUGAACGGAAUCAGGUAUCCAAGGUAAAUAAAAUAAGUAGAAAAGUAAUAUUUAAAGUGGGACUUUUUAGCUAUUUGUUACUCUUUUUUAUUAUUCUCUUUUAUUAUUCUCCUCCUCAUUUCCCGUCAUCGGCUGAAUGCGCAUGAGCCGCGCGCGCAUUCAGCCAGUUUCAUAGGAAAGCAUUCUCAAUGCUUUCCUAUGGAUGCUGGUGUCUUCUCACUGUGAAAAUCAGUGAGAAGCGCGGAAGCGCCUCUAGCGUCUGUCAAUGAGACAGCCACUAGAGCUUGGAUUAACCCAUUUGUAAAUAUAGCCGUUUCUCUGCCCUUCUCUGAAAGUGCUAUGUUUACAGCAGAAAGGGUUAAUCCUAGAGGAACCUGGCACCCAGACCACUUCAUUAAGGUGAAGUGGUCUGGGUACCUAUAGUGGUCCUUUAAUGGCGUGCACCCAAUCAAAGGAGCGCACAGGCGGCAUGGAUGCAGGAAUGAGUGGAAGUGGGUGACUUAAAAAUGACAUCUUAAAAAUAAAGUUUUUUAAAAAAGUGUUAAAAUGGCUAGAUUUCCAUCUUCAUAUUUUUAUCUAAAUUUUGUGGAUUUUUGGUUUUCAAUUGAUCAUAUACUUAAAAUAAAAACCUCACAUUGCCAAUGUGGGAUCAAUCAUUUUUAUUUAUUUAUUUUGUGCUGGUCAGUAAACCUAGUGCUUACUCGUUCCAUCAGAUUUACCAUUACCGUUUGUUUUGCCGUUCUGCUCUAUUCACUUCAUGCAUGCUUGUAACACAUGUAAACAAUUAGGUGCUGCUUUUUCAAAUGUUUUUCCUUAUUUUAUUUAGGGCGGUCCAAGCAAGACUGCGCAGGCACACUUAACGGGGCUCUUCAAUAGCAUAGCAUCUUUUUACCAUCCAUCCAACAAUGGGAGGUGGUUGGUAAGUAAUACAGUAAUGGCAUCUUAAUUUAUCAUCGGUGUGUAAAGACUUUGCUUCCGGUGUUGAGAUUGCUCGUCAUAGUGUCUAAUGAAUGGAUUAUAUUGUCCCUCUAGUAGUCUCACUGAGCACAGUUAGAUUUACAGUGGAACAAUCAUGGCAGUAAAGUCACAAGAUACUCUCUUCAGAAUUGAUCCCUGGGCAGACCGAUAAUGGGCUUGGUGCUGUGCAUUUGGUCAUACAGCAUACUUGCUUCUCUAGGAAAUGUCAAGGCAGUGACUUGCUCUUUUAAAUCCCUUCUUAAGUCUUUGAUCUCCUUACUUGUUAAGAAGGAUGCCGAUUUCAGUCCACGGUAACAGGAACCAGGUGUUUAUAGCUUUCCAAGAGGUUUCUUUGUAUUUGAGAUUGUUUGUUUCUGUGCUGUCUAGUGUACUCUGUUCAAUCUAAAUAAAUAAUAAAUUGCUAAUUUUGGUAUUAAUUACAAUUUAGCAUUGGUAACUGAUAAUGUUUUCUGACUUUUAAAACGUGUUGCCCAAGUGUUCUCAAAGCACAAUUCAAGAUUCAUUAACUAUUAAUACAUUGCUAAUAACUCUUUGCCAGGAUUUUCAUCUCUUAAACAUGACUGGUUUAUGUCUGGUAUAAAGUCCCAUUUGCACUAUUGGUUGCCGAACACUUGUAAGGACCACUAAAGUCACCCAGGCCACUUGAUUAAGAUGAAGUGGCCUGGCAGCAGUGGACCUGUCCUUUUAACCCUGCAAUGUAAGAUACUGCAGUUUUUAAGAAACUGUUUUACAUUGCAGGGUUGAUUCCUCAGUGAGUGACUGUCAGUGCCACGUUAGUGCCUCUAGUGGCUUUCAGUGUGACAGAGGAAAACUUGGUCAUGUGAUGCAGAGGCCCCAGAGUAGUAACGCAAUGCUUUCAGGUUCUCCAAGGAGCAUUGGAUUAGACAAUCGGGGAUUCCAUGCCCAAGGUGGAAAGGUAAGCAACACGGAGGAAGCUUCUGCACUAAAAAAGGGGGGGUAUAUCCUUCAUUUAAUUUUUAUCGCAAAUCGAGUGGGGGACUAAUGCUAUAGUGUUCCUUUAAAAAAACAAUGUAGUGCAUUGGUGACCAAAAUGUAUGUAUUUAAUCAGCUCAAGUGGAAAUAAACCGCCCAUUAGCCGUUUCCAACCAAUUACCAAAAGCUGGAUUGUAAUGUUAAUCACCCCUGGUACUUUUUGUGUGUUUGUGAUAUAAUGUAGCAUGGUUUACUACUGCUCUAAAACUGCCUUUGGAGCAGAUCUGUAUUAAAUUCAAUUUCUGAAACUGUCUUAUUUCCAUCUCCACGCACCCCCCUUCUUACUUUAGGCAAAACUAAUGAAACUGCUUCAGAGGUUGCCAUGCUGUUUUGUCCGGAGGUUGCACAGGGAAAGGUACAAGAAGCCUUCCUGGUUGACCCCAGUUCCUGACAGUCACAAGCUUAGUGACCAAGAUGUGACAGACUUUGUGGAAAGUAUAAUCCAGCCUGUACUGCUGGCCAUGUUCAGCAAAACUGGAAGUGGUGAUGCAGCCCAGGCCCUGCAGAACCUUGCACUAAUGCGCCCGGAACUUGUUAUUCCCCCAGUACUUGAAAGGUAAGUUUCAGAGAAACAACCACAUUCCCAAACCCUUAGUUUACAGUUCUCGGUGUAUCACAUUAACCAAUACAGAGAAAAAUAUAAUGUAAAACGGCUAAAAUGCAGAUUUUAAAUCACUGGCCGCAAGCAGCUGAUCUACCUGUUUGAAGGUUGUCCGGUUAUUUUUUACAUUAGGUGUGCUUUGAAACGAGAUAAAGCUCUGACUGUCUUAAAGUGUCUCUGUCUCGGUUUUGCAGGAUUUUCCUUAAUUUAAUACUGAAUUUCUGUCUACAUAAAUAACGUGGGUCCCCUAGUUUGAUGUCACCAGAACCCAAUUUCACUUGGCCCAAGCAGUUUGCAACAGUGUUUUUGUUAAAUCCUGUGUAUUUCUCUGUUGUGCAGAACAUAUCCAGCUUUGGAAACUCUAACUGAGCCUCACCAGCUUAUAGCAACAUUAACGUGUGUAAUUGGCGUGGCACGCAGCCUUGUAUCCGGUGGCAGGUGGUUCCCAGAAGGUCCAACACACAUGCUACCUCUGUUGAUGAGAGCACUUCCUGGGGUUGAUCCAAAUGAUUUCAGCAAAUGUAUGGUGAGUAUGGUUUGUUUAAUUGUAUGUAAUCUAAAACUGGAGUUUAAUUUAGUAAUUCAACAUUGUAUUUAAACACUGACACUUUAAUUCCAUAAAUUGUUCUUUUCAUUACUAACUGAUCACAUAUAAACCGGGAUCUAGGAAACCAUGUAAGAACAAAGUACAGUUCCUUAAGGCUGAGAUAACUAACAGUGUUAUUGACAGAGGGGAGAGUUGUCAAAAUGGCUGAAUUGGAAUAAUAGCAGACCUAAAGGAACACUAUGUCAGGGAUAUAAACCUGUGUUCCUGACACUACAGCUCUAAGAUUGCUAUUUAGCCCACUGGCCCCCUUGUCCACUAUUAAAAAGGCGUUAAACUCGCCUUUAUUCCAGCUCUGCGACUCUGCCUACAAGAUCAUCAUUUUUUUUUUGUAAAUUUUUUUUCCUCAGCCAAUCGAAUGUGCGUGGCAAAACGCAGCGUUGUGCCAUUCAGGAUCUCCUGCUAGAGUUGCAAUGAAUCGUAUCUCUGAGCAACGUUCAGCACCUCAUUGCAGAGUGUGGAGACACUGAAUGUCAGUGCUGCACAUUUAAAGCAAUUUUUAGACACUAAAUGUGAAAGUCUUGUUUGAAUUCCCAAUGAUUCUUUCUUUAAAGGGACUCUCCAGGCAGAGUUGUUUACUCACCUGGUUCCAGCGCCGGGAGCCUCGUGAAGCCGCGCCCCCUAUUUCGUCAAAAUGACGAAAUAGGCGGCUGCGAGCAGGGAGCAAUCAGACGCUUCCAUUUGGAAGUGUCAUUGCUCCCGCGUGCGCAUGCGCGGCUUUGCCGCACAUGCGAACAUACUUCAUAGGGCGGCAUUUAUGAAGUCCUGAGCGCAUGCGUGCGGAGUGUGCGGCCCUGAGCUGACUGACAGCUCAGCUCGCGGUCUUUGCCUGCCCCCUCUCCUCUGCUGACAGGCAGGAGAGAGAAGGUGCACACACGGUGCCUUCUCUCUCCUGCACACAUCAGACGUAUCUUAAUACGUCUGACAUGUACAAGGCCUUUUUAGGGCCCUACAUGAUAGGAAGUCCCUCUGGUGGCCGUCUGAGUGAUGGCCACUGGAGGUAUUCCGAUCAAUCAAUGUAAACACUGUAUUUUCUCUGAAAAUACAGUGUUUACAUUAGAUUGCCUGCAGGGAGCUAUAGAUCUCACCUGAACAAAUACAUUAAGCUGUAGUUGUUCAGGUGACUAUAGUGUCCCUUUAAUAAUCCUGUAAAUAAUUCUACUUAAAGAUUCUCAAAUUAAAAAAGGUUUCCCUUGGUAAUUUUGGCAAAUUCUUUUAAUCAUAAUUAAUGAAUUACAAGAUGACAGAUAUACAAUAUUCCAUGUUUUAUUAAAUGUAUAUUAUUUAUUACAUGUAUUACUGUAUUUUCACUUUUCUUAACCCAAGGUGCCAGUCAUGUUGGCAGUGACUGUACUAAAGUGAUUAUACUUUGUUCCAGCUGUGUUAGAAGUAUUUUACAGUAUUUCUUUAUGAGCGAAAUAGAAAUGUAAACGUGUUUAAUAGCCUAGUACACAUUUGUGAUAAGCGGAUAAUGGUGUUAUUUAUUAAACAAGGAAUCAUGGAUAAAGAUCUAAGAUAACGGAAGUAGGGAUCGACCAAUAUUGAUUUAAAAAAAUAAACAAAUUUGAGCAGAUAUUGCUAAUCUGUGAAUGUUCAGGCCGAUGGCCGAUAAUUUACCGAUAUUCUGUACAUUUACCAUUGUGAAAAAAAAGAAACAAUUUAUACACAAAUCUACUGUUAACUGAACAUGUUAAUUAUUUAUUUUUGUAAAUCUUUUAAUUUUUUUUUAAUGCAGUGGUAAAUGCACAACAUAUACAUGCUAGUCAGAUUUUUUUUCAAUAAUAUUUAGUGUUCCUCUCCCCUCUCUGUCCCUUAAGGCUCUACCCCCGCACCCGCCUCCCCCUUUUGAGGUCCUCUUGUAGCGUGGCAGAGCGGACCGUGGUAGAGGAGCUUCAGUUUCCUGUACCCGGCCGGACUGACCGAAAGUGCUCUUUGUGAGCAUUUCCUGUCAAUCUGGCAGAGUACAGGAAACUGAAGCUCCUGUACCAUGGUCCGCUCUGCUCCUCUCGACCACGCUACUUCAAGUGACUGGUAGGGGGAGCGCUGUGCGUUUCCUUCCUGACAAUCACUAGAUUCUUGCGCCCUAAUGAUGCCGCGUGUUCCGCCUUGAGGACUCACUGGCACUGUGUGCUUUGAGCCGUUGCCACCUCUCGCAACAUCGGUAUCAAUAGUGGUCGAUACCAAUAUUUGCCAAAAUCCAGCAUAACGGCCAAUAUAAUUGGUCUAUCCCUAAACGUAAAGACCAUGUUUAAACUUUUUUACCAGAAGCAGCGUUACCACCAUCAAGUUUUGUCACCUCCAUAGCAGUGAUGGCGAUAAGAAUAUUAACUCGCUCAUCGUUAGAUAAUAUCCAUUGAGGCUCUCAUGCCCAUUCAGGAACCUCAAUGGAUAUCAAUGUUGUAUCGUCACACAUGCCCGAGGGUACAGCUCUGAUGUCUGCUCUUGGUGGAUUAAGUGCCAUGAGCUGAAAUAAGAAUAUAGCGGCGUUCGUGUGGUACAGCAUCAGUUAAAUAUAGCUCACCAUUGCUGAAUCUCUGGGCCUCGACACUCAGAGCGGCGAUGUCGCCAUCGGGGGUCUUUGUAAAAUGUGUAAAAAGUCUAUAAUGUGACAGUCACUUUAACGAAGCAUGUCUUUGUGACUCAUUCAGUACAUUUGUUAACUGUAUGUUCUCAAUAUAGGAUUUGUACUAAUCCCUUUUAACCCCUAACAGAUCACAUUCCAGUUUAUCUCAACAUUUUCCACAUUGGUGCCUUUAGUAGACUGCUCGUCACUGCUGCAAGAGAGAAGUGAUCUUUCCGAGGUAACAUUAUCUUAGAGUUAAAAAAAUUUUUUUAAAAUAAACAAAAACCUGAAUGAGUGAUUGGCUGUUGGAUGUGUGACGAUAGGUGUCUCUAGUGUUGAUUCUUAAACCUCAAACUUUCUUCCCUUUUUAGGAUUCAUUAGUUCUAUAGAGGUUUAGUAACGUACAAAGCUAUGGUAUGGAAUUUCAAUAAAUUGUCUGUAAACCUUGUAGAUUUUCUACUGUAAUGGAAGUAAAAGUUUUGUUUACAAACUGUUUGAUUUUAUUUUACAGUCUGUGUAGUAAGUUGUGUGAUUGCUGUUGGUCACUGACUUCCUUUAUUUUUCUGUAAGGCGGAGAGGGAGCUCUGCUCAGCUACUGCAGAGUUUGAAGACUUUGUCCUGCAGUUCAUGGACAGGUAUAUAUUUUGUUUGUUUGGUUUUUACCUCUGGUUUCUUUCAAAUCAGUGCAAAUUUUUUUUUUUUCUCUCUCUCUCUCUCUCUCUCUCUCUCUCUCUCUCAUAUAAAAUGUAUAAGUAAAUAAUAUGGCUAAAUAAAAAAUAGUUUUGGUGUUCUGUAUUUAGUAAAAAAUUUAAUUAUUUUGUUUAUUGCAUGCUUUGUUUAGACUGGGUAGCAUUAGGUGUUUAUGGUUGAGUGCACUGUUUCCAUGCGCUUAUUACAGAACAAAAUGUGCUGUAGCUAGGAAACGUCAAAGAAGCCGGAACCAUUUGGAGAUCCAUCACAGUCCUGUUGGUAUUGGCUUUAGAUAUAGGAAUGUGGAUUGCGUGCCUGUGUUUCUUAACUGAAUGGUAAAAUGUGUGACACAGAGAGGGUUAUUUUCUAACUUAUGUUCAUCUUUCAUGCUGAAUGCAAAAGUGUUUAAUUAAAACGUUAAUAACAUUGUAUUUAAUGAAAUAAAAUAACCUGCCCCCCAGGUGUUUUGCCCUCAUUGAAAGCAGUUCUCUGGAACAAACCCGUGAGGAGACGGAGACGGAGAAAAUGACCACGCUUGAGACAUUGGUGGAGCUGGGCCUUACCACUACUUUCAGCACAAUAUUCACACAGUGCUCCAGUGAAAUCUUCAAGGUUUGUUCUUCAGGACCUAUUACUCUGUAAACCUGGCCAUGUUUAAAAAAAAAAAAAACCAAAACCAAAAAAAACUUAAGUAGUUUUGAGUAUAAAAAGCACUUAAAUAUGAAACCAAGAUGGACUGCAGUAAUGCCAUAAUUCUCUAUUCUGAGUGCGUGUUAGUCUGUGGAUUUUAAAAUCUAUUCUGCAUUACGCUAAGACCCUGUGCAGAUUUUGUACAAACCAUCAUCCUGCUUGAGAUGCACAUGUUUUGUUAUACUAAUUGAUUUUAAACCUGCACAGUUAUCAAACUUAUUGGUAACUAAGAUGGCAAAUACACCAAUUAAAAACCUCAGCACCGCAGAGUCCGUAAAUCCUUUAAUUUCCGAGUUCUAUAAUCCAAGUACAAUCCGCUUGAGUAAUCGGUAUAUCUAUUCAUGUGUUUGAGCAUUAUCUAACUCUAUCUUCCUGAGAGAACUUUCUAUAAUAAAAUGUCCAUUGGACACCAAAGAGAGCGGACAGUCUCCCCCUCCCAACACCUUCAGUUCGUCCUGUAAAGCACUGCUGUGGAUUAUACUUUGCCAGUAUCAAGUACUGUGAUUUUUAUUUGGUAAGAACUGCAAGUGAGCAAACUUUCACUAUGCCUUAAAAUAUCCUCUACACUACUAGCCAGGCUUUAAAGGUUUCUGCAAGUUUGGAUGACCCAUGGCACACCAUGCUAGAAAUACAUUCUCAUUCACCGUUGGCUAUUGGCAAGUGUAAAUUUUGAAACCAGGCUGUGUAGAAAGCUCAGGUCUUUUCACAAACUCAGUUCGAUACCAAUGUCUACAUGAAAAGAUAAGCUUUAGAGAACAUGGAAAAUGGGCAAAAAUGUUUUAAUCUUGAUUAGUCCUGCUCAAAUGUAAAAUGUUCUUUGCUAAUAAAUCUUAUUACAGUUGUGAACCUAUACCUGUGCUUAUUAUCAGAAUGGCCUCGCACACAGGGGCAGUCCAGAAUCAAAAUACCAACAUGCCUCAUCUGGGGGGGGUAUCCUUUAACCCCUUAAGGACACAUAAAGGAAAUAUUCCGUCAUAAUUCCCUUUUAUUCAAGACGUUGUGUCCUUAAGGGGUUAAACCAAACCAAUGGCGAAUACGUAAACAAAACCGGGAACAAUAAGAUAAAAAUGCCAAAGCUUGCUUUACAGUUAAUUCCUACUCCGAUCACAAAUCUGUUUUUUGCUUUUGCGAUUAGUCAGAGGACCAGAAGUUGUCAUUUUGCUUUUGAACCUUAUGGUUACUAAAAAAUACAAGCAAACUGAAGAUUCUAUCAUUUUAUUUUUCAGGAUAUUUAGACAAGUGUUUUAGUAGAAAAUAGUGACUUUUACAUGUGGUGUGUGUGUGUGUGUGUGAUUUUUUUUUUUUUUUUUUUGGCUGACUUUUUGUCACAUUUUGAUGUCUUUACAGGUAGCCCUGGAAAAGGUUUUCAAUUUUGCAGUAUCCAAUUUGUUUGAGACAAGAGUUUCGGGCAGAAUGGUUGCAGACUUAUGCCGGGCUGCUGUUAAGGUGCAAAUAUUUAUUUUACACUUAUAGUCUUUGUGUUAAAGUCUGUAUUCAUUUAUUUAUCCUACAAAUAGCUGUUUAAACUUUUUGGGUUUUUGUUUUUUAGCUCCAUCACUGGCAAACACUAGCUUUCAUUUACAUCAGUUCACCAAAAGUGAUGUUUACACAUACUGCCCUAAUGUCCUGGCUAUCAAGGAAUUGAGAGUAUUAGUAAUAAUCAUAUUUAUGGCAAGUAAGGAUGGGCAAAAACACGAAUAUUUAAAAACAAAAAAACAAAACAUUUUUAAUACCUCUUGUUUAGGAUCUCUCCUUAAUUUGAACUCAUGUUAUUUGUCAUACACCCUUCCAUUUUAUACCCACACCCCUGAGUAUUUUCAUAGAACCCCUUUUUUUAUGUUACCUCCAGUCACUGCACAUUUACCCUGAUUUAAUCUAUAUCUCCUCCUCUCUCCCUCUCCUAUCCCAGUCUUGGUGAUCUAGUGAACUGUGCCUCUGUCAGCCCUUGCUGUCACUGCUUGCUCUGUUGCUGUUUGGAUGUGUCUCGGUGAGGACAAGAGUGUGAUUUCCUCACACACCUAAAUGUCGGUCCAUCUGCAAACCUCACACACUGUGAGGAAGCAUUGACCGCAAGUGCCCAGAGACUGCCAUACUGGGAAAGCUGCCCCCUUACUGCCUGUCCCCUAUCAAACAUAUUAAUUAAGAGGGGGUGAGUCCCUGUCUGACCUGACAGAUAUAGCAAUGCAGUAGUUUUGCAGCCAGUAAAGCCGCAGAGGCUGCUGGGAUUUGUAGAGAUGUAGAGGGACCGCAGACCAUAUAAAAGGAGUUAAAGAAAUGUGGGGCUUUACUAGCUGACAUUCAGGAAUUCAGCCUCUAAAACCCCCAACUAGCAAUCCCUAUGAAAAUAAUUGGCACUUGUGAAUUUGCAGAGUCUUCACUUGCCUGCCUACUUAAAGGAAGCUUUUCUGGAGUUAGCCAUGCUGUAAAACCAUUUUAUAGAUGGCAAGUCUACUUUAAAAUGGGUGGCUUUUCGUUUGUUGGUGACAUGUGUGUUUUAAUAAAUUUUUAUUUUUUGUUUUAGUGUCACCCUGUGGAAUCGUUGAAGUGGUUUCUGCCACAUUGCUGCAAUAUUAUAACUCAGCUCACUCUCAGUAAGUUUUGCCCUUUUUAUUUCUCCUUCACAAUUCCUAUUGUUACAUUCUCUGAGCCUGCGGACCUUUUUAUAUAUACAAAGAUGAAUAGUUUCCUAAAAUAUUACAUCUCAACCGUUUCCAUUGUUAUGUGUUGAUUGUGAACAAACUACUUAUAAGACUGGCUUAUGUUGUUUUUUUUUUUUUUUUUUUCAAAUAAUGGCACUCUUCUAAUGUCUGCGAUCCUCUCCAGGUUACACAAAUGUAUUUAUUUUAUAUUUUUUAAAUAUAUAUGCUGGGGGGCGGAGCCUAGCAUUCAAACGGAGCGGUUGUGCUGCACCUCGGCUCCUGCUCAAAACGGCACAAAUUGGGGAAUUAACCCCCCCAAAACUGCACAAGAGCAUGCAGGAGAGGAGCCAUUAAGUAGGGAACACCUGGGUGAACCCUUGGGUGCCAAAAUUAAACGUGUAACCCACCGAGACCCUGCAUUACCACCCGAGGCCUACCAGAGAUCGGGCAGUGGAAAGACUGCCGCUCACCACGCUGCGGACCGGAGUAUGGACUUCCAGGGGUACCCAGCUCCUACCACCCCCCCCCUUUUGGACCGAUGGGGGUCAUCUCGGUCCAUCGUGGGCAAUCGGAGAAACAGACGAAGCCUGAAACCGCAGAUCACAGAAAAGAAACAGAAGGGCUACCAAGCACAUGGCCUGCUUAAGAUGGCGGCGACAAGCUAGAGAAACCACACACAAGGGACAGAGAACUGCAGCUGGAUGCAGCCUUUGACCAAUUCUGGACCAAGCUAUGGGACCUUAUGCAAAUGCCUUAGGUAAAAUCACAAGCACCGCCACCUCAGGGUGUGCGGAACCAAGGGCACAGGGAGCAGAAAGACACACCUUUUGAAAUACACGAGAACGAAAGGGCGGCAUGUAGGUGAGCCACAACACGCACCACCCGACGCCAUACACCACAAGCAACACUCAGCCUCACUGAGAACCCACACAAAUAAGCGCCCCAGAAAAACUUCCGGGCCCCCCGUCUGCACAAGGGCAAUAGACGCCCAACCACACAAAAACAAGCUCCCGAUCCGGGUGCCCGGAGAGCAUGGCGCCUACGCAAAUCCGCCUAUUCACCUUACCAUGGCCUCACCACAACCCGACCGGGCAGAGACCGACCCCUUGCGACUAACUCACCACGGAGGAAGAAACACGCACCACAGAGCGCACCACAGAGCCAACCACAGGCACCGAAAAGACCCAAGGGCUCAAACCCGAGCCGGAGACUAAAAUACCUGACGCCGGUGCAUCGAUGCAGAGAACUCCGGGUCUGGCAGCACACACGCACUCUCUGCCUGGACCGGCGGCCUGCUAGUCGUGGGUAUCGGCUGACCAACUUACAGUACAGACUGGCAGGGAGGCACUAUGGCUCAACAGUCAGUCAGUCGACCUGUGAAACUAGCUAAAAAUGAGUCCAUAUAAUCUAAGGGCCUGAGACUUUUAAGCUAGAUAUGUAUGCAUGGUUUCAUUCAGUAAAGGAAGCAGCCUAGAACUUAGAUAUGGUUUUUAUAUUUAGAACUUCAUUGAUGCAUAGCACUUGACGGGCUCUAAAAGACGGCUAGCAGUGUAUAACCUUUACCACUUACUCUACCAGACCUAGUGAGAAUUUGUUAUACGUAAUACGACCUGUGGCCAUUUAAGUCAUGUUAAAGUUUGCAUGUUUCAACUUCACUGCCCCCGUGGCCAGUGGUACACUUAAGUAUCUCAGCAUGUUAUUCAAAGCUGCUAACAGCAGCAUCUGUGGGAUGUGCUAGAACAACAAAUCCAAUCCAAGGAGGCCCCGUCUCGCAACUUGCAGGACUUAAGGAUCUCCUGCUAACGUCUUGGUGCCAGAUACCAGAGGGCACGUUCAGAGGGCUUGUCUAGUCAAUGUAUUAUAGAAUAUGAGCUUUUCAAGUUCAGGAACCUGAAUAAAAAUACACUAACCACAAUAUAUUAUUUAAUUACCAGAGUACAAUUUAAACCUUUUUGUAUCUAAAAUGUGAUGUAUAAGAUAUUUACUUAAAAUCCUAAAUAGAGAAGCCUAAUUUUGAAGUCGUAACUCUCCAUGUAGUGUGCUGACAUGAUUGAACAUGGACUAGAGUUUGUACUUCAGAUAAGUAGAAUCUAAUGUAUAUUUCAUGUUCUCCCUCAGAUGAUGAUGUCCUACGUGAGGAAGAGUUGGAUAAAGAGUUACUAUGGAACCUGCAGCUUCUUUCUGAGGUAAAUAAAUCUAUAUUGAUAGAUAUAUCUAUCUCUGUGUGUGUGUCUCUCUCCAUAUCUAACUGCAAUAAUAUUUAGUGGUGGUGACGAAUGUAUUUGUUGAUGACCUAGCCUGUGGUCCUUCUCCCCUGCAUAACUCUUGAUCUGUGUCUUACACUUGCUAUAUAUCACUAGUUUUCCUGUAUCAUUUUUUACUUCCACCCCCUAAUGAUACUGAGCCCUCACUCUGGGGUUUACCAACUAACCAGUGAAUUGUGGCAAAUUGAAGACUAUUGUAAGGAUGCCUGAUUGCAGAGUAGGUACCCAACUGAAAUAUUUUUCCAUCUCAUAAGGUGAGAUUUUGUUAAUCUGUUUUCAAUGAAUCAAAAUUCAGUAUCGAAUAAAUUCCUCAGGUAUGUGCCAUGUUUGCAGUAUAUCAAGGGUUUAGACUUUGUAAAUUAACGUUUCACCUGCUUUGAGCGAAUCAAAUGCCUUUUUAAUUUGCGCCAGAGCGAUUCGAUGACCGAUCAUUUGUGGGGUCUUGUUCAUAGAGAUCCUGGAACUAUGGGUUAGUUCAUGAACAGAUAAUGUGUUUAACUCCUUAAGGACCAAACUUCUGGAAUAAAAGGGAAUCAUGUGUCUUUAAGGGGUUAAGCUGUUCGAACAAAUCCAAUGCCUUUUAAUGUACAAGUCUACUAGGGAUGCAUUGAUAUGAUUUAAGGGUGUACUCAAUAAGCAGUGAAUUGUAGUGGCAUGAAAAAUUAAGGGAUAAGUAGAAAUAUAAGCAUUUCCCUUAAUGCUUUUGCCUAAAUUUUGCAAAACACAUUUUUUUUUCUUGCAAACCUGUUUAAACUUUAUUUUUUUUUAUUUUAUUUUUUUUUCAAGUUAACAAAGCAUUGUGGUGAAAAUCAGAUUACUAUAUGUAGACUAAAAUAGCCAUGCUUUUACUACAGCCAAGUCGGAGCAUUUUUUUAUUCCCCAUUCUGUUGUGGGUUAUUUUUAUAUUUCUUUUUGCACCUGAAUUUUUCAGUUUGGUCUUCUAAAAAUAAGUUGUUUUUUUUUAGUUUGUUUUUUUUGUUUUUUUAGCAAUGUUCUGUUGAAAUCACAGUGGUCUUAAAAUGCACCUAAAACUGACUGACUGUAAAGAUCACAAGUCUGCCAUUGCUUUGUUUUAUAUAAAGUAAUGUGUUUACUGUACGUAUGCAUUUAUUGUGCCUCGACUGGGAGCCAUUUGUUUUGCAAUUAUCAUUAGAUCUUAUUUUUAGCAAUGGUUAUGACUAGAUUUGACAUUAUUUUUAUUUUUCCCAUAGAUAACAAGAGUUGAUGCAGCAAAAUUGCUUCCCUACAAAGAUCAGCUCGUAAAGAUUCUUCAGAGAACCCUGCACUUCAAAUGCAAGCAGGGCUACACUCUGUCCUGUAACCUACUGCACCAUCUGCUACGAUCCAGCACACUUAUAUACCCCAAGGAAUACUGCAGUGUACCUGGUGGAUUUGAUAAGCCUCUCUCACAAUAUUUACCUCUAAAGGCAAGUUUUGUGUCUGUUUUCUUUUUUUUGUGUGUGUGUGUGUGUUUUUAAUUAAAUGAAAUGAGAUCUGUCUUUACUGAGUUUUUAAUUUACUUUUCCUUAAAAAUAUCAAAACUUUAAAAAAGUUAUUACACAGAACUUGAUUCUGCUUGCUGUUACGAGGCCAUACCCAUAAGCUUCCAUUAUAGUAGUGUUUCUUAAUACUUCUGACACUUUGAGUAAUGACCAAUUUUGCUGAAUUUUGUUUUGUUGUACAUUGCACAACAGUUGAAUAGGUUAGAAUCUUAAUAUUGAAGAGUGGGUUAGUGAGCUAAUGCUAUGUACAGAGUCCAGGGUCAGAUUAAGAGCCCAAUGGGCCUGGUGCUGACAAUUAUGAUGUGCCUAAUUAGAAAAUCUGAUCGACCAAACACACUGAAGCAGUCCUACCUCCCAAGCGUCAUGUAUCUGAUAGAGAUGGUGCUGGAGGGAAACUCAUAGGAUGCAGCUAUGGGAAAACACAUACCCUAUGCUAAUCUCACGCUUUCACCUUUCAAGUAAUUCUAUACCCCCUAACAGCAGUGUCCAGUGAAGCAGGAAGUCAAGGUAAAAGGGUGGGCCACUCACGCGAAUCACGUAACCAGAACUGCCGAAAGGGGCGAACGCACCCAAAAAGAAUGCCCAAAGAAUUUUAAGGACAGCCUGGCAUAAAUGCAUGUCAGGCUGCCUGCCAAUCAUGCAGGUUGGCCAACAAAGGGCAUACUAUGAAGACAGCACCCUGAGCUUGGCAUAAAUGUUUCUAAUUAUGCACUCGCUCCACUCUUUCUAAAGACUGUCCCCUAGCAGUCACAUGUCCACUUGUCUCCUUACCUUCUUACUAGCAAGCAGAAGCACCUGGUAUACAGUCUGAGACAGAGAAAAGCUGGAUGUAGUGAGUGUAGAAGAAAGGGAACGUGCCACAGUGUUGGAGACCAAAGUCAGCAUUACCUAAACUAAUUUCAUUGUCAGCCAGUCCACACAAGUUUUGUUCCUCUACAUCCCUCUUAAGUUUCCAUACUUAAGCAAGAGUAUGCGAAAAGUAGUUGGUGUUGCCACCUUUCUUGGGGAAAAAAAUACUAGCCUUACUAAUUUGCAUAAUAAAUUUUGUAUGUGACAUCACAUGAUGUGUAUUACAAGGAGUGACAUAAGAGAUUCUGUAAAAUCACCCAAAAACUUUUGCUUCUAGUGUAUAUAUGGAUGUCUUGCAAUAUCUUAGUCCCUUAAUCUCCCCGUGUCGCUCUAUGUCCCCGUUUCGCUCUGCAGCCCCCCCUCCUCCCCCUUACUUGAGGUGUAGGUGGUUUCUGCAGGCUGGGAGCUUCUGUCUGGACUCUCUGGGCAGAGCUGCUCCCCCUGCGGAUCAGUGAGUAGGAGGCAGGGAGGGAGAUGCUGUAACAUCCUAUCCCUGCCUCUCUCCACACACACAGCUCCACCUACUGGCUGGUGCCGGUAUUGCAUCUAAUCUCCGUUUAUACGGAGACUGACAUUUGUAUUGCUGGUAUUACUGCAAUACCGGCACCUGCUACGCAGCCUCAAAUACCGGAGGCGUUUCUUUUUCUGUUUUUUCUUUUUAAAUCAAUGGGCCUGGAGCUGCAGCUCCAUCAGCCCCUAUGUUAAUCCGGCCCUGACAGGGUCCAUGUCAUAAUAGGUUAUGAUUAUGUGUGUUCCCUUACAUCUCUACUUUGCUUCAAAUCUCUAAUUUAAUUUUUCCACUUAACAUACACACACGGGAGGUAUUCAGAAUUAUGCUGCUGGUUCUGGGUUAUCUGGCCUGAUUAAUCUAUCCACUAUGUAGCAAAACUACAGAUCAUAUACAUUAAAGCAUUAUGUUGAAACCACUGUGUACAAAACACCAGACUGUGUUGUCACUGUAUUCAAUUGCUAUAAGCUCAAGCAAUAGUUCCCCUGGAAAAAGGAAUGCUGGAUGAGUGAAGAGUAUAUGGGAGUCUGCUCUGAAAAAGGAGUUUAUAAAGUGCUCUAGAACCACAACUGUAUGAAGUGUUACAUGCCCUAACAACACGUUUUUCCUUUCUGUAACCCAAAAGAUGCAACUACUGUGAUUUGGCAUUUGCAUAUGCCUAGAAUGUCGUACAGAUGCAUAUCUAUCAGUGCAAAAAUAAAAUAAUUUUUAAAAAGUGCUCUAGAGCCUUAAUCAAAUGUUCCUUCAGAUCUGCAUAAGCUUCCUAGUGAAGACUGGUUUUGCUAACUUGUUUUUUUACUAAUAAUUUGCUUUAUUUGGCAAUUUAAAGGGUACAUUACUGCACAAGUUACACCUAUCUUAAUAAGGGGCAUGAUACGUAUGGCUAUAUUAGGAUGGAGGAUUAUGAUCUUUAGAACUUGCAUGCAGAGCUUAAGGUGUAUUAGAUAUUGGUGGUAGUACAGGUUAUGAUUUUUCCGGGGUACAAUAACUACAAGAUAAAUCCAUUUUAAUUAAUGCAAUAUUCUGUUACUUGGAAGUGACAAAACAGUGUUUCAAAAGCGUGGCUCAUCAGUGGCUUACAUUCUUCCUGUGAAAUAAUUUUUGCAUUUUGUCUUCUUAAGGACUGGGGAAAGGCGGGCGAUUUGUGGAACCUGAACAUACAGUGGCACGUUCCUUCUGCUGAAGAGAUCACCUUCGCUUACUACCUUCUAGAUAACUUUUUACGACCAGAAUUGCAAAAACUGGAGUCUUAUGGAAGCGGAGAACUUGAGAUGUCAAGGUAUUUUUACCAUGAUGGUAAAUGGACUGCGUGCAUAUUAUGGUUACUCUUCGUGAUGGGGAUAUUUUUAGUUCCUAAUUUAAUGGGCAGCGUGUUAACUUGUAUAUAAACGUAUGCACAGGUACGGCACUUCAGCAAGCGAGCGUAGACAUCUACCAUAUUAAUAAUGUAUAAUUUUUUGUACCUAUAAAACAAAUGUUUUCAUCUGAACCACACUUUUUUUUUUUUUUUUUCUUUGACAAAUUAUAUAUGAAACCAUAUCAAAUUAUAUUUAUAGUGUGGGGUGGGGGGGGGUGUAUAUAUGUGUAUUAAAACAAUUUUAAAAAGCACACUAAAACCAAAUUUAGUAAAAAUAUUAUAGUUAACGCUAACUCUGCCUAUUUCCCUGACCACAAAUAAAAACAAUAAAAAACUAUAAAAUAUAUAUAUUGUUUUUAUUUUUACAAAAAAGAACUUGAAAGCAGAAUUUGUAGCACUACCUACAAGCCCUAUUAGUCAGAACACUUGGCAGCUUGCAUACAAAACGUAUCCAUGAAUUGUACGCAGUAGUGACAUAGAAGUUACGCCCAGCACCAGAGCAUGCACAAGUCUUUGUGCACAUCAGUCUGCUAUGUAGGAACUUUAACUUCUGCUUUAAAGCUCUGUCAGAAAAAGAGCAAGAACUGCGAGCUCCUCUUUCAAGCCAUUUUUUGUCAGUUUUACACACAUUUUGUCAAACAUGCAGCGCCUUGGAACCAUAACCACUUUAAUAAGCUUAUGGUACCUCGGAUGGUCCUUUAAAUAUACAUGUUAUGCACUAUAAAAUACUUGCUUAAUUUGUAUUUUUUUUCCUUUUCUUUCAGGGAUGAUGUCCAGCAAUGUCUGACUAUCGUGCAAAACUGUCUCACUGGCUCCGGGAAUCUUCUACCUCCUCUGGGUGGAGAGCGAGUUCCACACCUGUAAGGAAUUUGACUACUGCUUUGUGCAUUUUAAUUUUUGUAUUAAGUAGCUCUAGGGAUUUUGUUCUUUACAUAAAAACAAGGAAUUACUACAUGUUUUCACCUCAAGCUCUUCUAGUGGUUCCUCAGUCUCAGUCCUCCAGUUAUUUAUUCAUUUACCUUCACUCUGCUAAAUGUAGAACUAAGGAGUUAAGGAAAGACAUUUUUUCAUAUAUUUUAUUGAUCUUUUUCUGUUGUAUAGGGUUUCAAGCAUGGUGUCUUUGGAUGAGACGAAACCUUUCAUUGGUACAGAUUACGGUAGGUGUUUUUUACUCUUUCAGUGGGAUACGUGAUCUAUUUAUGUCCAUUUUACUGGUCUUUAUGGGACUAAUCCAGAAAGUAAUUAUUUGCUUUUACUUUCAAAUUUCUAGUAACUUAACAUUUUAAGACUCUAAAAAUUGCUUUCUAGAUGUGACACAGGGCAUUUACUACAUUGCAGCUGACAAGUGUGCUGUGUACUUCAAAUCUAUGACAGCCGUACACAUCAACCAUCUAAAGGCAUUGCUAAAUCUGCAAACCGUCACAGGCAUAUUUAAAUCUUAUGAGCAUGGAAAAUUGUAUAUUUCUAGCUUACACAAACACUGAACAAAAUUAUAAACGCAACACUCUUGUUUUUGCCCCCAUUUUUCAUGAGCUGAACUCAAACAUCUAAGACUUUUUCUAUGUACACAAAGGGCCUAUUUCUCUCAAAUAUUGUUCACAAAUCUGUCUAAAUCUGUGUUUGAGCACUUCUCCUUUGCCGAGAUAAUCCAUCCACCUCACAGGUGUGGCAUAUCAAGAUGCUGAUUAGAUAGCAUGAUUAUUGCACAGGUGUGGCUUAGGCUGGCCACAAUAAAAGGUCACUCUAAAAUGUGCAGUUGUACUGUAUAGGGGGAAUCCAGUUUUAACUCAGUGUAGUGGUUAUGGUGCUGCGAGUAUAUGAGAGCUGUUUCACAGUUUUCUAUCAAAUACUUCUGAAGCACUUUGAUAAAAACCAGGGCUCUUUCAGCACCCAUAGUCCAGUCUGUCUUUAACUACACCAAUAAGGCAGAAAUUGUCCAGUCUUGCCGCGGCUCUUUGUGCGGCCGCAUUAGGACAAAGAUUGUACGUGCCAAGAGAGCCACAAUUUUGUGUCCAACAGGAUAUGGCGUCUUUAGAUUCAUAGACCAAUGACCAAUAUACUAAGCUAUAGAUUAUUGUGCUUACAGAUUGGCAGUCUGUUCAGAUAUAUAUAAAUAAAUAAAAAUUUUAUUUCAGACUAUUCCAGAGAAAACUACAGAGAAUUGAUUACAAAAACACUCAGGAAACUCUUGCGUAAGUAUUGCCUUAUAGGUUUAUUACAAUUUUACUAUAGAAUAUGGAUAGUAUUGAGAAACUGCCGACCUUUGGCUUUGUACAAAACCGGCUGCAAAGUAGGUGCUUGAUGAUGUUCUCUUCUUGAUAGACUAUAUCCUUGAUCACUCAGAAGAUGAUACGAAGUCGUUAUUUCUAAUAAUAAAGGUAAAAAGAAAGGAAUUAACCUGAUCUAGUCUGAUUUUUGAAUCCAUCUUUUCUGUCUAAUCUCUUCUGGUUCAUGUCUUCCCUGGCAGAUUAUCGGUGACCUUCUGCAGUUUCAGGGAGCCCACAAACAUGAGUUUGACGCUCGAUGGAAGAGUUUUAAAAUGGUCAAAAAGUCCAUGGAAAACCGGGUGUGUAGAACUUCUUGUGAGCCGCAGUCAUACUAGAAAAUUCUCUCUUGCGUUGUGUAACUUUGUAAUCUCUGAACGAAUUUCAUUAUUAUUAUUAUUAUUAUUAUUGCAAUUUAUAAAGCGCACACAGAUUCUGCAGCGCUGUACAAUUAGAGAAACGUACAAUAUACACAAACAAAUACAAGAGGUAAGAGAGCCCUGCCCGUAAGCUGAUAUCUAGCCAUUGGAGCUCUUUUAUACAAAGUGCUUAGCUAGAUGGCCCUUGAGCUUACAAUCUAAAGGAUACCAGGGGGAUUUGAGACAAAAGGUAGCAGGGGAAGUUUGGAGGUGAUGGCUGAAAGAGUUAACAGAGAAGCAGCUAUUGGUAAGAUGUUAGGGGAAUGAACAGGUAAUUGGGUGAGAAUCUCGAACAGCUGGAGGAGCAUGCUAUAUAUUUAAGGGGAGCCAGGGUGGGUGGGAAGUGGGGAGAAAAAAAAUGCAGUCUUCACUGAGUUGAUUGUGAAGCGAGGCCUGAGGAAUAGAGAGAGAACAAUUAAUGAAGGUAUUUACGACAGGGGAGGGGAAAAGGAGAGUGUGAGAGGGGGAGGGGGGGCAGAGUAGGCAUGUGUUAUAGACUAUUGAAAAGUUUAGCAAUCAAAUUCUAUCACCCAAAAUAUUAAUAACUGUCUACAUGAAAUAUUGGUCACAACCAUUAAAUGACAGUGGUACACACUGCAUGCACAUAACAUUACAGUGGCAAACUACAGGUAUCAAUUGUAACAACUCUAUAGUAACACAUGAGAAUUUUGUAGCAAUCCAGUAAUACGGGAGCUGGAGUAUCUUCCAAGCUUCAGUCAGUACCUGAGAGUGAUGGGUGUUUCUGCAGGAUGGUAAAUGCAGUCUUCACUGAGUUGAUUGUGAAGUGAGGCCUGAGAGUGAUGGGUGUUUCUGCAGGAUGGUAAAUGCAGUCUUCACUGAGUUGAUUGUGAAGUGAGGCCUGAGAGUACAAUACAAGAUGGGAUUUCACAUUUGAAAUUGAAGCUGCUCAACUCUCACCCUCUCUAAGUGAACAGUUCACAUCCCACAAUUCCUUGUGGCGUCUGCUUGCUAAGAAUUAUGGGAUGCUGCCCUUUUAUUUGGUGUUGAUGGACUGCAUGCAUACCUAAUCCUGAUUUCACUUUAAGAAGGAUAUGCCAGCUUUAUUUGCAAGAAAUAAAUGAAUACGUUAUGUGUUUGUAAGGUUAUUAAAAUGGUUUCAUACAUUUUGGAGGUCAGGUGCAUUUUUCAUGACCUGGUGAUAUGUGCAGUGCAUUAUUUACAUAGCGCCAACAUAUUCUGCAUUUCAAGAGGUAAAACAAAAAAUUCUAACAACACAUUUGAAUAGUAGAUAAAAGUGGGCCCUGCUCAAACAAGCAUACAAACUGAUGGUGCCACCUGAGUGGACACUAAACAUUGCUGUAAUGUCAGGGCCAGUAAGUUUUGUUAGGAAUCUCUGGCAGUGGUCAGCACUACACACACUGCAGUCACUAUAACAAAGUGAAAGUAAUUUUGAAGUGGCAGUGGCUAAGGCAGGAAAAAAAUUACCAAACAAGAAUUUUGUAUGGUUUUUUUUUUCUGAUUUUUGUUAUUUACUAGUUUGCAAAGUAAUCAUAUGCUAAUAUUGUCUGCAUUUCGUACACUAGUAAAAAUUGUAUCUGAAUUAUCAUUUUAAAAGUUUGUUGUAAUGUGCAAUGUCACCAGACGUUCUCCACUUGUUUUUUCUUUCAGCUCCAGGGUAAGAAGCAGCACCUUCGAGGGCUCCUAAUUGACAGAGUCAUGCUUCAGCAUGAGGUAUGUGUCCAAUGCAGCCCCUCGUAGAACACGUUGGUGUCAAACCUAUCCAUUCUUCCACGCUGUGUUUGCAAACUUUUUUUACUGUUCUCCUUAAAUAUAUAUAUAUUUUUUUUUUUUAAGCACUUUUUUAGCACAAGUGAAUUUGGCACACAUGUUAGGUUUCUGUGUAUCAGAUGGUUUGCCAUUUUACCGGAAAUUAUAUAUUAUUAUAGAUAUUGUAUUUUUGCACAUGGCAGAAACUUCAAGAGUGUAGUAUCACAUAAGUUUGUUAUUCAACUUGCAUUAAAGGGACACUGUAGGCACCCAGACCACUUCCGACCACUUUACAUUGCAGCUGUAAGUCUGCCCUCAAUGGCUGUCUAACAGACAACCACUGGGGGCACUUCCUGAAUCCAAACUGACUUUUGGCCCGUUAUCUGACGCUGGGCGUCCUCACGGAUCUCCAGCGUCAGAUUUUCCCUAUAGGAAAGCAUUGAAUAAUGCCUUCAUAUGGGGCGGUCUAAUGCGCGCGCAGCCAUUGCUGCGCAUGAGCAUUAGGUCUCCCCCGCCGGCUGAUGGCGGGGGAGGAGUGUGGGCGGAGCCCGAGGGACAUAAGCCACUUACCUGAAUCCAGCACUGAAGAGGUUUUAGCCCCACUCAAGGGAGGGGGUCACCUGUUAACCCUAUAAUGCCAGGAAAACUGCUUUGUUUUCCCAGCACUAUAGGAUCCCAUAACAUUUUACUGGGCAAAAUCUCUAAUGUACAUUUGCAAACACCACACAUACAAAAAUCUGCAAUAUUGAAAGGUCACAACUUUUAUUCAUUCACUCAAACAUUAUCUUCUAAAAUUGUGUCCUACAUGUUUGCUUUAUUUCUGGUAUAUAUUGUGAACUCUCAGAGAAAUGGUAUCCACUUACACAAUCCAUUUACACAAAUAAUGUACAUUAUCACGAAUGGCCAUUAAACUAUAUAUAAAUUUGCCAUGUUUUUAUGUAGCACACUCAAUGAUUUUACUCUAUAGCUAUAUUGCUUGAUACCCCUUAUAUUGUGAAGAUAAUUAUCAGAAAUAGACACUUUUCACAGUUUUAUUUCUAGUAUAUGAAGAAUAGCCACACACAUUGGCAAACUGCUCUUCUGUGUGGUGUACCCUAGGCUGGCAAUCAAAUUCCUGAGUACUACACAAGUAAAUGACUGUUUAAAGGAAAGGUUAUCAUUCACAUUAAGGUAGUAGCUAUAUAGUAUGUGUAACAGUAAUUUGUGAAAUUGUAUUGUGUGUUUUUAUAGUUGAGAACAUUGACUGUCGAUGGCUGUGCAUAUAAGCUUGUUCACCAGGACAUUCUGAGGGAUCUUCUGAGAUUGUCAACCAGCUCAUAUGGUCAGGUGAGUCUCUUGAAGAAAGUCUGUAUAGUAUGCAUGGAAUUACAGCCAGAAUUUAUUAUUAUAUUUAUAUAGCGCCAACAAAUUCCAUAGCGCUUUACAAUGGGUGGACUAACAAACGUAAUUGUAACCAGACCAGUUUGACGCACAUGAACCGAGUGAUUGAGGGCCCUGUUCAAUGAGCUUACAUACUAAAGGGAGUGGGGUAAAGUGACACAAACGGUAAGGAAAGUAUUAGGGAAGUAGAUUGGUAGAAUAGUAUUCAAUGAAGACUUAGUGUGGGCUUUUUUGGAGCCAUUAACAGUUUAAUUGAUAUGCUUUUGUGAAAAAGUGAGUUUUUAAUGAUUUUUUUUCUGAAGGAGUGGAGACUGAGUGAGCGUCUAAUGGAAAAGGGAAGGGAGUUCCACAGAAAUGGUGCACCCCUAGAGAAGUCAUGAAUGCAAGCAUCAGAGGUGGGAGUACGAACAGCAGAUACACAGGUCUUUGGCAGAGCGUAGGGGCCUAGACGAAACAUACUUGUGUAUUAGGAAGGGUAGAUGGGUGGGAGUAGCAUUAUGUAGAGAUUUAAAAGCAAGAACCAGAAUCUUAUAUUGAGCCCUAUAUCUUACAGAAAGCCAAUGCAGGGACUGACAGAGUGGUGAGGCUUGGGAAGUGCAGAUGGCCAGGAAGAUGAGCCUCGCCGACACAUUUAUUAUAGACUGCAAUGGGGCAAGUUGGGAGCACAUAAGACCACUGAGAAGUGGACUGCAUUAGUCAAGGCGAGAGAGGACCACGUAGGGGCGGAUGUGCGCUGUGUUUUUGAGAUGGAAGCGGCAGGAUUUGGCGAUAGAGUGGACAUAAGGGGUGAAGGAGAGGUCGGAGUCAAAGAGAACACCUAGGCAGCGAGCCUGCGUGGUGGAGCUGAUGGUAGCACCAUUAACGUGGAGGUUUACCAAGGGAGACCGUAUAGAUCGAGAACAGUAGGAGACAAAGGACUGAACCUUAAGGGGCACCAGGGGAGAGAGGUUGGGAGGAAGAGACAGAGCCAGAGAAAGAAACACUAAAAGAGCGCUGGGUGAGGUAGGAGGAGCACCAGGAGAGCGCAAUAUCUUGUAGACUGUGGAUAUCAAAAGCCGCAGAAAGGUCAAGGAGAAUAAUGAUCAAGUAGUGACCAUGACAUUUUGCAGGCCUAAAAAUAUGAUACUUUUCUCAGAGACGUUUCCAUGGUGCUGAGCGCGGAAACCAGAUUGAAUUGGGUCGAGGAAGUCUGUCAAUCUCACAUACACAAGUCUUUCAAGGAUCUUGGAUGCAAAAGGCAGUAGCGAGAUAGGGCGGUAGUUGGGCUUUUUUAGAAUCGGGGUUACAGUGGCAUGUUUGAAGGGUAAUGGAAAUAUGCCAGAGGAGAGAGAGAGAUUGAGAAUUUUAGUGCGAGGCAAAGCAAGAGAUGGAGACAGAGCGUGGAUGAAAUGCGAGGGAAUAGGAUCAAGGGAGCAGGUAGUGGGACGGAAGGACCGGAGCAGAUCAGAAACCUCUUCUGCUGUAGCUGGUGUGAAUGAAAAUAGAACAGCAAAAGGGGUGAGGUUGGGGGAAGUAUUAUAAGCGGAAGGAGAGAGAUGAGAUCUCUUCCCUGAUUGUAGAGAUCUUGUCAGUCAAGUGAGUUGCAAAGAUUGUGACAGUUAAGUCGGUAGGAGGAGCAACAGGGCAGAGAAGAGCGUUAAAAUUGUAAAAUGGUCAUUGUGGGUUCGCGGGAGAGUGGUUAUGAAGAUAUUAAAGUAAUUUAUGUUUGCAAAAGAAAAGAGCCAAGCUGUAAGAAUGCAGCAUAAAUUUAUAGUGGAGAAAGUCAGAUGCGGAGUGAGACUUUUUCCAGCAGCAUUCAGCAGUUCUGGAGCAUUUUUGGAAUUUAACAUGUAAUGCCUCCCCCUCACUGACACUUGAUCUGCCCUUGUUAGGAUCCUGCUUAAUUUCUAGCCUCAUUAAGCUAUAGUGGGUACCGUGCUCAGAAUGUUCCUCUAAGUGUUGGUAAAGGAACACUAUAGGGUAUGGAGCACGAACAUGUAUUCCUGGCCCUAUAGUGUUAAAAACCACCCUCUACCCUCCGUUGCCCCUCUAAAUAUUGCAAAAUCUUACUUUUAUUGCAGUCUGCUGCUGCUGGCUUUGCCUGCUUGGCUGACAUCAUCAGAAGUGUUUAUCUAAGCCAAUCACAAUGAUUUUACAUAUAAAAGCAUGGGAUUGGUUGAGACUGUCAAGGAGGCAGAGCCAGCACAAGCCAAACAGCCCUGGCCAAUCAGCAUCUCGUGAUUUAAUCAAUGCAUCUCUAUGAGGAAAGGUCAAUGUCUCCAUGCAGAGGGUGGAGACACUGAAUGGUUGUCACACUGUGCAGCACUGCCCCAGGACGCACCUCUAGUAGCCAUCUGAGGAGUGGUCAGUGGAGUUAUCCAUAGGCUGUAACGUAAACACUGCAUUUUCUCUGAAAUGAUAAAUGUUUAAUGCCAAAAUGUCUGAAUGUAAUGAUUCUACUCACCAGAACAAUUCCAAUAAGAUGUAGUUGUUCUGGUUGUAAGAAAUUAUGACCCUCUUACAAGGAUAUUCUUUUAGGGAAUGAGUGACAAGACACAAACACAAGUGUAUAAUAAAAUGUAUUGUUAAUAUUAAUUUAGGAUACUGUUAUAGAUUUAAAAAGGAUAUACACAAUACACAUUAUAACCACAUCCAGUCCAAAACCAAAAGAUACAUAGUAAAAGGGCAAUACGUAGACUUUUAAAUUUCCCACUUGCGCCUUCAUCUUGGGUAGUAUGGGACAGUCUUUCUUUCCCUUCCCUUUCCUUCCUCCCUACCACCAUGGCACCACUGCUUGCUGCGCUUUCCUUCCCAAAGAGAGGAGCCCAACCUCCUUGCUGCUGUUCUUUUAAAGACUGAUUCUUGCAGUCAUUAACUACAAGUCCCAGAAUCCCCUUUCCCUCCCAUAAAAAAGUGGUUUAUCCAGUCCUUUUUCCAGAGAGUUCUGUCUUUACACAAGUCUUUCCCAUUGAUCUCUUCCCUCCAGCUAUACUGUAACAUUGUGUAAGAUGUGACCAGUUAGGGUUGGUUUCUGGGUAGGGUGGGAGCAGGCCUGUACUUCUUUUAGAGACAGGAUAGCUUUGGAAAACACACACUUCCAUGGUUACACCUAGAUGUUCAUUACUCUGAUCUCCAGAUAACAUGCAUGGAAAACUGGUUGGCAGGAGAACUGCUGGAGGGAUGGAAGCUUCUGUUUUAGCUGGGUGUUGUAAAAUGCAACUGAAAGCUUUCAUCAUUAUUACACUGUUAUCAAAUAGAUAACCCCAACUUGUGAAACCAGUCACACGCACCGAGUUACCAUACAAUAUAUAGAUAUCAUAUAUACAAUGUUUUGGAUAUCAAUUACUUACAUGGUGACUAGUGUUCCUUUAAAUGUUUAUGAUCUGUAGCAUAUUUUUGAGAAGCUUGCUUGCUUGAAACCUACAGCCUCAUGAAAUCUUCUUGCAUGAGCACUAGUAUAUUUUAUAGUGGUUUACUUGCAUUAACAAGUUGAUCUGGCCUCUUGAUUGUGUCUGCAUUGGAUGGGUUUGUAAAAGUGGGCCUUGUUAUUCACUUCUUUUGAGAUGAUACCAGUGGUGGACAUACCUUACCAGGCCUAAAAACCUUUUCACAUCAUGGACGGUUAACUGACUUCUUAUCAAUGUGCAUCUAGUGUUUUGAAGUGUUUCUCUGAAUUCUCCCACCCGGGAAAUGUUCUUUUUAUAUUGAGCUUUGAUCCGUUUUAUUUUCUAUUUAAUUUAAGAUGUUUGUAACCUAUGAUUGUAUUGUACAGGUGAGAAAUAAAGCCCAACAAGCAUUUUUCACGGCUCUGGGAACCUACAGUUUCUGCUGCCGAGAUAUAAUUCCUCUCGUACUUGAAUACUUGCGCCCCGAGAGGGUUGACGUCACUCAGCAACAAUUCAAAGUAAGGAGCAUGAUAACGAGUCAUUUGCAAGCUGACCGUGUUAAUGAUACUUUAUUCUGCUAUAAAAGCUUUUUAUUAUAUUCCAUGAUCUCAAUAAAUCUACCUAGACAUUAAUAUGUAUAAUGCAUAUAUUUUAUAACAGGGUGCCUUGUACUGUCUACUUGGAAAUAAUGGUACGUCUUGCUUAGCAAACCUUCAUGACUGGGAUUGCAUUGUGCAAGCAUGGCCUGCAAUUGUAUCUUCUGGUCUCAGCAAAGCAAUGUCUCUGGAGAAACCAUCCAUUGUCCGCCUUUUUGAUGAUCUGGCUGAGAGGAUUCAUCGACAAUAUGAAACCAUUGGCUUGGAUUUUUCGGUAAGAUUUUAUAUCGUCUUUGGUGGCAUUUAGAAGCAUUCAAUAACUGCUUGGAAUAUUUGUUUUCAGAGGAACACUUUGAUCAAUGUAGCAACUAUAGUAGUCUUCUGUAAUGGUUAUCGUGCCAGGAGUCCUAUGGCUCCCUCCCAGAGUAAUAAGCAAACCGUGUAAGAAUGGUUUGACAACUUUCCUGGUCUUGUGCGGUCGCCUUGCUGGAUUCUCCAGCAAAACUGAAUAAAGCAGCCUCUUACUGACACAUUUGGACAUGUUUUAUGAAUUGCUGCUGUAGCUCAACUUCCUUGACUUUUUAAGCCUCUACUUUUAUUGGGUUUAACCACUUCUGAUAUCUUGUUAUAACCUUUUGAUGUCUUGUUAACAAUGAUGCUACAAAUGUUUUUUUUCAAGGUACCAGAGUCCUGUGUACAUGUUGGAAUUCUCCUACAGCAAUCAAAAGGUCUACCCACAAACUCACAGUUGCCUCCUCCUGAUGAAAUCUGUCUAGCCAUUAAGAGGCAAGAGGAUAAGAAUUCAGAAUCUGUACAGUAAGUGGUAUUUUUAUAAAGCCUCAUUAACAUCAUAUUUUAGCAGUGUAAUCCUGAAAGGUGCAAAACAUGCCUACUGUUUAAAUCAUACAUUUGCAAUUAUUUUGUUUUAUUUGUGUGUUUUUUUGUUUUUAUACUUUCAGUGAGACCUCAGAAAUAAAAUAAAAUCGAUUUUUAAACAAUCCUCCCUAAUUGAAUGUUUUAUUUAUUUUAAUAUACUGCUGUACUACAUCUGCAUAUCGCAAGGCGUUUAUUUAAAUGUGUCCUGAAAGAUUGUUUGAAGAGCACUCACAAAAUAUGGGCAAAUUCUCCAUCACAGAUCUGAAUGUAAAGCAACCACUGUUGCUUGCAUUGAUUACCAAGCACCAUCUAGUAGACCGCAGACGGCAUACUUAUAACUUUCCAGAGGUCGCCUGUUGCUCAGUUAGAUGUCUCCUUUUUAUAAACACUGCAUAAGUCAUGUGACAGUCCUGUCAUACAGCUUGGACAGCCUUCUGGAUGAAGGAGAAUCUUGGACAAUGUGUGAUAAUAUCCAGCAUCCUAUCAAACAUGCUCUUCACUGACCGAUGAACACGUUUACUUACAUGAUGAACAUACAUAUUUAUCCUCUUAUGUAUAUAAUGUAUAAUGGUAUUUGGAAAGUAUUUUUAAAGGUAGUGACGUAAAUUUAUUUAGGAUUACCAGACGUUUUAGGUAGUGAGUUAAUUGUUAAUUGUGUUUGUUUUACAGAAAAUAUGAGCGGUUGGUCAACACUCUGUUAGAUUGUGUUAACCAGAGAAACCUGUAAGUACCCACGAGCUGGAGACUGUAAUAUUAGGUUAUAUGUUUUUAAGUUUAGUCGACUUGUAUUCUGCAUUGUUUUUAUGUUUUACUUUAACCAAGUAGCACCUUUUUUGCACUAUUUAAAACUUUCAUAAGUUAAGUGCAUGUCAGGUAUUGAUGUCUGAUUUAUCUCUAUCUCAGAAUUUUAGAAAAAAGCCCACUAUGAAUGUUCAUGCAAUGUGCGAAAAUGCAAUGCUUACACUACUUUUUAUAGCAAAAUGUUGUUUUUAUAUCUACCACAAGAUGGCGGUGUUGUCACAGAUUUAUAAAGGAACACUCAAUGCACCAUAACCAUUGCAGUGUGUUGUGUUGGUUAUAUUACCAGGACUUACCUUAGAGGGAUGUCAGGGAACUUUCUAGUGUCUUAGUGCUUAAAGUGUUCUUUUAUUAACACAGAAUUUGGUGGAUGGGGAAAUCGAAAACUGUACACCUGUUCUCCCAUCCCAUUCUGCAGGAUGUUCGAAUAUGUGGGUCUCUAGGAACUUAUAAACAAGGGGUGGGGAAAUUCUCAAUACUUUAUUACCUUAUCAGUAGUUGGAAAAAUUGCCUUUACUAUAAUACAGUAUAUUUGCUAGCAUUAAACUGUAUAAAACUUGGGUUCAAAUAUUUUGUAACACAAAAACUGUUUUUGUAAUUUAGCGUUUGGUUAAGUUUAAAUCUCCUGUUUGAGCAUUUGUCUGUUAAUUGUGAUUCCCAUUUUUCUGAUCUCUACUGUCCCGAUUUCAGUCCUUGGAAGUUUGAACACAUAGGCAUCGGGUUCCUUACAUUGCUGCUGAGAGAAGAUCAUGUACUUCCUGUGCGCGCCAUCAGAUACUUGGUGCAGUGUCUCAAUCAUGAUGCCCUCAUUGUGCGCAAGGUACAGUCUACUCUGUGUUUAAAUAUACAUAUAUUUCAUAGGAACCACAAAGUCUUAAAUGCAUUCAUUGGAAUUAUAAUUUACAUACAUUUUUAUUUUUUAUUUUUCAAGUCCAAGAGAAGAUAGGAAAAGUAAUAGUCAUGGGAAGUCGAGCCCAUGACCGUGAACUACCCUGAUCUAGGCAGUGAUAACUGUUUGUGCAUUUUAAAGGAUUUGGAGUUUAGUUUAUUUAAUGAUAAUAGUUUUUAUUUAUGAGCAGUUGUUUAUUAAAGCGAAAAUUGGCAGAAAUUGCAAGUGAAUUUCAAAUUUGACGACAAAAUAGCUCAAUCUGGGGAAGAAAACCCAAGUCAGCUGUGCUAUCAGUUUAGAUGUUCUGGUCUAAACUUUGUAAUUCACUUUGAAUUCCUGACAAGUGUCCCUUUAGUGACUAUCCAUGUAGGUAUAUAUGUAUGUAUGCUCGUAUUCGUACUCUGCCUGUUAUUUCAUCGUGUAGGUCAGUUCUAGAAUCCUGUACUGGUGACAUCAUUACCCUAACUUGCUACACUAACCAUUAGCCCUUACACUACUUUAACACUGAUCAUAUGUCCACAUAGUGUCCUAAGGGUCACAUUUGAAAUCCUGUUCAUGAUGCUAAGCAAGGGCUUCUGGGUAGAAAAAAAAAAUGACAUGUCAGGUUAUAUACUAAAGUGAGUUUAAACUUUAAGACCACUGUAGCAGAGCUGAAAGAAGCAGACUUGGAGAAUGUUUCCACUUUGAAUUCUCGGUUUGGUUCAUAAUCCUAAUGGCAGGGCACUCUUUACUUUUUGUAUUGGUAUGUUUAUAUUCGACUGUCAUUUACCCCAAUUGUACUACACUGCUGAAUAUGCUGGCACUUUAUAAAUAAUAAUAAUGGAGUAUGUUAUAGAAUAACUAUAAAUGGCCUAUGUUUAACCCCUUAAGGACCACACUUCUGGAAUAAAAAGGAAUCAUGAUAUGUCACACAUGUCAUGUGUCCUUAAGGGGUUAAUCAAAUCAAAGCACAACAUAUUUAAAGAUGUAUGUCUGUUGAAAUUUCCUCCCAUGUGUUUGUUUUUUGUUUUUUUUGUUUUUUUUAAUAUGAAUAUUUUAUUGGCAAAAGCCACCUUCAUUAAUUUAUUUUGUACAUUUUACUUAGUUAUGUUAAUUUUUGUUUUGUAGAUGGCAAUCUCCACCGUUGCUGGAAUUCUAAAGCAAUUGAAGAGACCACAUGAGAAGAAAACAAUUUGUCCGUACACAAUCAGUGAGUAUAAUUCACAUUUAAUUCUAUACAAAAAAUACAGAAAUGAGGAGGAGGUAUUCCUAAAGAACGGGAACAAAUCCCCUCAAAACUAGUCCCCCCUCUGGAGCAAUAUAAAUGUUUGCCCACUACCGUGUAUUAGACAAAGUGAAAAAAAUAAAAAAAAUGUAUUGAAGAAAAAUCAUCAAAAAUCCCAUAUAUAAAAUCUAUAAUACACCAAACUGCUUAGGACUAGAGAUGAAGGAAUACAGAAAGCAAUCCAGCAUGCACAUGUACAGAUUGUACACCUCGGUACUUUGUAGCUAAAGUUUCCAAUAAAAAAAAAAAGUAGCAAAAUAGCUACUUAGAAAUACAACAAAAUAGCAAUAGUAUCUAAAGGAUUAGCACAUUAUAGUACAGUAGAGGCAGGCUGAAGAUAAAUUCUAGUACCUUCAAAUCAGUCUAUAUAUAGAUAAAUAACUUCACUAUUCACUAUUUAAUGUAUAUAUACAAAAAUUGGCUCUAAAGGCCUGAUGGUUUACUACAAAUUUCAACUAGUAUAUCUUGGCCAUGUUGGCUCUAUAUAACUCUGCAGAGUUAGUAAAUUGACAGGACAGGAAGAGGUAAGCAAAAUAGAUGAAAAAUAAAGUGAGGAGGCAGUAAAAAGGGUUCAUAAAUAAGUAACCCUAACCACAAUCAAAGCAGUAUGUGGAGUGUGAAGAAAAUCGCCCACACCCCCCCAUGGGCUGGGUUUCUGUUUCAUUACGCCAAACGGAUUUGCCGGUGGGAGGUCCCACACUCAUGUGUGUAAUUAGGGCCAUUACGCAUGCGUCAAACGUCGGCAUUCAGCCGAAGAACGCGCAUGCGCAUAGUCCAUACCGGCACAUCUGGAGUCCCCAGUGCUGGCAACAAGAACGCGCAUGCGUCCAAUAAAGUCUGUUGCGCAUGUGCCAAAUUUGGCAUUCUGCCAAAGGACGCGCAUGCGUAUAGUUUGAAUUGUCGCUCAGCGGCAUUCAAUACAUCAAACUAAGCUGCCUUCCAUCCCAUUUAAAGUCAUACACUCCUUAAGGUUAAAUAUGAGACAACACAUAUUUAAAGAAUAAGUAAUGUAAUACUAUAUGUGAUGCUCCCAUAAUACUCAGAAAAAUAGGGAGUAUUAUAAAAAACAAGGGUAACAAUAUGGAGGGAACAGAAAAGAGAGAAAUCAAGAAUAGUAGCAAUAGUACAAGUAAAAAUAGAAAAAAGGCAGGUCAAAUUGGAUUAUAGAGUAUCUAUGAAAGUAACUUAAUAUCAAAGACUCAAAAAAAGUAAACCCAAAAGGUACCAAAGGGUCUUUCUGGUCAGACAUAUUCGUGGACAUUAGAAAAUAUAUCCAAUAAUAGACAAAAUUGACUGAUAAUAAUAAAACAGUUUCAUAUAAGUCAAAAAUUCACUUAAAUUGGGAGGCAUAGUCCGAACAUAAUCCAUAUACGUGUGUGUGUGUGUAUAUGUAUAUAUAUAUAUAUAUAUAUAUAUAUGUAUACACACACACAUAUAUGUAUAUGCCUCAAAUAUAUAUGUAUUUAACUCAGAUGAAUGGAGCAAAAGAAAACCCCUCAUUCAAACCUAGAGGUUGUAAUGUCUUGUCUAAAGAUCCAUCUAGACUCUCUCUGUCUUAGUAGCCGAUCAUAAUUUCCACGCCUCGGAUGUCUCUUAACCCAUUCAAGACCACAAAAUUUCAAAUUACUGGAAUCACCCUGGUGGUAUUCUUUAAAGGACCACUCUAGGCACCCAGACCACUUCAGCUUAAUGAAGUGGUCUGGGUGCCAGGUCCAGCUAGGGUUAACCCAUUUUUUCAUAAACAUAGCAGUUUCAGAGAAACUGCUAUGUUUAUGAAUGGGUUAAGCCUUCCCCUAUUUCCUCUAGUGGCUGUCUCAUUGACAGCCACUAGAGUCGCUAUGCGUGCUUCUCACUGUGAUUUUCACAGUGAGAGCACUAGCGGCCCAUAGGAAAGCAUUAUGAAUGCUUUCCUAUAGACGCUGAAUGCGCCGCCAGCUCUUGCCGCACGCAAGCAUUCAGCCCAGGAGGAGGAUCGAGGAGGAGAGUCCCCCAGCGCUGGAAAAAGGUAAGUUUAACCCCUUUUCCCCUUUCCAGAGCCGGGCGGGAGGGGGUCCCUGAGGGUGAGGGCACCCUCAGGGCACUAUAGUGCCAGGAAAACGAGUAUGUUUUCCUGGCACUAUAGUGGUCCUUUAAGGUGUCUUGAAAUGGGUGUUUCAAGGCGGUUCCUAGGGGACCUUACAUGCUCCAUAAUCCUUUCCUCAAAGGCUCUAAAAGUCUUCCCUACAUACUUUUGUCCACAAGAACAGGACAAUAGAUAAACCAAACCCUUUGUAUUGCAAUUAAAGAAGUUUUUGAUUCUAAUAGAGACUUGGCCAGUGCUGUCAUUCACUAUUUUAGAUUCUUUAGAGAUAUACUUGCAAGCUACGCAUCUACCACAGCCAUAAGAACCACAUGGAGGAUUGCCCAACCAUGUGUCUCUUGGCUGUGGUUUAAUAGAUAGAUGACUUGGUACUAAUAGGUCGCGAAUAUUGCGACCUCUUCUAGCCGUGAUAUUAAUACAUGGGCCUAAAAUUUCAUUCAGAUGCGUAUCGUUCAAAAGAAUCGGCCAAAAUCUAUUAAGACACUUUCUUACUUCAGACCAUCCUGUAUCGUAUGUGGCAAUCAUCCGAAUAUCGCCCGUAUUUUUAGAGGUUUUUUUCGCAGGGUGGUCACAAAGGAGUUCUUUUCUAUUCGUUUCAAGGGCUCUCUUAUCGGCUUUCUUAAGGCAACGGUUUGGGUAGCCUUUCUCCUUAAAAUAAGAAUGAAGUUGAAUUGCCUUUAUUUUAAAAUCAGCCUCAUCGCCUACAAUUUCUCCGGAGGCGAAGAUAUUGACCAACCGGGAUCCCCGCCUUAAGGGGCCUUGGAUGAUAACUUCUCCAAUGGAGCAAGGAAUCUGUAGCAGUGUGUUUUCUGUAUAGAGUGGAGUAAAAUAUCCCAUCCUCAUUGAUGGAAAUCGUGAUGUCUAAAAAAUUAAUUGAACGUCCUCCAAAUUCAGAUGUGAAUCUGAGGUUCUCGGUAUUCUGAUUUAGACAUUCCACUAGAUCUGUAAAUUCGUGUGGGGACCCUUGCCAUAUCAAUAAAAUAUCAUCAAUAUAGCGUUCCCACCAUGAAGGUAGUCCUUCAAAGUCUCUGAGGAGAAGAUGUCUUUUUCCCACCACCCCCGGUGGAGGUUUGCAUACGAGGGGGCACAAGCCGUCCCCAUCGCAGUACCCCUCACCUGGUGAUAGAACUUAGUGUUAAACAGAAAAUAGUUAUGUGACAGGAUAAAGGACUUGGGAAUUGUUAUCGACAACAAACUAUGCAACAAUGUGCAAUGUCAAUCAGCAGUGGCCAAGGCCAGUAAGGUAUUGUCAUGCAUGAAAAAGGGCAUUCAUUCUCGGGAUGAGAAUAUCAUUUUGCCUCUUUAUAAAUCACCGGUAAGACCACAUAUUGAAUAUGCUGUGCAAUUUUGGGCACCUGUUCUAAAGAAGGAUAUUAUGGCACUAGAAAAAGUGCAGAGGCGGGCUACAAAACUAAUAGAAGGAAUGGAACAUAUCGGCUUUGAAGAAAGGUUAACAAAUUUAAACCUAUUUGGUUUAGAAAAACGUCGCUUGAGAGGGAAUAUGAUAACAUUAUACAAAUAUAUUCGGGGCCAAUACAAACCAUUGUGUGGAAAUCUAUUCACAAACCGGACUUUACAUAGGACACGAGGCCAUGCGUUUAGACUGGAAGAAAGAAGAUUUCGUCUAAGGCAAAGGAAAGGUUUUUUUACUGUAAGAACAAUCAGGAUGGGGAAUUCUCUGCCUGAAGAAGUGGUUUUAUCAGAGUCCAUACAGAUGUUCAAACGGCUACUAUAUGCAUACUUGCAAGAACAGAAUAUUCAAGGAUAUAAUCUUUCAAUGUAGGGUAAUAACUGCUUGAUCCAAGGAUAAAUCUGACUGCCAUUCUGGGGUCAAGAAGGAAUUUUUUUCCUAGCUUGUUGCAAAAUUGUGCUUCAAACUGUUUUUUUUUUACCUUCUUUUGGAUCAACAGCAAAAAACAAAUGUGAGGUAGGCUGAACUUGAUGGAUGCAAGUCUCUUUUCAGCUAUGUAACUAUGUAACUAUAAAUUCUAAAAGGCGUACCACAAAGUCUGCAUGAAAGUCGUCCCUGCAUGUCCUUUGGUUUAGGAAGAAUCUUACAUGUUCUAAACCUCUAUCGUGAGGGAUAGAUGAAUAGAGUGAUUCAACAUCUAAACUACAAAGAUUUGCACUCGGAGAUAGUUUAAGAUUAGAAAGUAGAUACAAAGCUUGCUUAGUAUCUCUUAUAUAUUAUGGCAAAGUCUCCACCAAGGGUCUCAAGAUUUUAUCAACGUACAGGCUGCAUGCGCAUUCUUGUUGCCAGCACUGGGGACUCCGGACGUGCCGGUAUGGACUGUGCACAUGCGCGUUCUUCGGCUGAAUGGCGACGUUUGACGCAUGCGUAAUGGCCCUGAUUACACACGAGUGUGGGACCUCCCACCGGCAAAUCCGUUUGGCGUAAUGAAACAGAAACCCAGCCCAUUUACAGCGGGCGGGUUUUCUGGCGCCAAUAUCAGUGUAUAUAGGGGAGGGGAUGAAUGGAGGAUGUUUGCACACUAUUAUGCCCUUGAGAAAGGCGGACAUAUCGCCGAAACGCGCGUUGGGCUUUUUGGGAGGGGGGGGGGGGAUUUUCUUCACACUCCACAUAAUGCUUUGAUUGUAGUUAGGGUUACUUAUUUAUGAACCCUUUUUACUGCCUCCUCACUUUAUUUUUAAUCUAUUUUGCUUACCUCUUCCUGUCGUGUCGAUUUACUAACUCUGCAGAGAUACAUAGAGCCAACAUGGCCAAUAUAUACUAGUUGAAAUUUGUAGUAAACCAUCAGGACUUUAGAGCCAAUUUUUGUAUAUAUACAUUAAAUAGUGAAUAGUGAAGUUAUUUAUCUAUAUAUAGACUGAUUUGAAGGUACUAGAAUUUAUCUUCAGCCUGGACUCACUGUGCUCUGUAGCUUCUCCCACAUGGACCAGUGAGUAGAGAGAGGCAGGGAUUUGCUGUAACUUCCUAUCCCUGCGCCUCUCCACAUACAUCGACCCCCUACUGGCUGGCGCCGGUAUUGCAAAGUAAUCUCUAUUUAUACUGAGAAAAAUACCAGCAUUUCUAUUGCCGGUAUUACUGCAAUACUGGCACCGGCCAGGCAGCUGUCUGUGCCGGUAAAAUACCAGCCAGAUGGCAAAUCUUAGAGCUGCAGCUCCAUCAGCCCCUAUGUUAAUCCGGCCCUAGCAUUAACGGUUUGAGGCCUACUGUAGAGCAUUCUUGUAGAAGCAUACAUUUUCAACCUAAAGAAGUGGAUUAGGAUCUUUACAGAGACGAAGGUUAGAUGUUUGUCUUUAGAGGCAUGUUAAAGUAAUGGAGGAUACAUGCUUGUAAAAGAUGAGAAAAGCAUAUUUGUAAAUGUAUUUAUUUAUUUUUGUUUCAUUUACAAAAGGUGGAUGUAGCAAACCAGAGCGCAUCAUGGCAGGUGACAGACCCGACAACCAGUGGUUACUUUAUGACAGUGCAGAUCUACCAAAGACUAAAGUGACCUGGGAAUCUUGCUGCUUUGUGGAAAAGACACAUUGGGGAUAUUCAUCGUGGCCUCAGUGAGUGCCCUCAUGUCAUCAUUUUAACGCAUUGUCCUUCCUAUGCAUGUAUUCAUGUUUAUCCACACCGGGUUUGCAAUGUUACAAUGCAUAGCUUUUCCUUUGAGAAUGACAAACAUUUCUUGGCCAAUGCAGUGAUCACACCUUUAACUCAUUGGUUCUACAGUCCUAAUUAUCAUUGUGGUUUUUUAAAAGACUUGGUGAGGAACUGUAGUGAGGUCCUAUAUGGUCUCCCAGUACAACACUAUUGGCUGACCAGGUUCCAGGCAUUGAGUGCGUGGUUUGGUUUCUAGAAGGGACGCAUCGUUUCCAAAUGUGAAGUAUUAACACUGUAUGAUUAUUAUAAAGAGAGUCGUCUGUCGUGUAUAUUGUUUCUUUGCUUUGUAAUGAAUUGUGUGUCUGUUACUUCCCCUAGAAACAUGCUGGUGUAUGCCUCUGCUGAUCAGCAACCAAAACUUGGGAGAACAAGAGAAGAGAUGUCAGAGGUAAGAUGAUAAAUGGGCUAUGAUGUAUCAGAAUAAAGUGUUUGGAAGGCAAUGAAUGUACUAUAGGAUAUUUGAUAUUUUUAUGUAAGAAACUCAUAACCAUGUAAUUCAGUGUUUGGCUGCAUCCUUAUGUUUAAAGUGACAGUGAAACAUUGUUCAGCUCUGUGCGUUAAAGGAUAUUGAUGUAUUAUCAGCAGAUUAAGAAAUUAUUAGGUAUUGGUACAUUUUAACCCCUUAAGGACCAAGCUUCUGGAAUAAAUGGGAAUCAUGACAUGUCAUGUGUCCUUAAGGGGUUAAAAGUCAAGUAGCACCCAGAACAGUGAUGUUAACCAGCUUUAUAUCUCAUGCAUAAUAAGGCAUCCAUUGCCUUAAUAUCUGGCAAUAUAAUGAACAGUAUUUUACAGAAGCCUUGUGCAUUUGAGAAAUAAAGCCACCAGGCAAAGAUCUCCCUCACCGGCCCAUUUAAAUAGACCUGCGGCUGGGGAGGGAGAGGACCCAGCGGAGCUCUAUCUUGCAGCUCCACCGGGCUCCUCUCGCGAGAUCGGGAGCAUUGCCAUGGCAACGCCCCGAUCUCGCGAGAGUGAACUUGUAGCGCUUAGGCUAGCGUUCACUCACCACUGGACCACCAGGGAUGAUGAACGAGUGCCGGUUUAAUGCCUCCUUGAUUUUUUUUUUUUUUUGUUUAUUUACCCCCCUUAGUUUUUUUUCUUGUUUUUUUACCCCCCUUAGUUUUUUUUAUUUGUAUAUUUAACUAUUCAUUUUAACACCACACACUCUCACCACUGCACUCUGCACUCUUUCUCACCACUCGGCACUCUCACCCACUCUCUCACCCCACUCUCACCACUGCACUCUCACCACUGCAUCUCACCACUGGCACUCACCACUCGGCACUCUCACCACCGGCACUCUCACACUCUGCACUCUCACCACUCGGCACUCUCACCACUCGGCACUCUCACCACUCGGCACUCUCACCACUCGGCACUCUCACCACUCGGCACUCUCACCACUCGGCACUCUCACCACACAACCCACUCUCACCACACAACCCACUCUCACCACACAACCCACUCUCACCACAAUCACAUACAGCACCCUCACACAAAUCAAUCACAUACAGCACCCUCACACAAAUCAAUCACAUACAGCACCCUCACACAAAUCAAUCACAUACAGCACCCUCACACAAAUCAAUCACAUACAGCACCCUCACAACCCCCGAUACACUGCAUCACACACACACAUACACACACACACACAACCCCCAAUACACUGCAUCACACACACACAUACACACACACACCCCCAAUACACUGCAUCACACACACACAUACACACACACACAACCCCCGAUACACUGCAUCACACACACACAUACACACACACACAACCCCCGAUACACUGCAUCACACACAUACACAAUACUUCCAAACAUAUAUAUGUAUGUGUAUGUAUGUGUGUGUGUGUGUGUGUGUGUGUGUGUGUAUAUAUAUAUAUAUAUAUAUAUAUAUCUAUAUAUAUCUAUAUAUAUCUAUAUAUAUAUAUAUCUAUAUAUCUCUAUAUCUCUAUAUCUAUAUAUAUAUAUAUAUAUAUAUAUAUAUAUAUAUAUAUCUAUACCCCUCACACACACACUGCACCCCUAAACACAUUACAUUCCAGACACACACUAGAUCCUUUACCCAACUCUGGAUCAUCUACACAUACAAUAUAUAUAUAUAUUUUUGCCUGUAUGCACACACUUGCUACAUCCUCUAUACACACAUUCUCUACAGCCCCUAGCCACAUAUGCAUUACAUUACACCACAAACACAGCACGACUAAAACCGACCUUAUUACACAAUACCACACCAUGACCAGCUCACUCUUCACACACGCAAUACCACAAGCAGGCUCCAAACACAUGCACAAUACUCUUUUGUCUCUUGGUAUCCAUUUAUAGAGACAAGUUGCAAGGAAACACAGUGCAAGCAUGUUAUUAAAUUUGCUUGUACUGUGCAGAACAAAUACAGGGCUUUUUUCUCAUGCUAGAGUUCUUCAGCAGAGCUCUAAGCAUGGUCUGCCCUGGAAGAGCAUUGAACCAACAUGCUCACUUUGAGAGGGGGUGUGUUUGUCAUGAGUGAUGACAAAACACACCCUUUCUGCCCCGCCACCUUCUUAGUGGGCCGCUGUGAUAAAAAAAAAUGCCUGGGCCGAAUUUUUUUCCCAAUCCGGCCCUGAAAGCCACUAUGUCUUGGGUAGGACUUUUGAGUGCCUGGAUAGUGUAGAUUUGGGUGCACACUUUAUUAUACUAAAUAUGAUCGCAUAGUUUCUUUAUUUCCUAUGGGUUUGUUUUUUGUUUUUGUUUUUUCAGGAAGAACAAAUAAUAUAUGAUCAUUUUACUGAUGAGAAGUUUGUUGACCAGCUGAUAAAGUUUCUGUCAUUAGAAGACCGAAAGGGCAAAGACAAGUUUAAUCCUCGCAAAUUUUGCCUUUUUAAGGUUUGUGGUUUUUGUUUUGUUUUUUACUUUUUAAUUAUGUAAGCUAGUUAAGGUAGAAGGUUUGAAAGGCUGUUUAGAACAAUCCGCUUCGGAAAACCUAUCUAUGGAAUUCUGUCGUACAUAAUUCACUCAAGCUAUGCUGAAAUCAUAGAUCAUUUGGGAACCAAUGACCCCAUCCUAUUAGUGCUUGCCAUUAAUCUGCUAUAGAAGGCAUUGCAUAUUGUUCGAUAACCUUCAAAUUCUUGACCGAUCAAAUAAAAUCUACAUAGUACUAUACUUGUCACAUCUGUUUUUAGAGUAAAACAAUUAUAAACAUCAUAUUAUAUUUCUGUGAAGUGUCUAUUGUAAAGCAAAUGGGAACAAACUUGGCCCACCACAGCGGUACUGCACAGUCCCCACCUGUAUUGUGUGUCAAUAUUGACUUUAGGACAGAAGGAAGUAACUUAUAUGGAUAUGUUUUUAGGGUAUCUUCAGGAACUUUGAUGAUGCUUUCUUGCCAGUACUGAAACCUCAUUUGGAGAGAUUGGUUGCAGAUUCCCAUGAGAGUACCCAGAGAUGUGUGGCUGAAAUCAUUGCCGGCAUAAUUCGAGGCUCUAAACAUUGGACAUUUGAAAAGGUGCUCUUCCUCUCCACAUUCCAUUUUGUAACAUGACUUCUGAUUUAAUCCAGUGUCUGUGUUCUCCAUACAUUGAUAUGUUACUGGCCAUUUAAACAGGAAAUGUCACCUGUCUUUUUGUAACAUUUGUGGGUUUGUGAAACUUUUGUGUUUUGUUUUGUUUUUUGGUGGUGGGGGGAGAGGCGACUCUGGUUGUUUAACCCCUUAAGGACCAAACUUCUGGAAUAAAAUGGAAUCAUGACAUGUCACACAUGUCAUGUGUCCUUAAGGGGUUAAUCACUUAACAUUUUCAGCAUCAGAAAGGAAUUCUAAAACACGUUGACGUCCACUAAACUCUGAUGUUUUGUGUGGGAAAGACUUGUUCUAGGUCGUACCUGGAAUAAUGGUAGAUACAAGGCAGUGUUGACACAGAAUGGGAUAUAAUGAAAAUUUCAAAUUCAAAUAAAAACUCAUUUAAAAAUCUAUUGCACAAUAAUAGCUUGUUUGUAUUUCGUUCUUAUUUUUGUUUUGGAAUGCAGCUUCCCUAAUUUCCAUAUCUGCUGAAGAGCAAGUGAAGCGUUGCAAAAAAUCAUUUUUAUUUUUUUUUUAUUUUUUUUGUAAACUUGUCAAUUCCAUAUAAAAAAAACUUGUUUUGAGACUUAAUUUGUUACGGUUUUUAUGAUUUAUCGACUUUUGUGGAAUUAUUACCAGUGCUUCGUCAAUGAAACAGAAAAUGUCACGUUUAGUAUCCGCAGUGAAACCAAUUAGGGAGUUUGACUUCGGGAAUGAAAACCUGUUCAGGGUUGUUUACUAAAAUCUGGAUAUUAGAGAUUUAAAGCGAAAUUGCAAUAUUAUAGGAGAAAAUGGCAGAUCUGGAAAAACCUCUAACUCUACUUUAGUAAUGGUUUGGCUAUUUUAGCCACAAAUUGUCAGUUUAUGUUUAAUUCACUAAAGUGCAGGUUUUUGUGAGUUAACCCUGUCAGUGUUGCACCUUACAGGGUGACUAUACCCAAGGGAUAGGUGGGAACACUAUUUCAUUACUGUCUUUUGUUUUACUGUUGCUUAUAUUCAUAUUCAAUAAAGACUAAUUGUUGUUUUGAACAGGUGGAAAACAUGUGGGGUUUGGUGUGUCCGCUUUUGAGGACGGCGUUGGCAAAUAUCACAGUGGAAUCUUACAGUGACUGGGGGACAUGCGUUGCAACAGCCUGUGUAAGCAUUACCCGUCAGUCGUUCACACUGAAGGAACCUAAUUAAGGGUGUCUAAAGAACACCAAAGCUAUCAAUAGGCACAUCUAUCCACUUUCUUUGAAAACCUUGUAAACAGCUCUUUGUGUUUAAGGCUCUCAAAAAAUAAAAAUGCUAAAUAGUCAACGUACAAUUGCAACAGCAGACAAAGAAUGCAAAUUAACUCUUCCAGUGCCAAUUCUGUGUGCAAGCGCUUCUAUGGAAUUUAAGUUAGAUGGCAGAGCAGGCAUUAGCAAGGCAUCUGGGGCAGCAAAGUCUUUUGAACAAUUGAAACUAUAGGAUCCCUUUAAUAGAAUAUUAUGGGUGUAGUGAGAACUGAUUAUCCCCACGUGAGGGAGCUCUAACACAGAGAGAUGGAUUCUAAUGGCAAUCCAAAAUGUAAUGAACUGAAUGAUCUCAUCACAUCUUAACCCACACAAUGGAAAUGCAAUGAGUGCAAGCAGUUCAGAUAUAUAACAUUCAUUUUCAUUUUGUUUUUAAUAAACGCUGAGUUACUCCUCGCAUAUUUUACUGUGGGCGACCUCUGCUCCCUGUUUGCUGUGGACCUAUUCCACUCUUUGCAUUGUAACUAGCUGACAGUCAUGCUCAAAGAUACAGCACAUUGCUUUCCCAUAGCAAGAUCACAUUGCCAAAAUAACACAGAUGGUGAAUUAGUGCAGAUUUGGAGAAGCUUGGUCGCAUAUGUAAUUUAAUUGAAAUGUUUUGAUUAAAUGUUGCUUUAAAUAUAGAAUUCCAUGUUCUGUAUUUGAAUUGGCUAAAUGUUUCCAUCAAUGUAAAAAGACCUUGGACGUGGAAGCCUAUGUUAAUGUCCGGCUAUUUAAUUUGAAUUUAGGAAAGCAGAGAUCCCCGCAAGCUGCACUGGCUCUUUGAGCUGCUUCUGGAGUCCCCAGUCAGUGGGGAAGGAGGUUCAUUUGUUGAUGCUUGGUAAGCACAUUCAGUCAUGUAAUAAAGUGUUCAUUUUUAUCAAAAAGAACAUGAUGGUCUGUGUCAGUCUGGUAUCUCUGACAGAGUUAAUGGUGAUUCGGUGCAGCCAAAUCAUACUUACUGUAUCAUUUUUUUUUUUUAUUAUUUAUGUAUUUUUUUUAAACUCGUUCAUUAUAGUGUCCUGAAUAGUGACUGUACCCGGGGUCAAAUUUGCCGGUAGACACCCGCAUACUGGUGCCUGUCUAAAAGGGACCGCUUUAAUUUUUUUUACUUUUAUGUAGUUAUUAAUUUGCUAAAUUGUGUUUGGUUUUUUUUUUUUUGGUUUUUUUUUUCUAGUCUGGUGUGAGAUGGCCAUGAUGGUGGUUGCACCUGACUUGUAUAUUCUUCAAACUCCAUUUCUUAUGAAGUUUUCAGACUCUUUAUGCCCAUAUGUUUAUCACUCAAGAAAAUGUUAUACUUUCUCUCCCCAUUUUGCUGAAAUGGUACAAAUGCAAUUUCAGAUCUCUUCUGAGAUUGGAAUAGUUUCCAUGUGUAUCUGGGGCUGCAAUAAGUGUUUUGUGAAAAAGAAAAACUAAAACCUGUAUACAGGUACUCCUCACUAACUGACCUGGUCGUAGAACGAAUUGGUUGGUAAGUGAGGAGUUGAGGGAUACCCUGCUCUGGUGCGCUUGUCUAUGUUCGGGGAAAUUUCCCCAAACAUAGACAAAUGCACCAGAGCAGGGAAUCCCUCUAAUCCCCACGACUGCUCACACUUACCCCCACGCUAGAGAGCUGGUCGUCAGUGCGAGCCGUCAUAAAAUGAAGACCACCUGUAAUCAAAACCAUUUGGAACCGUGAGUUUUAGUGGUAAAACUGCCUUUUUUUUAUCUCACUACAGUCGGUUGUACGUGCUUCAGGGAGGACUUGCACAGCAGGAAUGGAGGGUCCCACAGUUGCUACACAGAUUGCUCAAAUACUUGGAACCUAAACUCACCCAAGUGUACAAGAACGUACGAGAACGAAUUGGAAGGUAAAAACAAUGUAUUUCUUUAAUAUGGGCAGAUUGAAAAGCAUUUGAAUGGAUCACACCACUUUAUUCCGUUCUAACCGCUUAAAUUUUUUUAUAAUACGGUUUUGGGUUGCUAGUCCAUCCACAAAUAACAAGGUUUUGUGUAGGAUUCAUGGAUGUACAGAUUGAAGUACAUGCUUGAAAACAAGAGACAUCUGAAUAAUGCCUUUGUGGUAACACAUUUUAUCAAUAAUUAAUAUGUUUGUGGGAAAAGAUUCUUGGAGUUAUAAGGUAGUGAUGACAAAAGUAUGGACGUUUGCAUUGCUAGGCAGUAGCAAUAUAGCCUGAAUUUAUAACAUGAAGUCUGCUGUAUUUAGACCUUUCAAGAUCUCCACAAACACUCAGCAUUUUUUUGGAGGUGGCAGAAUAUUAUUUUUUUUUAUGUCACGUUGAGGUUGUGACUGCAAAAAGCGGUGUGUUUUGGUUAGUGCUUCUUUCACCAGGUUAGAAGAAAGAGUAGAGUUUUAAAGAGAAGUUACCAGAUUGGGACUGAAAUAUGAGAAGAUGGAGAUCAGUGGAUGGCUGUUGCAUAUCGAGAGAGUUAGGUCGUUUUCAGAGGUGAGGUGGUCUAGGUUAAUAAUGCGACUUGAGAAGCACAUUAAAGUUGCCAAUUAACAUAGGAGUGGAGACGAUGAGGUUACGGUUAUAAGCUCCUUCAUGCUUGCUCAACUGGGAAAAACCAAUGGACAAAGUAGUGAAAAUAAGAAUUUGGAAAAAUUUAGAGAAAGUAGGAGAGUUGGUUAUAAACCCCAAAUUUCACAGGUUGGUAUGAAUUAUUGGAAAUGGGUAAAACUUUAUCAGAAGUGAUUUGUAAACUUAAUUCAAAUGUUAAAAUAAGUCCGAUCAAAUGACCAACAUUGAAGGAAGUACCUUUAAAUUGUUCGGCCACAUGAAGACCUCACAUAAGUUUCACUUGUUUUCUGCUUUUAGACUGUUAAAGAAUAAAUCUUUCUUACCUUUUGUUCAUACUACAGCGUGUAAUUUGUUUCAACACACUAAAAAUGGCUUUACGUAUUAUUAAAAUGAAGUCUGAUUAACCUUUUCAUUCCUUUCCAGUGUCCUUACAUAUAUUUUUAUGAUUGACAUCAAUUUACCAAACACCAUGUCAACAAAGUCUCCUCACAUCUCGGAGUUCACUGCCAGGAUCAUGGACAAACUCAAACCUCUUAUGGAGGCUGAUGAAGAAAUCCAGAACCAUAUUAUGGAAGAGAAUGGACAAGGGGAACAGGAUGAAAGAACCCAGGCCAUUAAACUGAUGAAGACAAGUAAGUAAAAAAAAAUAGCCUAAGAAUAUUGAAAUGGACACUAUAGUCACCAGGGCUACUCUACGGCUUAUUGUAUUUUUUCUGGUGAGCAUAAUCAUUCCUUCAGGAUUUUUGCCGUAAACACGGUUUGGUUUGUAUUCCCCCUAGAGAAAAGGCUACCUCCACUGAUCACUCCUCCGAUGGCUACUGGAGGUGCUUCCGGGCCAGUGCUGCACACUGUGACUGACAUUCAGUGUCUCCACCCUCUGCAUGGAGAUGCUGAAGUUUCCGCAUAGAGAUACUGUUUGGCCAGGGCUGUGCUUGGCUUGUACUGGGUCUGCCUCCUUGACAAGCUCAGCCAAUCCAAUGCUUUCCUAUGGGAGAGCAUUGUGAUUGGCUCAGAUCAUCACUUCUAAUGUCAGCCAAGGAGACAUUAUUCAUUUAUUGAAAUACAUUUUUUUAACACUAUAGGGAAUAAAGGUUUGUGUUCCUGACCCUAUCUGUUUCCUUUGAGUUAAAACAAAACUGAAAUACAUUUUUCACCUCCGCAGAAGUGAGAAAGCAACAAACAUGUCCCUCUUGUGUGUAACUUGGAGAGUUCUUACUCCCCUUGUAUAUCAGAUGAAUGACCAAGGUUGACACACAAACCAGCAAAGUCCAUCUGUAGUAAUUUAUACUGGUCGAGGUGUGUUUUUUGCAUCUCGAUAAGGAUGUUGUCAGUUUGUUGUUCAACACUUCUCCUGAGUCAGCAUCUGUGUCCUGUUGAGAUUGUCUUGAUUUGCCAUUCAUCUUAUAGUUACCCAUCUGGCUAUGAUGUAAUAUUUUCUGUUUAUUGCUAUGAGGAGCUGCCCAGUUGUAUUGCUAGUGUAAUAUAACUGGACGCCACAAAGCUUUCUCCAAGAAUCUCCAAUUCAUCCUUUAGGGUUUUCCCAUGUAUGGAAGAGCUUUAGCUUUCAAAUCUAUAUGUUCUUUUUCGUGUUCAUCAAAUUAAAUGUCUGCAGACAAAUUGUUAGCUUGGCACAUGUAGUGAUCAAAGAGUAUAUUGCACAAAUUCUUUUUUUUUUUUUUCUUUAAAUGCAUCAAUACAAAAAUGCAGUGAGAUAUUCAGUGAAGUCAAAGUCUGCAUUGGAUACCCAAUAAACUGAUAUUUUUGUUACGAAAAACUUCAGUUUCCUGUGCAUAAUAAAGUUGAUACUUUCUGGUUCUAAAGCAUAUUUCACCUCUAGCCAGCAUGUUGGUGUCCCUUACUGUUCUCCAUCUAUACUGCCUCCCUUGGUAAACUCAUUAGCUCCUUUGGCUUCCAAUAUCAUUUCUAUGCAGAUGACACACAAAUCUACCUGUCCUCUCCUGAUCUCUCCCCGUCCCUCUUGACUAGUGUCUCUGACUGACUGCCUCUCUGCUAUUUCUAACUGGAUGGCUGCCCACUUCCUUAAACUCAACUUGACCAAAACCGAAAUUCUGGUCUUUCCUCCCUCAAGUGUUGUUACUCCUGCGUCUGUCACCCUCCAAGUCAGCGGUGCUACCAUCAGCUCCACCAUGCAGGCUUGCUGCCUAGGUGUUCUUUUACUCCGACCUCUCCUUCAACCCUUAUGUUCAGUCUAUCGCCAAAUCCUGUUGUUUCCAUCUCAAAAACAUUGCGCUCAUCCGACCCUACUUAACGCCAGAUGCAACUAAGGUGCUGGUCCAUUCCACUGUCCUUUCUCGCCUUGACUACUGUAAUCCGCUUCUCGGUGGUCUUACGUGCUCCCAACUUGCGCCAUUACAGUCCAUAAUGAAUGCGGCGGCGAGGCUCAUCUUCCUGUCUGCCCGCACCUCCCACGCCUCACCCUUCUGUCAGUCCCUACAUUGGCUUCCUGUAAAAUAUAGGGCUCAAUUUAAAAUUCUGGUUCUUGCUUUCAAAUCGCUACACAAUGCUGCUCCCACCUAUCUAUCCUCCCUUAUACACAAGUAUGUCCCGUCUAAUCCCUUACGAUCUGCUGAAGACUUGCGUCUACUUAUAUACUCCCACCUGUGAUGCUCGCCUUCAAGACUUCUCGAGGGCUGCACCGUUCCUGUGGAACUCGCUUCCCUCCUCCGUUAGAUGCUCACCCAGUCUCCACUCCUUCAAAAAAUCAUUAAAAACCCACUUCUUCAUAAAAGCGUAUCAAUUAAACUGUUAAUAGCUCCUGACUGAUUCCUCUUCUGCAACUGUCAUUAGUCUAAUACUAUCCUUACCUUUUUGUGUCAUUUUACCCCACUCCCUCUAGCAUGUAAGCUCAUUGAGCAGGGCCCUCAACCCCUCUGUUCCUGUGUGUCCAACUUGUCUGGUUACAACUACAUGUCCGUUCGUCCACCCAUUGUAAAGCGCUGCGGAAUUUGAUGGCGCUAUAUAAAUUAAUAUUCUAAGGUGUGUGUGUGAAGUAUGCACUAGAACAGCACAGCUAUCCUAAAUCCUAUCAAACCAACAGCUGCUACAGAAAGCUAUAAUGCUCAAAACCAUCCUCACAUGCAACAUUUUAACAGUGUUGAUGUAUGUCUUGCCUCUAUAACAAUAAUUUUCUGUGCCAAGAGAAAUGGAUCGUUGAGAUUUAUAGAAGGUCUUUAUAAAGUUAUAAACUCUUUAAAGCUAAAUUAAAAAGUAGAUCUUUUGUUUUUAUGUUUGCACCACGUCAGACAAUUCAUGAAGUUAGACAUUUUGGUUGAUCUUCAACCAUAAUUUUGAAAUACCAAUGUUAUCGUGACAGUGUUCAUGUUAUUUUAUCUUUUCAGUAUUGAAGUGGAUAAUGGCAAGUGCUGGCAGAUCGUUUUGUACGGCGGUUCCAGAGCAGAUGCAGAUCCUACCGUUGCUCUUUAAGGUCAUUUUAUGAAUAUUACCUCUUUUCUUGUAGUUAAAUACAGUUUCAUAUAUGUGAAUAAUGGCUUAGCAUCAAACUACGGGUGUGCUGAAGGUGGGGAAAUUUUAUCUCUGAAUAAAACUGGAUAUGGAGACAUGUUAUUACUUUGACUUUGGAUUUUCUCAAUUCAAUGUUUCAACUAUAAAGACCUCCAGGGAACUCUACAAAAGUGCCGGCAACAUUUUAAAAAUGUAGCAAUUACAAUGCAAUCCGUCCCAUAUCAUUACUCCCCCUCACUUGUAAUCUUCUUGAGCGGUUUGUGGUUUUCCUUCAAGCUCGCUUUCUCAAUACAAACUCUAUUCAAUAUGGCUUCUGCUCAAUCCAUUUUACUGAAACCGCCCGUAAGGGACUAAAUCCCUGCUAAAUCUAAAGGUCUUUAAUCUCUCCUUUUUCUUCAGCCUCUCUAAUGCUUUUGAUACUGGUGCCCACGCUCUUUUUUAAGUACUCCACAACCUUGGACAAUCCUAUCCUUCUGAACAUUCAUUUGGUGUCUCCUUGUCUUGUGCCACCUCCUUGCCACUACCUGUGUCAGCUGGUGUUCCCAAAGACUCUGUUCUUGGUCCUUUUUUUUUUUUUUUUUUCUCCACUUAGUGAGUUGCAUUAGUCAGGAAAUGAGUAAAUGAACAAGUUCCUUAACUGUGUCAUAAGUUGGAAAAUGACAAAUAUGGGCCCCAUGUUUAAGGUACAAGUUGCAGGAUUUGAAGACGUUUUAUCGUUUCUCUUUACAUCCAGUCUGUCUUCAAAUCCUGCAACUUGCAUCUUAAAAAUAUUGUCCACAUUUGCCCUUUUCUAACUUAUGGACACUGCGAAGGCACUUGUUAAUGUACUCCUCAUUUCCUGACUAUUGCAACUCACUAAGUGGUGAAUAAAAAAGGACGAAGAAUAGAGCUCUGGGGAACACCAACUGAGACGGGUAGAGGCAAGGAUGUGGCACAAAAUGAGAUGGCAAAUUAAUGAUCAGACAGAUCAGAUGGUCUUUCUCUUGUUUCUUUACCCAUUCCCCAUAGUUUGUAGAAUUGUUUUGAGCAGGGCCUUCUUCACCUCUUGUGUCUGAUAUAUAUACUUAUUGUUAAAUAUCCCCAUUCUAAAAUUGUAAAACUGCUGCGGAAUAAUACGCUAUAUAAAUAGUACUUAUUUUUCUUUAGUUUCCAUGGUGAUUACCCCACUUCUCUUCCUAUAGUCUCUUCCUACAUAAUACAUAAUGUGCAUCUACAUGGUUUUAGCUGUAAAUCCAAGGGCCCUGCAAAGAUCGAUGUAAUUCUUUAAUUCCAUGUUUUCUGUGACCACAAAUUAAAUGUAUUAAACUCCCAAUAAUAGAACAAUAGAUGCACCUUCUCUAGUUUUUAAUUAUAAUAUGGACUCAUUACUCUUUCAGAGUCAUCCUAAGAAAAUUCUGUAUUGUGUAAAAGGGCUGACAUCACAGGGAUUAACAGAAUUUUCAGAUUUCUUGAUACGCACACACCUGUCAGUUCUCCUCUGGAUUAUUACAGUAACCUGCAAUAGCUAUCUUCGUAGCGAAGGGAACAUCUUUUUCAAUAAAGCAAUAAUAUGGAUCCACAUAUCAUAGUAUAUCUUGCCACUGAACUGCUUCAAACUUGGCUAUUUCUUUGGAAUGUGUACACUGAGAUGUGUUUUUAUGUAAUUUUGUGUGUAUAUUUUAUUUAUUUUUUUGGUUUGCUGUUGUAUUAUCCAUCUGCCAGUCCUAUUUAAGCAGUAGUUUAAUAUAGAAUAAUCUUGCCAGUUUGUCCCUAGAACAUUCUUACAAUUUACUCUUGACAAUACGACGAUGUUGAUGAUCUACGCCAUGCAUUGUUAUGUUUUAAUAGCUCUGAAUGAUUCUACGCUUUGCACUUGUCAUUUUCUAUGUAAAAUGAAGCACUGAUGUUUCGGCAUUGCAUUAAAUUCAGUUUUUAAAUGUUUUCCAUUUCUCACAAUAAAAACUUUAAACAUCUAAAAAAAUAUUAUUAUUAUUAUUAUUAUUAUUAUUAUUAUUAUUAUUAUUAUUAUAGGCUUCAUCUCACGAACCUUCUGUAUUAAAUGUUGUGGAUACUCUGCAAAGUUUAGUUACUCUUUGGUUUUCAGUUGUCUUAAAUUAUUCAGGCAUUUAUUUAUCACAGCGUUACCAUGGCAAAAGAAAUGUAAGAUUCAAAUAGGAUUUCUCAUAAAUGUGUUUGUUUGUUUUUGUUUUUUAAUUUGUAAAAAAAAAAAAUAAUAAUUGUGCAUGCUUAAAGUUUUUUUGUUUUGCAGAUAAGGUUUUUAGUUUUUUCUGUUGUCUUAUGUGGUUUUUUAUUUUUUUUAUUUUUGUUCUCGAAUGUGAAAUGGCCUUAAACUUAUUUCUUUUAAUAAGAUAUUUAUUUAACUUCGGACUAUUUUUCAUUUAGAUCGCUCCUGUUGAAAACGACAACAAUUACGAUGAGUUGAAAAGAGAUGCAAAGCUGUGCUUGUCCCUAAUGUCACAAGGGUUGCUCUACGCAGAGCAGGUGCCUUUGGUUCUUGAUGUACUCAGACAAGUAAGUCUUGUUUUUAGCUAUGCUUCAACACAAUUUCAGUAACUUUGUUAUUUGUCCCUAAUUAAAUCUUAUUUCCUUUUGUUCCCAAUAUUGCAUUUAAAUGUUCUAUGGAUGUAUUAUUGUUUUUAUUUUUUCCCCCCCAGACAUCGAGAAGCAGUUCAUGGCAUGCUCGAUAUACCAUUCUGAACUAUGUCCAGAACAUGGUAUUUUAUAAUCUCUUCAUUUUCCUUCACAAUCAAGAAGCUGUGCAGGGAGUCAGAUGGCUUGUUCUGCAACUCAUGGCUGACGAACAGUUAGAGGUAAGAUGUUUGUGUGAAAGGUGCAUAAAUUGGCUUCUUUCUACAGAAACAAAUGCUUAUCCAUUAAAUCUUGAUUUGCAAAAAUUCAGCCAAAAUACAAUUUAUAAUUUAUUGUAGAGCCAGAGAGCAUUUUUCUGGUCAGCCAGUGCUGCUGGUACGGAGGUUAUAGAUCCCAUUGUUUUAAGCAUAUAAGCAUGUAUGGGCUUAUCCCACAAUGCUUAGUUUGAAUGUGGAUGCUUGGGAUUGUAAAAUGGGGAGAAUCAAUAAAUCAUGCUUGCAAAUCUGUGUGCCUAUAACGUGGUGCUACAGACUGUAAUAAGAAAAAAUACCCAAGUACGCCACAAAUGCUUAUAAACCAGUUCCUCUUAGUGGAAAUAUUUAUGAAGUUUUUUUAUUUAAAUUUUUUGGGAGGGGGGAGAGGUGAAGGUUGUAGUGUUGUAUUUAAAUUGCCAUGUGGGUGUUUACCAAAGGCAAUCUGUGCGCAUGCAUGGAUUAGCAUGACGAUUAGUGCAAAGGUACUGAUUUGCUAUAUUUCACCCUUUGUGUCCUGUAGCAUUCAUUCAUCAUUUGAUAACUAUCAAAUGCUGUACUCCAUUUUCGUUUUGACAAAUCAUUCCAUAUCAUAUGCCGUAUAUUGCUUGGUGUAUUUAAGUUGGCAUGGGUGUUAUGUGGAGAGGGUUCUGUUUGUGUAAAAGCCAAGUGUGUCUACGCGCGUGUGAUGUUAUUUUGGGGGCUACAUGUCUAGGUGGCUAAAGUUCAAUAUGCAAUGCUUUACACUUGUGAUGUAGCGAAGUGUGAUGGGUGCUGAACACGGUUUUUCGCUGAAUUUGCGUAGUCUGUGUUGGUGUCUAUCCCAGUCAUGGCCUCUGAAGUUGCUAAUGAUCUUAUGAUGAAGUUCUGGAGAAGGAAGUGCGCAUAUUUGGUGCCCACAGAUCUCCCAGUACUCCUUUUUCAGCCCUGUAUGCAUGUGAACAAUAACGUGCUCUGUUUUCAUAUUUAUUUUCUAAACCUGAAUUUACCAAGCCUAAUACACACUGCAUUAUACAAACACCUCCUUUUUUUUCAAAUGGCAAAUGCUGCUCUGUAACAUCAGGCUGAAACAGAAGAUCAUUUAAUAACGCAUCAUGACCAUUAAUAGACGGCAGACAUGAGCAUUUUAACUUGGGGUCACCUGGCUGAAAAUCAGACAGUACGGUGAUCUGAUUAUAUGUGAAACUUCUUCAUAGCAUUGUAAAAACAGAGCUUUCUCAUCAAUGCAAACGUUUGGCGUAAGGGGGUUUUCUAGCAUAUUUUACAAUUAAUAUAUUUCCUUUUAUAUGCACGUGUGCCUCACCCCUAAUCCUCUUUUUGGUAUGCCCCCGCAAAAAAAAGUAUAAAUUCACUAAGUGUACAAUCUACCAUCAUUGGGGGAAUGCUAGUAACCUGAGUGGCUAGCUAUUUUUAAAACAAUAUGCUUGCAUAUUAACUCUUAAGGGACAUUCCACAUACACAUAAAGCACUUUGCUAAAGUGCUUUAUAUGUGAAGAGUAUGUCCUCUCGUUUUCAUAAAUUGCAAUAGAAAUUUGGCAUUAUUAUAAAUUUAACCUACUUACACCCUUGGCUGUUAAUCAAACAGUUAUGUUAUUUCCUGGAUGUUUAGCUCAGUGGAGGGUCACUGAUACCUUCUGAACAAACAUUUUUGGUGCCCCAGGUGGGUGUGGCAAUAUUGUGAACGCCUUCCGCUUCACAAACACUUUUAGACACACCCAGUUUUUAUGGAAAUCCCUUAACCACUUUGGGCCUCCCAAGUUCCUACAGUGCCAGCUUUGUUCCCAAAUAGCUGGUCAGCACCAUCUUUGUAACCAGCUUCCCAGUAACAUGUUUGUCCCCAUACAACUGGUCAAGACCAUCUCGGCCCCCUUUGCAGCUGGUCAGAACCAUCUUUGUCACCACACUGCUUCCCAGUGCCAUCACUGUCCCCACACAGUUAACGGGUGCCAUUACUGUCUCAAAAUAGCUAAUCAGUGCCAUCUUUGUGCCCAAAUGGGUAAUUUGUGCCUUAGUACUGGUAAGGCGGUUUGAAACCGAAAUUGGCUUUUAUUCUCAAACAGCUUGUUAGCUUGUAGCAUUUGCCUUCCGGCUCGGCUGACCAUGAAGGGGUGGAGCCCAAUGAGAGGGGUUGGCACCAAAUGUGAGGGAUGGAGCCUAUUUCCGCACACCUUUCCAAUGUGCCUCUAUCUACAGAGCGCCCAGGAUAGGCUCUGUGAAGUGGCAGCAAUUGUCAUGAAAACCUGCCGUGCAAAGACUUCUCAUUGGGAAGUCUGUAUUGGACAGUCAGUCAGUCUGGGUUGGGGAAGGACAGGGCUUUCAGUAGCUGCAGCUGUGGCAAGGCAAUAUUCCAAAUAACUCCAAAGAAACCACGUAAAACUGAUAACACACAUCUUUUUUGGGGUAUAUAAAUUGUUUGAGGGAGAGGAGGAUUCAAGGAACCCUCCAUAAAACUCCAGUGUUUGAGAGGAAAUAUAGACUCCCAUGAUGCUUUGUGAGUCGCCCCUUGGAAUGUAUAAUGGGAACCCAGGGAAUUUUAUUGCCUAAACACAGAAUUGUAAUUGAAAAAUCAACUGCAAAGUUCAUGCAAAUUCUGCAAAUCCGCUGUAGUCGCAGCAUGGCUGUUACAACCUCAAAUGUGAGACUGUUUUGAAUUUUCUGCAGUCUGGUAUUUAGUGAAUAAACCCCAAUGGAUGACUGGAGGUAAAGAAGAUUCUUUUUUACAAACCUGACUGAACUUUAUUAAUCAGAAUGUUCACAAAGCAGACCAUUUAUCUGUUUCAUAAAGAAACAAACACUGAAAUAGCAGGUCUACCAUGUGCCAGCGAGCGCUGUGACUGUAUGGAAGAUGUAUUUCAGUGCAGGGAACAGUUCUUAAUGUCAGGCUCCCCAGUGAGUGUGCUCAUUUUACUGCCGUGCCGCCUCCCGUUCUGGCGUUUACAUUAUUUCUUCAUGCUUAGUUUAUUAGCCGGCUCCCAGAGUGCCCCACAAAUUGCCAGUAGAAUUUCUGCCAUGCUAUUUCACUUCAUACUUUUGACAAUUCUUAAUCAAUUUGAUCAUAUUUUAAUAAUGUGCUACGGACGUGCAAAUGAGCUUAUUGUCUGGUUGCUCUGUUUAAUUAACACACUUAUUGCUUUGUGCCGCUCUAGAACAUUCUGUUCAAAGAUCUAAUUUAAUGUAAUACGCCACAUUACAUGCAAUGCGGUGGACCCUGCUUUAUUCACCAAACAGAUGUAUCUCUUUGUUUACAUUUUAACAUGUAACAAUAUGUACCUAUUAGCAAAUGUGGCCCGUCAUUAAUGAUCGUUAUUGCGCGAUAUACUUACCCCUCUUCUUGAAGCGAGGUGGAUGCUAUGCAUAUAUUUGGCCAUAUUUUCUCCUGUUUAAUAGUAGGAAAUGCAACAUGUGCUUAAUGAAUAAUAUAUAAUUAAUGCAGACUUUAAAUCUGUUUGUAGAAUUAAAUUUAUUGUCCAGUGUUUUGGCAUUCUGACUAUUUUGCCUUUUGUCUCCGUCAAGACGGGGCCACAGUUGUUUAUUUGUUAACUAGUUCAUGACUACAAGGAGUCAGAGUACUUUGUGAAUUACAGCACAGUCAUUUGUACUGAUGGAUAGAAGGUGCCUAUCGGAUUCAAGUCUUAAUGACUGCUUACACAGCGUGAUUGAAAGGUGGGCUUUAGAAAUGGUUUGGCUAGUGCACCAACUGCAUUAUUUCUUGAUAGCACAUGUUCGAUCCACAUCCUUGCAUGGUUAAUUCUGCCUUUAAUCCUUACAGAUUUAAAUGAUAGACGUACAUAAACUAUGAUCAGCUAAUUGUAGCCUUUCUGGCUAAAUAUUAUUAUUGCUUUUAGUUAUUGGUACAUUGUAUUUACAUCGAAUAUAAACCCCUGUCCUGAUUCUGGCACAGCAGUGACUUGCUGAUUUACUUAAAUUUUAAUUGUGUUAUGUUGGUAGCAUUUAUACACUCUCCUGUAAAGUGCCUGACACCGUCUGGUCUUUGGAAUCCUGCUAAUUCUUCUGUUUACCAGUGCGGUUUGUCCAUGAGCAGUCUCUAAAUUUAAGGCCCCUUUAAAACAUUAAGUAGUUGUGCAGUGACAUUCCCUGACUUUAAAAACUGUAUUCUGAUUGUCAGAUUGGGAUACUGCGGACACAUAGUGACUGCCAAUCGGUCUAAAACUAAUGAAUCAACAUUGCAUUUGCAUCUAUACCUGUGACUUAUAGAGUUUAGUUUUAAAAAAACGAAAUCCCAUUGAUUCUCCAAUUCUCGUGUACGUUUUAUCGUUUGCCCAGUGGUUAUUUCCUUGGGAAACCUUUAAUGGGUGUUUGUCUUGGCUGAUUUGAUUCUUGGUUUUUAUUUCAUUUUCUUACCAGGUGCGAGAAAUGGCUGCUACUACACUGAGUGGGCUCCUGCAAUGCAACUUCCUCCAGAUGGAUGUAUCAAUGCAGACUCACUUUGAAGAGCUUUGCAAAACCAGAUUACCCAAGAAACGGAAGAGAGAUUCCGGAAUGGCUGUGGAUACCAUUCCUUCCGCAGGUAUCCUUUGGUGACUUUAGUGAUCUGUAAUAGAAAUAUUUCAAAAGAUCUGUCUAAAGAAAACCUGCUUACUGUAGCUGAAAGUCUUUUUUAGCGAAGCACUUAUGGUUUUUAUUUCUCGUUUGUGUUUUUUUUUUUAUCAUUUGCAUUAAGUGCAAGCUUGUGCUGGCAUGGCUUGUGCAUAUUUCAAAUGCCCCGUAAUUCCCUGAAAAACACGCCCACCCUCCACUUACAGUGUUCUUGGCUCCCAUAAAUACUGUAUGCACAUAAUCCUCUCCUGAGUCAGUUCCUGGUUUGGGGAGUGCUCACUUCAGAUGCUGCAAAUCCUUGUGGCUUACAGAUAAUGCAGUGGCCUCAAAAUGUGAGAAAAUAAUAGGUUGGGCAGCCUAUAGCGCCACCUUAAAGGACCACUUAAGUCACUUUAGUAUAUCUUUCAUACUCUAGUACUCCUAUUUUAUUUUUAUAGCUUUGAACCCAUUGACCCAACAAUGAAUUCUUAAAUUAAUAAAACAGACAAAAAUAUCCUGCUAUCUUUUUUCUACUCUCUGUAUAUGAUGUUCUUAUAAAUUAUGUACAGCCAGGUCCAUAAAUAUUGGGACAUCGACACAAUUCUAAUCUUUUUGGCUCUAUACACCACCACAAUGGAUUUGAAAUGAAAUGAACAAGAUGUGCUUUAACUGCAGACUUUCAGCUUUAAUGUAUGUAUUUACAUCCAAAUCAGGUGAACGGUGUAGGAAUUACAACAGUUUGUAUAUGUGCCUCCCACAUAUCUGCAGUUAAAGCACAUCUUGUUUGUUUCAUUUCAAACCCAUUGUGUUGGUGUAUAGAGCCAAAAAGAUUAGAAUUGUGUCGAUGUCCCAAUAUUUAUGGACCUGACUGUAUUUGUUUGUGUAAUUCCAGAACACCAGAAUCACUGUAAAAUCUAUUAAAAUUUGGAAUCCCAAUAAUUCAUUAUUUGCGGUUGUCUUUAAUGUUUUAAUGUGGCUUCACAGCCAUCAAUAUACUGGACUUUAAAAUGUCUAAUUUUAUUUUAUUUUUUUAUUCCACUAGAUUUGGUAAAACGUCAUGCUGGCGUAUUGGGACUCAGUGCAUGUAUUUUAUCCAGUCCUUAUGAGGUACCACAAUGGAUGCCACAACUUCUCAUGGAUCUUAGUGCACAUCUAAAUGACCCUCAGCCGAUAGAGGUAACAUUUUUACCUUUCUAUAGCUUGAUAUUUUUCUCUUUCAGAUAACUUUCAGAUCCAUAGAUGAUAAACUUUCUAAAUGUGUGACAUACAUUUUAUUACUAAAGGAACGCUAUAGCACUAGGAAUAUAAACCUGUGUUUCUAACUCUAUAAAGUGCCAAAUUUAACAGAAUUUUAAAAACUAAUUUGUAAAAAUAGAGGAAUUGACGGUGUAUUCUUCUUGCUCUUGUUGAUCCAUUGCGUUCUGUGAUGAUCCCCCACUUUGAGAACUUUGGAACACUAUUCACAUCAGGUCGCUUUGAUAAAUCUCCCCCAUCGCGUUUAGCCUCUGGCUACAUUUCCUUACUAGCUGACAGACAUGCAUUUUAGCAUUCAAAAUCUGUUUUGUGGAGUCUACCUGUAUGUAAUUCUACUAAUAAAUUGGUGGAAUGUUUACUUUCAGAUGACUGUAAAGAAAACACUAUCUAAUUUUCGAAGAACACAUCUUGACAAUUGGCAGGAGCACAAACAGCAGUUCACAGAUGACCAGUUACUGCUUUUGACAGAUCUUCUGGUUUCCCCGUGCUAUUAUGCGUAAAAAGGUGAGCAGUGUUUACCAUCUAAUGCCAUGCACCGACAAAGAAAGCCGUGAAAACCCAUCUACAGUGUAAAGAAAUAUAUGCACCCACUUAUUGCCCAAGAGAAAAAUAUCACCCUAUAAGGCAGCAACAUCCCCAAUAUAUCUAACAAAAUACAUCUCUCACAUGAGAGUAACACUCUAAUGCUAAAAUAAUGUAUAUUUGACAGUCUUUCUAUUGGUAUUUAGGUUACCAUUUAAAAAAAAAAAAAAAAAAAGCCAUGAACCUUUCCUGUAAUCUAGUUCCAGGUCAAUCAUCUCUCGGGAGUCAAUCUACCUCCGAUGAAGUUGUCAGUCGUGAUGACUUUUGUCCAGUACUUCUCAUAGAGAAGCAUUGUCUACACAACAUGCAUUCGAGGCAGUUUACGGAACUCCACCAGUCAAAUGUUUCUCAUAGAGAAGAAUUAAAUACAAUUUCUCUUUGUAAGAAGCCUUAGCUGUGUUUGAUGUAAUGGUGUGCAUGAUGAUGUUGAACAUAAAGAUCUUUGAUUUUCAAAUGUAUUUAGAAGGAAGAUCCUCUUGUGACUGCCAGGAGGUGUGGUUUCAGAUAAAUGUUAAAAUUGCAAUUUCUCAGAAACUGCAAUGUUUUUUUAUAAUGUUUCAAAAAAAGACAGGGUCAAUACACCAAAACCACUUAAUUAAGAUGUGUCCUUUUAACUUUAAUUCCGGUUUUCUAUUGCCAAGACAAAAGAAAAUGCAGAGUGGGAUCGGUCUGUUUUAUUUACACACUGCCAUGUAACAUCACCAAUAGGGUUCUUCAUUAUACUAGAAAUUUUAAGGAACUGAAAUUGGAAUUUGUCCUGAGAUUUGAAAUUUACUGUACAGUCCUUUUAAAACUCCCAACAAUUCACAAGUUGGUAACUAAUCCUGUGAUAACUGAUGAAACAUUGUUGUGCUGUUCGAACAAAAAGUCUCAAGACUCAAUUUACGGUCGGCUUUAAAUUACAGUAUGUCACAUGAGGCAUCCUUUACCAACACCCUGGCACCUGAUAGGUACUCAAAUUGAUUUCUUGUUGUCCCUUCUUCGUGUAUUCAGACCUUACUGUUGGAUGCUGUUGAAGUAGAUUUUGAAAUGGGAGGCUAAGGAUUGUUGGUCUUUCACAUAGUUUACUUAAAGAAAGGAUUGUUUAAACCCCUGUAAACUAACAAUUUAUAAACUAAAAUACUUUAACACUAAUAUCUAAGAUUUCAAAAGUGUUUUUGUGCGUAUGUAUAUAAUUAUAUAUGUUUUUAAAUUCAAAGCAGUGUUUUUUUUCUUAAAUUAAACUUAUUCCAUAUGAAUAAUAACACCCACUUUGAUUUUCGUUAACAAAUAUUAUGUUCAUAAUUUAUUUCCUUGCUUUGGCAUACUAUGAAAGUAAUAUGUCAUGUCUUUAUAAACAGGUGUUAAUUUGUAUGGCUGAUGUCGAUAUUGAUCAUUUGUUGACAUGUUCGGGGACACCUGAUUUAGAAGGUGACCUGUAAUGUCUUGUCAGUGUGUGGUUUGUGGGUUGACUCAUGUGUUUGUUUGUUUGUUUUUUCUCGUUGAAUCAAACCAUUGUCAAUAGAUUUCAUUUAAAGCACCGUUUGUAUGAUGCAUAGUAACCAUGUAGCAGUCGAGGAGAGCAUUAAACCGACCUUCUCUGUAUUCUGUUUGUGCAGCGUAUGAACAUAUUCCGGAAUAAACUGAUGGAAUUGAAGGAUGGUCCAAAAACCUCACGUGGGAAUAUUUUACAUUUUUGAAUUCUCGCUACCCCAAUGGAUGGGACUUUUUUAGCAUUCUUUUUUUUUGUUUGUUUUUUUCCUUCCUUUUAAGCCAACCAUAGAACACAAACUUUGAAGACAAUUUAAUUUUAAUUGAAGAGUUUGGGCUGUUUAACAGGCUGAAGUGGAUACAAUGUACUGAUUGAAAAAGACUAGUCUCUAAACCAACAUGGACGGUCUGUAUAGGUUUGCUUGCCACAUUAGCACUUGAUACGUUUUUUUUGUUUUUUUUGCUAAUGUUUUACAUGACUAUGUACAAUGUAGAGACUUUACAGUAGAUAAAUUGUACAGUUUGCAGGAAAAUGCUUCAGGCAUUGGCUUGUAACAAAGUCAGUGUGGACACUGAGGCUAAGCUAAAGCUUUGUAUCAAGUCAAAUGCCAUAUUUUUGUUUUUAAAUUAUUUUCUUAGUUUUGUUUUUUGUUUUUUCUUGCUCCUAUGAUAGAGCAUUUUUUGUUUUUUAAUGUCUUUUGUUUUCAAAAAGCGCAACAAUGAACGAAAACCAUUAACGAUACCAUAUAGAGAACAUGCAGAGUUUUUUGUUUGUUUUUGGGGUGUUUUUGUGUGUGUGUGUGUGGUGCACUCUUAAAGCCGAUUUAAUAUCUGUUUUAAGGUGACAGUUGGUUAGCAGGUUCAUUUGUACAUUGAAAUAAUUGUCAAGCUGGUUAACUCUGCAUCCCAUUUCAAGACAUGUGCAGUCUUCCUCGCAGGAAAAAUACGAUCAUUUUUAAAUGUUUACCUGCUAAGUGACUGAAUCAGAACUUUAAAACACAGCAGUGUUCCUAGAACAGUAUUCAUCAGGUGUCAACGCAUAUACGUAACCACUGUAUAGCGUAGUGCCAAAACUCUUAUUAUUUCAAUUGUAUACUUAGUUUAUUUUAAGACACAAUAAAUGGAUUGUUUGUAACAGCAGUUGUACUUCAUUUUUUUUCUCCAGUGUUUAAGACUUUUAUUAAUUUCAUUAUUUUUUCCUGCUCAGUUUUGCUGUUAUUUAAUGUAAGCUAAUUUUGCUAAAUUUGUGGGUUAUUUUUAAACCGCUUUUUAUUGAUCUUUGAAAAAAACACAGGUAAAUCAGAACACACACUGAUCAGCCACAACAUUAAAACCACCUGCCUAAAAUCAUACUUGUGCUGCCCAUCAGCUCUACAGAGUCAAGGCAUGGACUCCAGAAGGCUUCUGAACGUGGCACCAAGAAAUUGGUAGCCGAUUCUUUAAAUCAUCAAGUUUUAGGAUUAAAUGGAUAGGAUUUGUUGUUCCAGCAGAUCCCACAUAUGCUCACUUAGAUUGAGUUCUGGGGAAUUUGAAAGGCCAUGGCAACACUUUAAACUCUUUAUGUUCCUCAAACCAUUCCUGAACAAUUUUGCCAUGAGUGGGUGUACAUGGUCAGAAACAUGCUGUAUGUAGGCAGUACAUGCAAACUUAACAUCUACAUGAAGCCAGAACCCACCGUUUCCCAGCAUAACACUGCUUCUGCUGACCUGCCUUCUUCCUAUAGUGCCUCCUGCUGUCAUCUCUUCCCCAGAUAAACAACGCACAGGCACCCAGCCAUCCACCUGAUCUAAAAAUAAAUGUGAUUUAUCAUACCAGGCAACCUUCUUCCAUUGGUCCAUGGUCCAGUUCACGUUGCCAUUGAAGGCGCGUUCGGCAGUGGAUAGUGAUCAUCACGGGCACUCUACUGCGUACAAAGCUACAUACUCAGAUUGGACAAACUGCAAUGCACUUUGUGUUCUGACAACUUUCCAUCAUAGUUAGCAUAAAGUUUUUCAGCAAUUUGAGCUGCAGUAGCGCUUUGUGAUCAGACCGGAUGGGCUAGCCUUCACUCCCCACGUGAAUCAGUGAGCCUGAUGCCGCUACAUCAGUUUUCUUUCAUUUCUCCACUUUCGGCAGCUACUAACAUCUGCAUACCAGGAACACCUCCAAAACUGCAUGUCUUGUAGGAUGCUCUGACCCAUUCGUCUAGCCACCACCAUUUUGCUCUUGGGAAAAUCCCUCAGAACUUCGCUUGCCCACAGACUUGCUGCCUAAUAUAUCCUACCCCUUGACAGGUGCCAUUGUAACCAUAUGAUCAAUGUAAUUCACUUUACCUGUCUGUUUUGUGGCUGAUCAGUGUGUAUGUUUAGAUAGAUGUUGAUAUAUAUAAUUUUUUUUUUUAUAGAUCGAUAUAUGUGUAUAAUAAAAAAAAAAAAUUGAGGUUUCUGCAUUUGUCACAUAGCAGGAUUUGCUUGUUCUGCAAGGAGUGUAUCAGUAAAACGUAAUUUUGCCAAAAACUAUUAUAGUGCUGAUCAUACCCAUAAAUUCUCAAACACUAAAUGAGAGCAGCAGAGGUUUCUGGGAGUUGUAGUUAAGUUUAUCCGCUUUCUAUAGCUCUGAAGUGGAGAACAGAACAAUGACUUCUGCAGAAAAUGUGUUAUACAAAGUAACUCCUUCACUACCAUGGACGUUUUGAUUGGAAAAAUAUUAGCAUACUAUUGAAGCAAGGGAUGCAUAGCUGGCGUAUAAGCAUAUCAUACACACAGCAAUUUUGUGUGUAUAUUGCUUUGCAGACAAACUUUAAAAUUAAAAAGUAUGUCCAUUUACACAAUUUGUAUUUUUGUAUGUAUUUUUUCAGCCUUUAAAGUUUUUAACUUCCAAAAUAUUUCUAUAGACCGUGUACAGUCUCCUUUAUCCUUUAUAUGUUCAAAUAAAAACAAAAAUGCAAUCCAUACAGUAGGUGCGCAAACAAAAAAUAUAUCAAUAAAAAUGGUCUAAAACCUUGUUUCUAGGUAUUUGUAAAGACCCUGAAGGCAUUACUAGUAGUGCAGUUUAUUAAACAAUGUAAAAAGGUCCACAGUAAUGUCUAAGCCAGUUUGCUCCAUCCUCUUGGUUUUUUGUUGAAUGGCGUUUGAAGGGUUUUUACCAAAUAUGUGCCUCUCCCAGUACCUACAACCCGAUCCCAUAUGUUUGGUCAGUGUUGUUGUCAAGACCUUGAUAAACCUGACCACACUAGGCAUAUGCCACCAAAAUAUAACAAUAUAGGGAGAAUGGGUAUUUAAACCUGUGCUAUUUCUGUUCUGUCCAUUUUAGUGUCGUUUGGCACCAAAAUAAGUGAUUUAAUGGGGUGGAUUAUAACUGUGUGGAUCAUUUCCGUAUUUAUGGGGUGUUUCUCAGUUUGAUUCUCACACGUUUCUUGAUCCACCAGAUAAGUCUGAGUAUAGGGGUUUGAAGUUGUAGGAUAAUGUGGGUGCUGAAAACACUGCGUUGCUAUUACACUGUGAUUGGUGCUGGGCAACUGGCAAAGCCCCAUAUUGAUCAAAAUGGCAUGGGUGCAUGCAGAAAGACCCUGUCUGAGUCUAUUCAGACCCUAGGGAUUUCCCUCCGACAAGCUGCACUCAGAAUCACCGUGGCUGUUCCUGAUCGCUCAGCAACAGUGCUCUCAACUGAUUUAAAGGCGCUCCAUACAGCUCAUUUGUCAGUUUGGAGACCUUGAAUAUGGCCCCAGCUGAUGGUGAGGAGCCCCGGGUAUCGAUUACAUGCGUUUCCCUGCUGUAAGCAGGAACUAAACCCUGCUAACACAAAGUUGUAGCAGCGGAAUAUUUAAUCCCCAUUUAUAGAGCCGUAUUCAGUGCUCACUUUGAGCACCACAGCCAUGUCCUCUGUCAGCUGGAGCCAAAAUUAGUGGGCACACACUGAUAGAGGAGAACCUCAGGCAGUCCCUGUGGUAAAAUAAUGCAUGAUGAAAUUAUUCCAUCAUAGGUCCUUAAGCAAGUGAUAUCCAUGAUGGAAUAAUUCUUUACAAUGCUUUUUGAACCCCUGUUCUAGACCAGUUGUAUCCCACGAACCUUCUCUUGUUUUAAGGUCGGCUCAUACAUUUGAUCUGUAUGUGUAGCUUGUGAUCAGGGUAGAUAUUCUUGGAUUUAAUGCAGAUUUGACCUUAUUUAUGUUCCCCUCCAGUUUCCUUUGCAUUCCCAACAAUUAAGUCAAACAGUGCUCUAGUGAAGGGGACCCCAACCCAGUCCUCAAGUAUCCCCUACCAGUCCAGGAUUUAGGGAUUAUCAUGGUGUCUAUGGUGUUUUUAGAAAAAAAAGGUAAAAAACACUUUAGACACAACUGGGUGAUCCCUAAAUCCUGGACUGGUUGAAAACCCCUGCUCCAGUGGCAACUAUUUACAAAGACUUACAUGUCACAUUUAAGGGUAAAAUAAUGCAUAGUUUAAUUAAUCCAGUACAUCUGAUUUGGCAUAAAAAAAAUUGAAUUAGCAUUUUCAAUAAUUCACACUGAUAAAUAACACCACUAGUGAUUUGUUGUCUAUACAAAUUAGCAGAUUGUAGUUUUUUGGGGUUUUUUUUUUCUUCCUAAAAUGAAAAUGUGCAGCACUGUUCUCUAAAGAGAAUUUUCAGGAAUUCAAAGUGAAUUUCAAACUCUCUAGUCCAGAAUAGCCAAACGGACAUAGCUGCCUCAGAGAAUAUUCCCAGUUUGGCUAGUUUUGCCUUAUAUGCGAAAUUCACUUCAAAACCGUUUUCACUUUAGUGAAUAAUUUUUUAUUUUUUUUUCAUUUUUUCAAGAAAGAGAAACCAGAUACACCAGCAGAUGACCAAACACGUCAAGGAUAAUGAACAUUGCUGUGUGACAUACUGGAGCUGCUGCUCAUUUUAUAUCCCCAUGUUUUCUAACAAAUCGGCAAUCCGUUGUCCUGUCCCCAUGGAGACCCUUUUGUUUGGAUCAAACUAUUCAUGGAUGGCAAACUAGAUCAGACUUUUAAUUACCUUGUUUUUAGCAAGCUAGCAUUCUUCCAGAAUACCCUUCAAUGGGAUAUAGUGGGGGUGGAGAAAUUAUAUGAAUGAGAGCAAAAAUGAAAUCUUGAAAAUGAGAAUCUCCCAUAAAAUGAGAUUUGUUACUGCAACAACUAAGAACUCUGUUACAUUCAAGUUUAUUCGGAAGUGUGACUUGCAGGGAACUAAAACCGAAUUUAAAUGGAAACUGUCACUGCCUUAGAAUAUUACUUAUUCGGUAUGGAUGCCAGAUGGGUUAAAAAGAACAGAUGGUACUAACACUCUGGUAUCGCACCCACUCAACACUACACAAGAUCAUACCGGAUCACUCCCCAUUAUGCUGGAUAUGUGAAGAGAGAGGCACACUCCUCCACAUCUGGUAUGAAUGCAAGAAGAUCCUCCCGUUCUGGAAGGGGAUAUAUACAAUGCUAGAGCUAUUAACGGAAAGCCCACCCCCUUUCAAUCCUGCAGGAAUAAACAUCAUAUCAGCAUCAUACCAAAAACCCUCUAUAAGAAAUCUUACGAUACGCAUUCUGAACAUAGCUAAAUUGGUAAUUCCGCAACACUGGAAACAACCAGUCACUCCCCCACUAAGGUCAUGGUUCUCUCAAAUGGGGGAGCUAAGAUGCCUGGAGGAUCUUCACACCAGUCUUACUUAAACAUAUGGACUCAAUGGCUGCAGACUACGACGAAACCAGAUUUUGCUGACAAACUCCGGUACUGAAUUACAUGGACAGAUCUCGGACUUCACUACGACAAAGACGCCAGACACCGUCGAUUCCCUGACGCCACUGUACCCAUCCCAACUCCCUGUUUCCCCCCCUUUUCUAUAAUACCCCCACCCGCAGACCACGGCCCUGACAGGGCAACAAGGACCCGCUGGGAGGACUCUCUCGGUGCGGUAGUUCAGGAGAUUUAUAACGCAGAGACCAGGUGA